AUGCGUCGCAAAUGCUUCUAUCUGCUCGAGGUAAGUUCUGCGCUCUGACUUCGUCUUCUUGUAAAGCUUUGAGGAAAAAAGUGAGUAAAUCUGCCUCAUUCCCGCGAAUAUUACACAAGUAUAAUCUUUAGAGGAGAGGAUUUAAACACCAGCUUCCUCCUCCAGAUGUCAGAGUGAGAAUUUGUCACCAUCUCACAUCAUAGUUCUAAAAAUACCCUCAUUAUAAACACAAAAAACAAACAAAUUCUCUUAUUUAGAGGCUUAAUAUUUAAUUUAGUCCACCUUUCCCCUGCAGCUCUGACUAUCAACAACAAAAUGCACCAUGUAGGCACAGCCUCUGUACGCGCUGGAGCUGCACACAGCACGUUUACGCACAGGGAGUGAUACAUACAGCGGGACUUUUGGGGUUAAGACGCGUGAGAAAACGAUCCUAAGUGACAUGAUUCCUCCUCUCUCUCUCUCUGGUGGAGUUGGGCUUUAAUGCUGCUGCUGGAAAAAAAAAUAGGAAACGAGGAUUUGGGACUCUGGAGAUUAAAAAGUGUUAAUGCAGCAAGUGCUCCCCCUACUAAAAAGAGAAAAAGGAAAACAAAUUAAAAAUGUUUGAGCCGAGAGAGUCGUCCUGGGGUGAGUCAUACAGCUGUGGACAAAAAGAUGAGAGACCAUGUAAGACUAUGUAUGUACAUGUGCGUUAAAGGAGACAUGCCUGAGGUGAAUUACUUCAUCUACCUCCUCCUUCCCAUUAUAUGCGAGCAGAGCAGCUGCUCCAAGAAUAACCAAGAAUCCUCUGAAGCCCCCUUGUCCUCUGUGAAGCCUCCUCAUUGUUGUGAUUUAAGACCAGGCAGCCCCCCUCUCACAUACACACACACACACACACACACACACACACACACACACUCACUCACAUAUCAGCUGUCUGCAGGGGUAAAAAAGUACCUGAGAGCUAUUAAUCAUGUCAGUCUAGAGGUGUAUUUCUAUUUAACGAAGGUGGAAGCAGAAGAAGUCAGAAGAUAACAGUGUGGAGAUACUCCGUCCUGCUUUAUAUAUCUUGGUGUAAAAGUACAAGCAUUAAAUCAACUUAAAGUGUCUGAAGUUUAAGAUCUUAUCCCGCAGAAUAUCCUGUUACACACUUGUUUAUUUUAGCUGCUAAACAUGGAUUUGACUUUGAGUAAGAGAGCAGUGAACUCUCGUCCUGAUCUGUUGUUGUGGUCGACUGAUGGCGUUAAUUAACCCUAAAUUCCACCAGAUCCCUGUUCGUGAUGGUCCGUCUCCGCUUCACUGCGGGUUUUCACUUUCAUCAGUGUGUUUGCCUCCACUGGCUCCAGUGUUUUUCUGCUCCGUCUCAGCUCCAACUAUCCAGAGCUCGGCUUCUAUUUUUGACGAACACUGGAGCGCAGGGCAGAGUGAGGAAGACAGGAGGUCAGACACCAAAGCAACAUUAGGGUCGUUUUCACACGUCUGAGGGGUGAAUCGCACUUUCACGAAGUCGGAAGCUGCAAACCAAGACCCCUGUCUCCAAGCGGAGAGUUAAUUUGGACUUUCACACCACUCCAAACGAACUAGACUACCCAGGGAUUGGUUUAAAACGACCUUAACAGUUCUAAAUCUAAAAAAAAUGGUUAACCGUCAAAGUAAAACACAGACGACAGAUUGUGUUUCACUUGACUACACCAAAAUACGGCCUUAUUGAGUGGAGCCAGGCCUGGAGUCAAGACAACUCUUGAUUCUAAAUCCCUGAUUGUGACUCCAGCUGUGCUGAAAGCACACAAGAUUGGCGUUUACACACAGGGAGCGUGGAGAGGAGAUGGAUCUGGUGGAAUCUGGUGUUACAGAUCAGGUCGUUGGAUGACCUCUAUCUAAAUAUAGGCGUGCAUUUUAUCCAAAAAACGGUUCAGUCAUGACAGCCAAUAUUUUAUGCACAUUACAAUCCAAUAUGCAUGACUAUCUAAGCCGAUAAUCUUAAUUAAAUCAUAGAAAAAUACAUGUCUGAUAUGACAGGAGCAACAUCAAACUGCAUUUUCCUAAAACUUUAUAACUUGUUAUGAUGCAGGGCUUAACGUUUCAUGACAGCCGCCACACUGACUAGACUGCCUGCAGUGUUUGCAGACAUUAUUUGCUUAUUUCUUUAAUUGGCCACAUGAGUGCAGGCAUCAGUUAAUAACAAAACGCCUUAAUCGCCCUAUUAGUCUGUCUCUGAGCUGUGAUAAUACUGAAGAGUUUCGUGUGUCGUACAUGUCUGUAAAUGUCAGAUACAUUUAAAGGGGUGAAAAAUGCAAAAUAUUUACAUUCACUCAAAUACACCCUAGUUGCUUCUUUUUACUCCACGUCCAUCACCUCUAUCAGAGAGAGUUACCAUGCAGAGUUUGUUUGAUGCCCAACUUCUGAAUUAUGAUAGCUGAAAAUCCUCACUCUUAUGAAGUCAUUUCUGUCUGAAAACUAGUCCUCAAACUUCUAUUACUCUCUAAAAAGUGCUCACUGUAUAUGAAUAUUUCAUCCUUUCGAUGCAAGUCAAUGUUUUUUGAAGAGUUUCGGUUUUGCAUAACUAUAGCCCCGCUGCCUCAUGUUCUUCUCUCGCUCUCAAUGAGGCGCAGAGCAACGAGAGCGGAGCGGAGCUUUGUGUGAAGUCAUGAAGGUGAAGUGAACUUGCUCUGUGCUGCUCCUUUAUGCGUGCGACAAUAGAGAUACUAUAGGAAACAACAUUCAGCUGCAAACAUCAACAGACGCACAGGUCUGGAAGUUGAUGCAGGUGCUGAAGUGACCUUAGAGUAGAAAAAAAAACGAGCAAACGCUGAAAACAUGUUCAUGAAAUGUGCUCAGCCAUCAGUGAAUCUCUUUCUCGUGUAACAGCAGCUCAGUGGGAUAACGGCCGUUUAAUGUGGAGGCUUCAGAGACAGAUAGUCCUGCUCAGAUGAUGACUAACCAGGUGAUGUUUAAUUCAUACAGAUAUUAAUAACCAGUUAUGUCCAGUAUCACAACCUCUUAAUGAUUUAUCAGCAGGAGAAGUCAGAGCAGGGGCUGCGCUGCCUGAAGAUAUGAACACGGUGAUGCUGACCACCAGCUGAAUCAGGUUAAAAACGGCAUAAAAAACUCAUAAUCAUGAGAGGGGAUCUUUAAAAAUGAUAAUGAGAUGUCCAAAAAUAGACUGGAAUGAUUCAGAGCAUUUAUUACUCAAGUUUAUUUGAAUAAAAAGAUGAAAAUAAGACUUCCAGGACCUGGUUUUAGACAGAAAUGUCAUUAUGACAUAGAGGAUUUUAACAAUCUCACACAUUCACGCACCUGUGAGAAUAAUCCAACAUCCCUUAACAGUAUUAAAAAGAAACAUUCAGUUUUAUUUGUUCGGUCCUUUAGAGAACUAUUCGAAGGACUAUAAGAGGGAAAGUUGCCCUGAUAGAAUCAAUCAAAAGUGAGUGUUAAGUUGCAACUAAAUCAACCCUGCGCUGGAGUUAAAGUCGCUAAAGUAGUUAAAGUAGCUCCUUGAUUACUAAAGUGAAGCUAAUUUCUAUCGCCUUACACAGCCUGCAGGGGCGACCACAUGAUUUUCAAAUAUUCGAGGAAAUGAGUUGACUUCACGCUCGAGUUUACGAGUUCAUGGUCACUUUAAAGUUUUCUCAAAUUCAGCUUGUUAAGUUUGGAAGUUGUGGUCCAGCUCAGAGGAAAAUAGCUGAGAAGGAUUCAUCUCUGGUACCUGUGUUCAGAACGCCCCGAAGCCUCUUAUUUCCCAAGAAUAUAAAUGAAAAAUUUUAAUCCAACAAACCUUCAGCUCUUAAAAACUCCCAGAAAGUAGUCGAAACAAAGAGCUCUGUGCUGUCUGUCAUCUGUUCUCGUUUAUAUCCAGGUAGUGGAGUAUUAACCUGAACUACAGCCUAGACACGAGACGUGAGCUGAAUUUCAGGCCUAUAAUGAUUGAAAUAUUGAUUAUUCCUGUGCCAACAAUGAAGGGCCAUCAGGUUUAAUCCAUGAGUCAAAACUCAUCACAUCCCCAGUUCAGACCCCCGUAAUUAUACCCCCCUUUUUUCGAGUGAGCGCCUUCUCUUUGAGACGAGUUUUCCAGCCAUCCUAAAGUUACAUUUGAGUUUAUAACACCCUAAAUUAUUAAUGGACCUCGCCGAACACUGAAAUUAGCUGGUAAAUUUAGAGCCUAAUCCCCUCGCUCCUCGCCUGGUCACCCUCAGGUGCUAUAAUAAACUGAGUCUGCGCUCAUGAAACCAAACAAAGCAAAAAUAAAUGAAUGAAUAAAGAUAAAAACAAACAAACAUCUGAGGCUACACAGUGAAAGCUCCUUUACUGAAACACAAAAUCUAAUAAGAGUUUUGACAAGAUGAUUGCUCAUUUCUAUGGCGUUAUUAAGACCUGGAUCUACAGGUGAAGGCAGAAACAGACCUGGUUACAUUUACAGCUGCAAAGUGAAUAAUGCACAAACAUGUAAAUAUGGAAAUAAACUUGGACAAGCUGCUGUGUUACUCACAGACAAUAACUAGAGUGGUUGACACAGGAGCUUUAAAGUACACUCAGAAGUUUGUGCUUUCACCUCUGAAAUACAGUCUGUGUCUAAAGUAAGAUAACUGUCCGCUGUGAAGUCCACCGGAUUAACUAAAGUCACAACAAAGAACAAAACAACAAAUACAAAGCUCUGAGGCCUUGAAGAAAAACACCCUACUCUCAAUGAAGGAAUAAUCACUAACUACAGAGACACACACACACGUCACACACGGCCCACCUGCACCAGCUGCCUCCCCUCUCCUGCUCUUUAUACUCUGCUGUGAUCGACUAUUGGUCAGAGAUGAGCUGAACCCCCUGUUUCCCUGAAUCAGAGCAGCAACUGGAGAAAACUUAGGAAAGGAAACAUCAGUAAAAACACUCGACACUGUGGAGCCUGACAGACAAACAGCUGAGAGGAUCCAGCAGCAGAUGUAGUUUCUGUCUUAAAGGGAUUUUCCGGCAAAAAAUUAAUUUAGGGUCAAACCCUCAAGAGAUGAAUGUUGCCGACGGCUUCCUUUUCUAGUUUCACCAACUUUAGUAACAACCACACGAUAGCAAUACACAGCGGUCUGAGGGGCCAUAAACAAACCUCAACCAAAACACCUACUCACCUCACCUACUCUCUUCCAGCAGCCGCUUGUUUGUAGCGAGACCUCAGGCCAGUCCACUACGGACUGCAGCGGGGUGACACAGCUAAAGGAAGAACAUUUAUGAUAAUUUCUUUAUCGUUUCCUUGAAGUAAUAAUCAUCAUAUUAAUCAUUUUGCACUGCAGACGCGGUAGUUCUUCUGCCUUAGCAUCUCAGUCUGAUUGCAUUUCUAUGAAGAAAUGAUCAUAAAUGUUCUUCCUUGAGCUGCGUCACCCCGCUGUAGUCCAUAAUGGACUAGCCCAAGGUCUUGCUACAAACAAACGGCUGCUGGAAGAGAGUAGGUGAGAUGUGUUAAGUCUCUUUGCUAAAAAAAUAAGGCAAAGUUAAAAAGAUGUUUGGUGUCUAGUACUAUGGCUGUGACCCUAUAUGUCCUGUUGAUGAAGUUAGGUGCUGUUCUGAGCAUUAUUUGUGUCUAUAGAGUGGUGUUUUGGUUGAGGUUUGUUUAUGGCUCCUCAGACCGCUGUGUAUUGCUAUCGUGCGGUCGUUACUAAAGUUGGUAUAACUAGAGAAGCAAGCGGUCGGCAACAUUCAUCUCUCGACGCGGUGCCUAACUUGGUGUUGUGGUGUGUUUGACCCUAAAUUAAUUUGACGCCGUAGUAUCCCUGUAAUGGUUGUUGUUUUUACAUUUCAACUUCCACAGAGUAUUUUUCAUUCUUGUCUUACCACACAGACUUGAAACACUCCUAGAGGCCCCUGGAUGAAAGUGAUUCACCUUUGAAAUGACUUGACCAGCUGCUUUCUAUCCCUCCGUUUUGGAUCGGGGUUGUCAGUUGUUGAGCUUUAAUUACUUGGAAGGAGAUGGACAGCGGGUGCAGUAGGUUACCGUGCUGUGAUACCCGCCCAGGACUCACUGAGCGUGAAACAGAUACAGCCAGUCAUCGGGAACCCUGCUCGAAAAUCUGGGUCAUGUUAGCAUUUUAUAUGAAACGCUACACACAACACUGGCAUUUCACGCUGCUGUAGCCAUCAGGUAUGAAGCCACGCGGUCUUUUUCCUCAGGAGAAAUUAGAUGGAAAAUGAUGCAGUUAAAGUGACUUUCUCUUCGUUUUGCAGGCGUAGAAAGGUGAAAUGUUUACAGUUUCAGCGCUGCAUAAUUAAUAAGGAUGAUUUAUUUAAGACGGAAAUGCAACAUUGGCUUUAUAGGUAAUAGAAGCUGCUCUCUUGAGUCUGCAGGGAAGGCUCAAGGACAGCUGCAUUGACGUGUAACCCAGUUAGGGGUCAAUUAAAAAGGCAAAACAGAAACUGAACUGAUGACACUUUACGGUCUUUUGUGGCCCUUUCUGUCGCCCAUUAAGCGGCUCUGACAGAUGCUGGCUCAUGAGCAGAGAAGCCGUGGAUCAGUGGUUUCCUCACAUCAGCAGUGCGACAUGCAGUCCAAUAUUCACUGGAUGUUUUCUGGAUGGUUUCCAGCUGUCACUGCAAGAAUCCAGCAAAGAUCAAAGUGUGCAGAAACGUGAAACCAAACACUUGGAUCCACUGAAGUGUCAUUUUAUAAAAACAGAGAGGCUCUGACCUUUAAUCCUCCACGUGUGUGUUUGCAGUAAAUGAAGCAGAUGCUGCUUCUCGCUGUUUUUGUGUCAGAGACGAGCAGAAAACACCGUCACAUGAGACCUGGUGCGAGCAGAUACAAGUGCAAACCCCUCCUGAGUUACUGUACUUUUAUGAUUAUGUGCAUUAUUUAAUGUUUUCCCUCCUGCACAUGUAAAGUAGGCUAACACAACCAUGCAUGAUGCAAUGACAAAAAUACAUUGUUUUUGCAUUUCAGCUCCUCCGAAAAGGCGGGGAAUCCUCCGCAGCGUUUCUAUUCCGCUGUAUCGUUGUAUCCGCAAACAUGAAAGAGGCCUGACGGGGAAAAUGAUUACGGACUACAAAGCAGGCCAAAUUAGGAGCCUUGCAUGCGGAGACGAGUUGUUAAUACAUUCAGCAUCUGCUCAAGGGCACCCAGAGUUUUCAGCACAACUUCGUGAGAGGAUUAGAGACACAGCAGAGAUCCAAACACCAGCGCAGAGACGGGGAGAGUAGUAUUUUUUAUUAUGUCAUCUGGACUCUGCAGCAACCAUUACCAGGCUGCAGUUCUGAUCGACAUCCACUUCUUGGCCGUUGCUUGAACUCGGCGAUAACUGCGUAUUAGCAUAAAAAACGGGGACAGCAAAUAUUGAGAUGAGCACCCGAACACAAAUACAUGAUUUUAAUGUUACUCUCACAGUCUGGACUGAGAGGAGACCGGGCUGUAUGUUUGCUGGUGGGUUUAUACCAGUGUUAAAAAAGUAAAAACCCUUUUAAAGACUGAAAUCCAAGAACACGUCAUCAUUUUUAAGACUUCCAAAAGACCGUAACCUGCAUUAUCAACGUUUACAAAACUACAACUAGUUUUCUACUGAGAGUAUUUCCCAGUGUGAGGAAAUGUACAUAAAACCCAGAGGUGUAAAAAGCAUUGGGCCAAAGCUACUCUAUUCUGAUAGUCAGCUACUCAUCAAUAAUUAAGACAAUUGAUCUGGUAAUUGGACCUUUUACUGGAACAAUCAGCUUUAAAUGUAACAAAGCAAACAAGCCGUUAAGAAUCUUUCUGGCCGUAUUUUUGCUCUUUAGAUUAAUCUUUAAAACCCUGAUUAAUCGCAAAAAUCUUAAUAGUUAAUCGCAAUUAAUCGCAUGUAAAUCGCGUGUUUAAGAUUUCAUUAUUUUGCAUUUUAAAACAGGUUUUAAGUUCAUUAACAAUGUUGAGCAGUUCUUACCAGUGAAUUGAUGUAGGAAACAAAUGAAUCUGCUACAGCAAUGUUGUCUGAAACGGUCCCCUAGAGAUAGGGGGUUGUUUCAAAGUGCUCAUUCUAUCAAAUACACAGUUUGUCUUAGUUUUAAUGAUUCUUUUGGGGGCUUUUUGCCGUAAUCAAUAGGGCAGCUUAGAGAGAGAAAAGAGAGAGAGAGAGAGGCAGAAUAACAUGCACCAAAUCAUGCUGGGGUGAGGAAAUAAUCCUACAGCGAGUGCGUUGAGGACUCCAGCCUCUGUGCAUGUGUGUGUGCUUAAACCACAACACCCUGUGGUGUUUAUUUUUAUUUGUUCAAAGGAUAACGCUGUUUCACAUAAAGAAAUAUGCAGGAGUGCAUGUACAAAAGGUCCAAUCUGUGCCAAUUACAGGGAAAUUCCGCCGUAAAAUUAAUUUAGGGUCAAAUACAUCGUAACACCGAGUUGGACACCUCCUCGAGAGAUGAAAAUUUGCCGUCUGCAUGCUUCUCUAGAUAUACCAACUUUAGUAACGACCGCACGAUAGAAAUACACAGCGGUCUGAGGAGCCAUAAACAAACCAAAACACCACUCUAUAGCCACAAAUAAUGCUCAGAACAGAACCUAACUUCAUUAACAGGACAUAGCCACAGCACUACCAAACAUCUUUUUAGUUUUGCCUAAUUCUUUAGCAAAGAGACUAAACACAACUCACCUACUCUCUUCCAGCAGCCACUUGCUUGUAUGGAGACCUCUGGACGAGUCCAUUACCGCGCCAGGGUGACGCAACUCAAGGAAGAACAUUUAUGAUCAUUUCCUUAAAAUAAUUAUAACCAUAUUAAUCAAUUUACUCUGCAGACGCGGUAGUUCUUCUGCCUUAGCGUCUCGGUCUGAUUGUAUUUCCAUGAAGAAAUGAUCAUAAAUGUUCUUCCUUGAACUGCAUCACCCCGCUGUAGUCUGUAAUGGACUCGCCCGAGGCCUCGCUACAAACAAGCAGCUGCUGGAAGAGAGUAGGUGAGUUGUGUAUAGUCUCUUUGCUAAAGAAUUAGGCAAAACUAAAAAGAUGUUUGGUAGUGCUGUGGCUAUGUCCUGUUGAUGAAGUUAGGUUCUGUUCUGAGCAUUAUUUGUAGCUAUAGAGUGGUGUUUUGGUUGAGCGCGUUGUUGUCUGUAUUGCUAUCUGCGGUCGUUACUAAAGUUGGUCUAACUUGAGGAGCAAGCGGUCUGCAACAUUAAUCUCUCGACGGGGUGUCUAACUUGGUGUUACGGUAUGUUUGACCCUUACUUAACUUUACGCCGGAAUAUCCCUUUAUGUCUGCAGUUAUUCCAAGAGAAAUUUUGAGACGUCCAGGAUCCUCUCUGUGAAUCUGACAGCGUUCCACUUUGGUUGCUUUGUCCAGGUCCUGUAUGUUUACGAGUGUCACUGUGUGGUCAGUAACAUGCAGACAGGUAUAUGACGGUGACUCGCUUCAGCUUCCCAUUUUCUCUUCCAGACAGACAUAUAUCAUUACCCUAGACAUGGCUUUAUAUGCAGACCCUGUGCUUACCUCAUGUUAAAUGCUGCUUAUUCAUGCGUAGGGGCCGAUCUGACCGGUAACUCUUGUGACUAAUACACUUACUAUUGACAGGUGCCUCAUACAAUGACACUAGAAAAACAUGAACUAUCCUUUUACAGGCUGUAUGAACAGUGUGAGCAGUACGGUCUUUCUGAAGCAUAUAAAUCUGUGUAUGAAAGCAAAGUACCUUGAAUACUUUUAUGAAAUUUAUAUUCUUGAUUAACAGUGCAGCGCCAUACUGAUGCUGUCAAAAGGCCAGAUUGAAUAGGCUUGCUGCUGUGAAUUAUGAGCAGGAUGCUCUUUUAUAGAAGUCAUACCAAGUUCAAACAUUCCUUUAUGUCCCAUUUUCAUUAAAAGCCUGACGUCUUACUCUAUAGCAUCUCGUUAAAUCAAAUUACAGAGUGACUAGAGAGAGGAACCGCAUGUUCAUGUUCAGCAAUCAAAAUCUGAUUCCUGUUUCCCGGCACGGCUGACACUUGAGUGCUGUACAUCACACUGAUAAGAAGUGAUUAACUGUGACCUCUGUGGCCUUUUUUCUCACUCUCCUCUUAUCAGGUUUGUGCCAUCGUGAGCCUCCUGCCCUCGGGCUCGUAUGCAGAUCUGACAUGUGAAGCUCUCCUCCUGCUGUCCGGAAACGUCUCGUGUAAGUUGAGGACAAGCAUCGACUACACUACACAGUGUGUGAAAGAAUCUCUUAAAAGGCAGAACAAUCCCGCCUGAGUGUUUCAUGUUGAUCCACUUAAACGCUCUCAUCAGUUUGGAUUGAUUUCCAGUCUUUUCCCAUCAUGUCAAUACCCACAAAAUGCCGAAACCCUCGUCCUCAAUCCUAACUUUCCCUGGGAGGUUAUUGGCAGUGUCUUCUCUCAUCUCUGUACUCCUGUGUAAGACUUGAUUAUCAAACUUUGUAAACCUGGGAACAUGCCCGUAGUCAGCCGAGCAAAGACUCUGAGGAGCAUCUUGUUAUUUGCCCCGGGGUAAAAUGUGUUCCAGGUACCCGCGAACAAACUAAUAACAAUGAUAACUCUGCUGUUGUUGUUAUUAUUAUGCUGUCACAAACUAGGGCUGGGUGCCUUAUUCACUCCUGCUUCAACAUGAACUAAAGUGUGUCUUUGAGAUUCGUCAAAAUAAACACAUAAAUACAGGGAAGCAGCCUGUCGGAGUUUCAAAAGACCAAGUUCAGACGAAACCAAUUCAAGCAGUCAGUUCUCACAUUUGAAGAGCUACAAUCAGGACAGUGUGAGUCAUUUCCGAUCAAUCGAGUUAAUUGUUUCAUAUGUUAUGAGAGACGUCGGAGACAAGUAUGAGUUUACUGCUGUUUUAACGAUAACUGAAGUGUCUUUGUACGAUCUGACAGGGAUUCUUUUUCAGCCUCAGUGACGUGUUUCUCUGUGAAAUCUUUAAAUAAACACAGAAAGUUAUAAAGACGCUUUACAGAAAGAGCAAAGAGAGCCAACGUCAAGAAUAGAUCAGAUUCAGUCUCAUCAUAAUCCAGCAUGAAUGUAACACUUUAGUGAGGAAGAAAAAAAACUUCCUUUAACAGGCAGAAACCUCGGGCAGAACCAGACUCAUGAUAGACAGUCAUCUGCUGAGACUGUAAUAGGAUUUGAGCGAGGGUUAGCGAUCCAACAGUGACGCACAACGACAGAAGCUCAUGCAGAUUUAGUCUUAAAGUGCCGAUAAUAACGGCGAAAGUCUGUCUGCAGGAACUUAAAAUUAUUAAUAAGGAUAUCCUGACCUUAAUAAUAAUGGUAGUUAAAGUCAGGUCUCAGACAAGCAUGUAUAAAAACAACGCCGAUAGCUGAUGCUGAUAAUUCAAGAGCAGGUCUGGAUGUAUGCCGCUGAUAUCUUAUUAUCUUAGAUUUCCAAACAUGAAGGAUAUUAAUGCUGGAAGCAGUUAAACUGUCAAAUGACUUUAAACAUCAGAACAGAAUUAAUCUUAAACACAAACUAGCAACUCUCUGGACUUUAUAAACAUCAUUUAAGAUGGAAAAAGCCUGAUAAUUGACCGCAGCUUCACUGGUUAGGCUGCCUGCAGUGUCUGCAGACAUCAUUUGUUCAUAAUUGAAAUGUUUAUCUUCAGUUUUUAUUGUGUUGUUUUGUAGUAUUUGUUCAUUUUGUAUCAUGAGUGUGGACAUCAGCUGAUGUCGAUGUUUUUACGAUGCCAUCAAUCAUCCUGUCCAAUAACGCCUGUGUGUAUUUUAAGAUCUGCCAACGAUUAUUUUACAGUUUUAGUGAAUUAUUUGGUCAAGUUACACGCAAACAUUAAGAGAUAGAGCCUGUUAGAUAAUUAAAAAGUGAAAUUACAGAGUUUGUGAUCAGAACUGACGGUUUGAACUCUAAAAUAAGUUGAGCUCAGCAUGGUGGGAAACCAAAAAAGCAGCAAAAACACCCAGUUAAGGUGCUGGAAUCGAGAUGGUGACACUUAAUUGUUAAUAUAGGUGUGUUUAUUGAUUAGUACUUUUAUCAAUACUGUUGGCAGACAAACAAAGCUGAAGUGCCGCUCGAUUAAACCACCACAUUAGAGGUGUAUUUGUGAGAUCUGUCAGAUUGAUCCCAAAUUGGUUAUUAUUAUUUAGAAGUAUUUGUUUUAGUAAUAUGUCCAAAUAAAGACAAAAAUAAGAGAUGAAUGGCCUGUUAGAGUGUUUACAGUCAGAGCUGAUGGGUCAACCCUUCAAAAAGUCACAUUUAGGAUGGUUUAAACAGAGAAAAUGAACCAAUUCUUACCUCUCAAACCAGGAGACUAAAAAGCUCUCAAAACAGUGAAGUUAAAUAUUUCAUCAAAGUGUUAGUAGACUAUUAAAACUAAAGUGCUGCUCAAACUAUGACGACAGAGUGAUUAUGACAUCCACCGAGGGUAACUCUUCAGUGUCUGUGAAUUAUUUAGCCUGUGAAAUGUCAAAGUGCACAUGAGUAAGGUAAAAGUUAUCCGCUCGUUUUUCAGAAUCAGAGUUCUAGUUUUUUCAGGAUCAAGUCGAAACCUGAACGUAACAUUCCUCAGUUCCAGUCCAGCUUUAAAAGUUGGACUUACCUUGUUUCUGUGUCACUCUAUCAGACACUUCCCUGUCUCAGACUCUGUUUUUGUGCAGAUGUAGUUCCUUCAGUGACUCGACCGCAUUCAGGUAUCAUUUUGCUCAUGAUAUUUACACAAUAAUAUGAUACCCAGCCCAGGUGAAGACUGAGUCCAUGUUUAUGUUUCAGGAGGUGUGUUGUUACCUUAAUGUACGGGGAUUAGUUUCGCUUGUCUGGAACCUUGGUAACAAGAGGAACUUGAACUUUAGGGGGGCAAAAAUAAACAAGGUCUCUUAUUAUGAUUAACUGAACAUUUCAGUUGUUUGUCAGGGCGUUUGCACAAACAAGAACAUUAAAAUGCUGCGUGCUGAUUGGCUGAAAAAGCAUCUGAGUGAUUUAGCAUCCUUAGUUCCCUGAACUCAACGAUACAUCCUCCUAUACUUAUAAAGCAGUUAAAAUAAUAUAUCUUCCCUUUAGAUUCAGAACUAUUUUGAACUAUUUUAACCUCAUGUAAAGUUUUAUUUUUGGACUAAAACUGGUUGGAGCAGAGAUGUAAGUUUAUCUUUGCAAUGUGAGAGGAACACCUUUUAACUAGUAAUGAUACAUCCACUAAAAAUGGCUGAAAAACAGUUUUACUUCUUUUCUAUAGCAAAGAAAUAAUCAAAUGUUUGGAAAAAAAAGGCAAAAAAAAAGGAAUUUUUCUUUUUUAGCUCCAGGAAAGGAUUUUAGGCACUUAACAUGCUGGAGGGGAUUUAAAAUAACAAUACACAACGUUAUUAGGCUCUUUACAUACACUGUCUAUUUUACUAUUUUCUUCAAGUUUAUUUUUAAUCUCAAAGAAUUAAUUUGGUCAGUAUCUUGCAAAGUAGUCUUGCAGUUAAGCUCAACAAAAGAAGAGUGAUAAAUCUUGACUCUGAUUCUUCUUUUAAAGAAUUGUGAUUUGGUAUUUCUGCCGUCUUGCUCAGCCCCACUAUCACUUCAGGUACUGAAGGUCACGUUUCCUUUCCAACACCUCCAGCUCUCGCACCCGCUCCAUCUUCGCCGGCCCUCCCCCUCUGAGAAACAUUUUAAAGUUAACACAACCAGACAGCAGCCCGUGUUUCCAGAAACGCUGACAGUCGUGCGGAGAACGCCAACAGGUCCCAGGAAUCAAAGUCACAGUUUUCCUGAUGCAGCCGGAGACUGAGAGGGAUUCUGGCACUAAAGCAGACGGACUAGACAGUCAUAAUUCAUGAAGUCCUUGUCAAUCAAACAUAAAUAUGUGUUUUUAGGCUAUGUGUUUGAUGUUUUCCUUCUGCGCUUUUAAAACGGCUUCCAUACUUCACUCCAAAUCCUCUAAUUUCUCCAACACAAAAAGGCGUCAAAGCCUCGGUGCAGAGAUAUAUCUGAUGGCAUUAGAAUGAAGGGUCAACUUUGCCCUGCAGAGCAUCCUCAUUUCCGGAUUACUGAAUUAAUAGCCUGACCUCGGGGGCACGUCUAGAUUCAUAUUUGCUGCUGUCGCCCUCUUAUUGCUCCGGGAAGAAAGGUCUGUCACCAGUGUUUACCAUUGCCCUUUAAUGCUCACCCUUUGUUGCAGUUAAGCUGAAUCUAAUGAGAUUUCCAUUGCCUCUUGUAAACCGUGCAAACAAAGAUGGAGGUUAUUGAUGAUCUCUUCCUCUCUCUCCUCUCUCUCUCUCGGUUGCAGUACAAUCCCUGGCCUCCUCCUGGAACCAAACUCUGAGCAAUGCAUCAAGUCAGUGGAGCGGUGAGUUGGACAAAUUGUAUGAAACUGAUUCCCUUCACUGUUGCUACAAAACAGGGUUGUUGUUGGAGUUUGAUUUGAACUCAGAUUAUAAGGACUAACAUCAAAGACGACAACAAUGCUGGAAAUAGACUUUGGCGACGCUCCGCUGGAGACGCAGUUCAGCUCAGGAGGAAUCAUUAAGAGCCUGUGUACACAAACAGCUCAUCCAGCUCCACCUUUAAUUGCCAAGAACUCUGGAGAAUUUCACCCUGGCUAUAUGUAGUCCUCGGACAUGUCAGGAAUGUGCGUCUAUGAAUGACAUUUCUGUCCCCACGCUGCAGGCUCGGGGGUCUUCUGCGAAACCUCCAUCGACGGCAUCGGCACCUGCUGGCCCAGGAGCGGCGCAGGCCAGAUGGUGUCACGACCCUGUCCGGAGAUGUUCUACGGUGUCAGAUACAACACCACCAGUAAGUCCCUCCCCCUCACUCAGUCCAACAUCACAUUAAAAAGAAGAUUCAAUUUGAACCCCUCUCCCUCGCUCCCCGCUCGCAGUCCCCUCGGGCAGAUCCUGUUUACGUAAUUGUGUAUCCAGAAAUUAGCAUGAGCAUACAAAUUAGUGAGACACACGCAGACAAAAGUGCAAGAAAGAAAGAAGAACACAAACAGGAUAAAGAGUAUAAAAGGAAAGAAAAGGAGCGGGAAGAUAUUUGUGUCAGGACUUAAACGACAAAAGAAAGAGAGGAUAAUAUUGCAGCGUGAUCCCACAUGGCUAAGCCGGUCUACAGGGAUGGAAACAGGAUAUAAAUGUCACAAAUGGUGCUCAUGAUUCAUUUCACUCAUCAGUUCAAGUCAAAACUACUCUUUGAAACAUGUCAGGGCUCAUAAAAUCAAAUAAUUGUGCGCCUUUCUUCGUGCCCAAUCACAUUUUUGGACUUUGAGGGUUUCUUUAAGAGCACAAAGUUUGUUCAGGUUUGUGUUUUGGCGCUGAACUAUUCCUGAACUCAUCCGCACCGCAGUUUCUUCUGAGGUCAAACCCUUAAGUCCAGCUGAGAUUAAACAGCUGCAGCAAACACAUCUGAUCCGUUAAUUACACAUCCAGAGCUCCAAUUUGGAAGAAAAUAAGUUCUCAAAGGGUAAAAUCAAUACUUUACUUCUGUUUUGUAAGAGUCAUUGGUCAGCCACCAGACUUAAUCACCUCAGAAACUACAAAAUUAAGUGAAGUUAGAGUUUUAUCAACAAAGAAAAGUCAAUGAUAAUGAUGCUCUUUUUGUUUGCUUUUGGUGCCAGUGAGAGGUUUACAUUUCUGUCGUCAUUUUCACAAAGUUUUCUUCUUUGAAGAGUUGCUCCUAGUGACAAAAUUCGCAGAAAAUCAUGAGAAUUUUGACGUUUUUUUUGAGCGCAGUGUUGCCAGACCCAUUAGCCAUCACGGAGCUGUCUUAUUUCAGGCAUUAAAAAUCAUCAAUCUUGUCCCUGAUGGUCUUAUUGCUUUUGAUAUCAUAAAAAAGCAUCAAUAUUAAUUAAAGUUUGUUUCAUAGAUAGAAGAAAACCUCCUCACAGGAGCUUUAAGACUAAAUUAGAUGAUUUAAUGGUAUAGAUUACACUGUGAUUACAAUCGGGUUCACAUCUACAAGCUAUGCGCUGAUGCAAUAUGCAAGAAAUGACAGGUGAGCCUUGCAUCAAAAGGUUAGUAAUUAAAGAUGUAUUAAAACUGCUAGAGCACAGAAUAACACCGACAGCAACGAAACAGUUGAAACAACAGCCUUAAAUGAUUCAUAACAACCGUUGGAUGUCAGCUGCGAUCAGAGUGUUUAAGGAGAGAUAGAAAAGCCGACACCGCUGCAGAGCAAAGGCAGAUUACUCACCAAUUUAUCAACUUUUACAUCAAAUAUCACAGUAUCAGGAUGGAUACCUCUGUGGUUAUUUUAAAAGAUUUAAAGCUCAGAAACUCUUCUUUGGAAACCAUAAUUUUAGCUGCUGUCUCUUUAAGACCCUCAUGAGCCCACUUUAUGCCAGCUCACUAGAACCUCCUCCGCUGUUGCCAUGCUACAAAGUUGGAACCACUGAGAUAACUACGGUAGUAUUUCUCUAACAGUGCAGAGAGGCAAUUACAAGUGUUUAGCAGAGAAAGAAACGGCAAAGAGAAGUGUGGACUUCUGAAACAUCAAGAGACAUGAAAAUAAAAUAGAGCAAUGCAUCACAAAUCUCAGCGGUUAAGGAUCAUAAUGUGGACCAUCCUUCCUGAUCUGUGUGUGUGUGUUUUUUCAUGGACUGUGCAGGUGUCAUUUUCUGCCGCAGGUGUUUUCUGACUAAGCCUGUAUUAACAGUCACUGCUCCCAGUGCAGAAAGGUGCCAGUGUCCUUUAUAUAAAGUGUAGGCUGUGCCUCACCUCCCCUCCCUCACACACUCAGACAGACGGGCAUCUUUCUCAUGCUCGUAUUGAUUUAAACUGAGAUGAGUGCUUCUGUUUUCAUUACGUUAAUAUGAGCUUUUUAUAUCCCCUCCUACUGUGUCCAGCUGCAGCCACAUCUUCUCCACUCUCUGCCUCUGGAGUGGCUUUUCAUGCUUUUUUUGUGUUUUGCUGUCACUCUAGGUUUCCCUUUAAAAACAGAGGGCUGUUUGUUUCUGACACAAGUCUGCAGCGUCCACCCCACAUGCAGCCAGAUCCUACUGUCAUGCUUAAUUUAAGAUUCCUACGAAAGAAAAUCCUCAUGAUAAAGCAGCACAGAGUGGAUUCUUUGUGAUGUCCAGUUUAAAUAAAACACAUUUGCGCGUUUUUAGGUUUAUAAGAUGAAAAAACAGGGCACAGACUGGACUUCCCAAGCAGUUUGAGAAAAUAUGCUUUUCAUGUGAAGACAGUAAAUCACAAGAGAUUUAACUAAUAUGUAUUUAAUCGAGCCCCACUGGACUUGAUGUUUUUCCGUUAAGGGAUUGUUUCUUUACUUUCUUAUGAAUAAACUCAAAGAAGCCUGCCGGAAAUUUCUUGAAAUGCCCGCUUUGACUAAAAGAUGAAUUGAUCAGCUCGUGAGAGUCAAAGGUCACUCAGAUCUCAGAACCAUUUUUGGCUGUAGCUUCAGUUUUUACAGCACUUUUAUCUAAAACCUGCACAAAAGUUAAAAAGAUAAAAUACAAAAGGGGAAGAUUGUUCAAGCUUUAAAUGUUAUAUUCACUCCAACAUUAUCAUGCCCUAAAAAAGGGUCUGAUGCUAAUCAGGGACCGCUGAGAAGUUUUUGUCAAUAUUUGAUGUGUAAUGGGGCAAUGAAUUUGUAAAUGUACUCCUAUCUAUCUAUCUAUCUAUCUAUCUAUCUUGGCUGCUCUUUGCAGGUGGAACGGUGGUGUUCUGUUUGAAAGAGUUACCGUGCAAUUUGGUGGCUUUCGAAUAUGUGAGCGGUUAAAACUGCCGUUUGAACGCGGAAAGGCUCACGUAUUUAUUCAUUUAUUUGUUGAAUUCUAUGAAAAACUAUAAUAGGCAGCCCAACUAUAUAUGUUUCAGAAAGCUAAUGGCAUUUGUAGGAGAGACCCACUCGGCUGAAAGUCAGCGCCCGUUGACAGGGUUACCGUUUACGCCGGAACACCGCGUUCAAUACGCUAACAACCGUUGGCCAGUUAACCAAGUAAAAAGGCGUAAGUCGGCUUGGGUUGGCAAGGGAGUAUUAUAAUUUAGCGACUGAACACGUUUGUUAAAUGUUUAACAUAGAAAAAGAACAAGUUUGGUAACUACUUGUCUUUAUAACGAGUGGUCGAGAGGCUUGAACCGCGCUGCUUAGCAACGUCUCCCAACGGCUACGAAGCGCCUAUGUUCGGGCUAAUGUGGAGGCUCCAGUUACCAGAAAAUAUACCCUUUUUCUGUUUGGACGAGUUGGCUACACUUUUUUGGUCCAAACAGUUCAAGUUGUGGACUCCUGUGAUGUUGCUACGCCUGAAACCAGCUCCCCUGCUAACGUGAAAAAGACGGACGCAGUGAGUAGUAACGUGAACCUAACGCUAAAAUCAUGCUAACCGUCAGUUGUAACCGAAGUCACCGAGCAGCUGUAUCAUGGCUGAUGUUAACAGCCAACAGGACUAAGUUCUCCCUUCCUUGUCCACUAAAAAUGAAAAUAAACAGUUUCACAAAGUUGAUAAAUUGAUUUCAUUUGUGUUUUAGAGAAAGCUAGAGUAGUAACCAUACCAACUGUUCACAGAUUAGCUCAUAACAUCUCUAAAUGAGCUUAUUUUUUGUCAGCCUAUGCACAGUAGCAUCGUCUUCUGAUCUCAUUCAAUAAUAAUAUGAGUGACUCAGCUCUCCCCUUGAUUUGCUGAGCAUUUGGGCCAACUCCAUUGAGCCCAGAGGCCAUCUACAUUUUCUCAAUGACACAACAGCUGUGGUACAGACUGUAGACAUGAUGCUUGUGGACAGAGAAGUGACAAUUUUUUGAAAUCGUGGGUGUAAGCUUUAAGGAAGUGGAUUUUUCUUUUCUCAAUCUUGUUCUUAUGUGUCCUUGAACGUAAAAUUAGAAGUAAGGAGACUGGGGACUUAUUGUCCAAAUGAUGUACAGAUAAUAGAGGAGUACAACUACUGAAAUCAGAAGUUUUGCAGGAAUUGGUUUCAACAGAAGGAUGGACUAGAGCUCACUUUUCUCUUUUCUAUGAUUGUUAUAGGUUUCUUGGUUACAUUUGGUUUCCUCUUUAAAGUUUGUGUGUGUUUGACCCUGAAUUAAUUUUACGCCGGAAUAUCCCUUUUAAGCCCUCUUACUCCCUUUACCGGCAGUUGUUUUAUUUUGUAUGUUAAAAAUGACACAAACCACACUGCUAGAGAUAGUCAAGCUGUGGGUGUAUGUGUGGAUUGUGCAUGUAUGAAGGCAGCAGGUAGAUGAUAGCGUCAAAAACUGAACUAUUGUGUUGUAUUGUGCAGUAACUUGCUGCCUAAAUCCAAUACUGCUUUGGCAGCUUCACCUCCUCUGGGUUAUCUUGGCUUGUUUUUCAGAGAGCAGUUCCUGUGUUCACACUUGUCCAAAUGAUCUGAGCCAAGUUUUUUUUCCUCUUUCAGAACAAAGUCACAGAACAACCCAGGUGUGAAAACAUCCUUUAAUUUUGUAAUGGCUUUGCAGCAGCAUCCAUAUUUAAAAUCUCGUCUCCUAUCUGAGCCAUCGCAAUUGCUCAAUCAAGCGAACACACAAAAGUAAUUUGACUCCACUGAGCGGAGCAGAGAACAACAGAGCUUAACAAAGUCAUAUCAAAUCAAUUUUAAUAAUAUGUCAGUAUCCGAAAAUCUGCCUUCAGGGGCCCCGUGGUUUUCAUACGCACGCACAAACACACGCACACACAGAUCCAGGGCUGCAAUUAAAAUAUAUGUUAAAUAAUUAUAAUAAUUAUAUCGAUAAUUAUCAAUAUCGAUCAAUAUGAUUUAUUUUUUAUCGAUAGCCCAUCUGUCUAUAAAGAUAAAUGUCAGAACUCUACGCGGGGUCUUCACAGGUCCAGUAGCUUGUAAUAAUAAGAAGAUCCAAACCUGGGUCAGAGGAUAUCAGGUCCAGAUUAGACUGAGUCUUCUCUGAGCUCUUUAUAGCUCCACAUGAAUCUGAGUGAAUCAUCGCGGACAGGCCGAGAGUGUGAACACCGACAGCGACUGCCUGCUAAUUGGCUGAACACAACGCUGCUAAUAGUGCUGCUCUGCUCCUCUAUCUCUCUCUCUUUGGGUUUCAGAUCAGCUAUAAUUAUCCGAAGGUUCCCCAUCAGAUCUGAUUGCCGUGCUUUGUUUGAUGAUAAUGUAUGUUUGCUUGUCAACCGUGGACGGUUUUCCCACGGGUUUGAAACAGAUUACCGCAUGAAUGGCCAAACAAACAUUCACCCAUGGAUGGAUGGACCAAAACUGGAUCCAGCAUUGUUCAUUCCUCUAGAGAAAAAAAACAAAAACAAAAAACAUGCCCACUGAGGGUAAGUCAAUCAGCUUCAUAAUCUGCAGAGAGCGCUGGAACACACGAGCCAAAUCUUUACAGCUUGUUUGAUUAUUGUGUUACAACAUGUUUUAGUGUUGAUUGGUUCCCAGAGUCUAAAAACUGAAAAUUAAACUUCACCUUUUCACCCCACAAUCAUUGAGACUAACAGACUUCAGGAGAUCAAAAUUAUUCCAAUAUUUAUCUAAAAAUCCUCAACCUCUUCUGUGAAACGGAUGGAAAGUUAUCUUCAUCAUUAUGGGCAUAUCUUAUUCAGUGUAGUUAAUUGAUAGACAUAUUUUUACUGGCAUAAUGUCCCAGGAGUCGUAAUCACACAGUCUGAACUUGAUGUCAAAUUAGCUUCAAAGCUUUGUGACUUCCUCUGGGGUUCGGUACUACCACAUGAAAGAGCUUUGUUAACAUCAGUCUGCAGGGCCGAGUUUGACACUGAGGAUGCCGAGGUCACUCUGUCACUGCUGUUUCUCAGAUUUCCAUGACCCCGGGUGGAGCUUAAGUUCUGUUUAAUUGUUCUGAUAUGGCUGUCGGAUAGAUGUGAACAACAAGAACACUGCGAUCAUGUCUGACAAGCAAAUAAGACACUAAAAUUUAAGGCAGGCUGAAUAUAGUAACUGCUGGUUUUGCAGAUAAAAGUCGACAGCAAAACAUUGAAACAUGGUUGAAAAAGAUUUUUCAAGGAGUUUGCAGCUUCUUUAUAUUAAACGUUUAAUUUUUUUGUUUUUUUUAGGGCCUGUUUCCACAAACUGCAUAUUGUGGAAACAGCACUUAUCCUCCAUACAAAACAAUGCUGUUUAGUAAAUUUAGCAAUCAGCAUCUUAAAGGUCCUUUGACAACGGGACCGUUUUUAUCAUGCCAUUAUUUUGGACGUCAGUAUUUUUUUUUGAACCCGUAUCCUGUCAAUACAAGCGUUCACAUCAGCGACGUUUUCCCGUCCUGCGAGAUUGCGUCAAAAUUCACCUCAGAAUAUUUCCUAAUUUCGCAUUCUAUAUUCGCAUCAGCCCUGGUGUGUAAGGACCUUAACUCUGACCAAUCACAGUCAAGAAGGGGUGGGACUUUUUACAUCAGUUUUGUCAACACCAGUAACAAAGGUCUGUUGGAGAUGGAAAUGACCACCCUUGUUUCUUUAAGAGAAGAAUUUCUUUGUAGAUUCUAUAUUUAGAAAAAGGCAAAAUGAAACGUGGAGUUUUCUAAAGCACGCUAAAUGGUCACUACGAAGAAUGCAUAUUUAAAGUAUCUUACAUAAUUGAUUAUUAGAAACGUUGACAAUCAAUUAUUGAUCACUAAUUUAAAAAUUGAUUCUAUUAUAACAAAACAAUACCCAAUGCAUUUUCACCAUAAAUCACAUUAUAUUCCCACAGCGACAUACUGGUUUUUAUUAUUGAUAGUAUUACUUAGCUACAGAAACUACAGAGGCGUAAGUAUUGUUUAACAUGCUGAACAUCAACAUGCAGGUCAGUCACAUAGAAACAAUCCCUGCAUAUGAAGUCAUGCAGCGAGGCUCAAACUACUUAAUGUAGAAAUCAGUGCAGGAACUUCAUAAAAAUAGGCCUAUUUAGCUGUACCAUACCCAGUUUUCUGCAUGCUUGUUCUUAUUGAUUAAAUAAGCAUGCUCAUAUGUUAGAUUGCAACCAGAGUCUGGCAGCAGAAAACAUGCCCCAAAUGGCACGAAUAGAGAUACAUGCCAGCUUUGCCCAUCAGGGAAAUCUCUCUGCACUGACUUUUCAUCAGUCUAUCAGCAUCACAUCCAGAGAAAUCUUCUCAUAAAAUAGCAAAAAUAAGUGUUGGUGCAAAAUGUUUUUAAAAUUAAGGUACUGGGAACUGGUAGAGUAAAUAAUGCCGUCUGUGGAAACAAGCCCUUGCAUCUCAGAACCCCUGAGAAUUCAUUCAACAAAUUAUCUUUAAUAAGGGUAAAGAAAAAAAAUAGUGCAUAAGGUUCUUUUGAAAGGGUUAAAAUAUUCCAUCUUUCUCUUUUUCAAGGAGGAUUAAACUAAACUAAAAUGAUGUAGUUCAGUAUUUCUGCAGCAAACUAAAACUCCUGGUCAUGUUAGGUCAGUCAGAUUUUUUUUUCUUUUUAUUGAAGGUGGGGGAGGGGAGUUUGGAGGGCACUCUUGCCUUAAUUGAACAGGACAGCUACAGAGUUUUAGGUCAUAUAGGGUGUAGAUAUUGUGGGUAGACCCGCAGCAAAGUGUUAAGGUCAGAAGGCGAACAAAUGACUGUUAUGACGAGGACUGUAGCCUUUGAGCACAUGCUUUAACUGCUAAGAUCUAAACUAGUGCCUCAUCAUGCAGGAUUUUUAGUCAAGUAAAUUAAUAUAAAAUAUAACUCAGUCACAAACGUGUUUGGACUCAUGACUGCAGUAUGUCUGACAUAGAGGCUGCGGCUCAUGGAUAUCAAACCAGCGGUCACGCAGUGAGCAGCUUUAAAGCCUGACCUGCAAAUGUCACUAAAGGUCAUUUGAAAUGCUGCUGUUCUUCAUCGUCUCUGCUAACCAAACACUGUGUGUGUGUUUGCUUUGUGACUCUUAUGAGCCCUCAGCUGUCAAUCAAAUAUCAUCAGAGACUAUGCCGACAUUUCUGUAUUUUUUAUAAGAUACUCGAUCAAGCCGUCAUGGCUAUGAAAAAUUAAUGACGGCAAUUUUUGGAGUCUAUUUUUAUCCCUUUACAAAACAGGAUGUAUUUACUGAAAAUCUGCUUUCAAAGGGUUCCCAUAAACAAAGAGAAGCAGGAGAUUUUGUGGAUUUGGCUCAUUACUGUGACGACUGAUCCUGGUGGUCAUGCAAUAUGUACGCUUAAACUCUAUAGUGGAGGAAUCAGUCCGCUGUGUAACAAGACUCCCAAGGCAAACAGCAGACCUCCAAAUAUCUGAGGCGAAAAGGUCAGAAUGUAGUGUCUAGUAGGGCCCGACCGAUUUAUUGGCGAGCCGAUUAAAUCAGCCAAUUUUAGCCCGUUUGAGACUAAUCGGUAAUCCGCCAAAACUCGCUGAUUUUUGCCAAUAUUUUCAGAAACAAAAUGGAGAGAAUACGUUUCGGUUUCACUCAGAAAAUGUUCAUGAAUCGGCAUCGGCCCCAAAAAAUCCUCAUCGGUCGGGCCCUAGUGUCUAGAUGGCAGGAGAUGCUACGGCUGAGAAAAAUCCAAAGAUGACAAAACUUGAAUUCUCUUCCACAAAGGUGGGCUGGUCGUCUAAAGUGAUGAAUUCAGUUAGUGGUGUACUCUAGGGGAGGAAGGGGUGGGAGUAUUAAUGCCAUAAAAAUGCUUUAUCAGUGGAUAAAAUCUCUGUGCCCUCUGGAUGUUUGUCUGCUGAAUAAAAUCCCAAAAAAUGAAGCUCCAUGAAAGCUUUAGUUGAAGAAAAUUGUGCCCUUUGAAAAUCUUUCUAGUGGAUAAAAUAAAAAAAAGGCCCUCAAAACAUUUACUCGUGUAUGCAGUCUAAAAAAAAAAAGGGCCUCUUGAACGCUUUACUCGUCUUUAAAACCUGAAAUAGUUCCUUCUGCCAAUCCUCCAGUUGAAUUUUGUAGGAUUAAACCUGGUAAGGAGACCCUUUGGUGAUCACACGGCCUUGUCGGGGUGCCUUGUAAAUUAUUUCAUAUUUGAAUACGGCACUGAACUUGACCGCCUUCGCCGUCAUAUUUCUGUUUUGGCCUGUUGAGGUCUGCAGCUUCAGUGAACGCUCUGUACUCUCCGGCAUGUUUGUUUUUUAGAUGUUGUUUUAAAUUGUUAGUAUUGAACGCGGCUCUGCUGUUGCCGCCUUGUAGAACAGUCAUGUUAGAUAACUUUUGACUGUUUUUGUUGUCUAGUUUCAAAUGUUCCCUCUCUGCUGACGUUUUAACAAUAUUUUGACAGCGCUGUUUCCUCUGUAUGUUUUUAUAUCACCUGAUAUUUAGAUAAAGCUCAACCUGACUGUAUCCUUUAAGCGUGGCUGUGCUGUUUUAGCUCCUUCAGAACAUGGAAAAAGCGACAGUGAGCCCGUCAGCUUAUAUCGAGCCUGCAGGAGGACUUUAAACGCACAUGUUAACAUACUGAGGAUAAUACAAUCCACAUUACUCAGUGACUGUAAUACCUCCCAGCAUCUUAACGGAGGAUAUAGACACGGUUUGAGUCAGGAAGUGCUGUGGUGUGUCUGUCAGUCACAAAGAGAUGAUUGAUUAGCACCUCCGAGGCACAGAGAGUGUAACACAUCUGUUGUUUGCAAACACAACAGUAAACUUGGCCCUACCUCCUCGUCUCAGUCGCAGCGGGAGCUCCCUCUUGGAUGAGUGUUCAGUAUGUGUCACCUCGGGGCUACAGUCUCGUCCUCACAAACCCACGCGCUGUUAUUGGCUGCUGACUACACACCCACUGUCCACGGAUUUACACCCUGAAACAUUAGAUCACAGGAGAGUGAAAAAAGAAAAAAAAAAAGAAACAGGCGGAGGGCUGAAUCUCUGCAGAUACUGACACCUCCUCACAUUUCCUCUGGGUCAUAAGAAACAAUUGACAGGGUUAUAUCUUGUAUAAGUCUGCAGAUUGAAAAUCCCACUUAAUCCCCUCUAAUCUCUUCCUGAUCUCGUUUUUAUGAGAUAAAAUAAUUUUGACACAGAAGUCAUUACUGUGGGAUAAAGACGAGCUCAUUCACUUCUCUAGUAGGUGUAACGCAGAUAUACAGAAAAAAACAAACUAAAGUCUCAUGUAUUUUUUAACUGUACUCUGACAUGAAUUAAUUCAGAUAUUUUCAGUCGUUUCACGUUUGUAUUACACAUGUUAUCGCUCCAGCUGCACAACAAUCCAUUCAUUAUCUUUACCGCUUAUCUCUAUCGGGGUCACAGGGGACUGAAGGCUGAUCCAGCUGUCAUUGAGCAACCCAGAGAAGUCGCCGGUCUACCACAGGGCUGACAUAUAGAGACAGACAACCAUUUCCAAACAGUCACACCUAUCGGCAAUUUAGAGGGACCAGUUUACCUGACGCUUUGGACUUUUAGAGGAGGCAGGAGAGAAAGACAAAAGGAGAUCAUACUGUAAUAUACUACGAUGUUGUUUAAUUGGCCUGAAUAACGUCAAGCUAAGGUGAUGUGCACUUAUGUUACAACAUGUGGGAGUCAGUGAGGAUUCAAGCUCUCUGAAGUGGUUUUGCUCAUUUGGCUCAGCAUGAACCGGCUCUUUCUGCUCUCAAACGGUUCUUCAUAUUAUCACUCAUGAACAAAAGAUUGUUGAUUGUAACUGACGUCCGUGAUUAUUUUCACCUCAGCUGUGGCUACUUUUGAGAAAUGUCAUUUCAGUUGUUCAAGAAGAGAUGAUCAACAUCACCCGUCAUCUUUCCUCCUAUCACAUCCAUAUCAUAAAUAGUCAUACUAAAGGUAGUUUUAGAUUCUGAUCUGUUGAAUACAGCAAUGAAAACAUUUCUACAGCAUGAUUAUAGAACAGUUUUGUACAGAAGUUUGAUUCCUCCACACAGCAAACCUCGACUUUUCUCUCCACAUUGAAUUCAGACUCUGUUCCACCAAAUUAAAUUUUGUCUUUUUUGAAAGUUUUAUUCUUUAAGUGGGAAUGAUUAAAAAUCUAGUUUCUCUCUCGUUGUCCUCGUCCCUGGCUCUAAAACUUUUCAAUAAUAGAUUAUGACACUUGAGAUAAGUCAUGCAAUUUUGGUGGCUUUGAUAAAAGGUUUUUAGCAGAUGAAAAGGCAAAAUCAAAUGUAUUUGUCCCUCAGAGCUAAACAAGGAAGAAUUAAACCACCUUGGAUGAGCACUGUCAUAUUUUUUUUUAAUCAAAGAUGUGAAAGACUAAAUCUUCCAAACAGUAACCACUGUGUUAAACUGGAAAAUUAGCAGAUGAGAUUACCUAAUCAAAUCUGUGCGGUGUGGGUCUAUGUGGGGCACUGCGGCACUCUGAAGGUAAAACAAACACAGGCAGGGAAAUACAGUAAACACAAUUAAGACAAAUUUGAGAGAUGAAAGCAAAUGUGUUUGUUGGUAAUUUUAAACCCCCAAAGGACCCCCGAGGUGAGAGAGAGAGAGAGAAAGAGAGGGAGGUGGGCUGUUAUUCAGCGGUAGCUCAUCAGUAAUUUGACGCUGUGAGGUUCAUUUCACCUUCAGGAUUAACGUAAUCUCUAUUCAAGCGCAGCAUAAAAGCCCGGAGAUGACGGCAGAAAGGUCAGAGAGAAAAAAGGGUUUAGGAUGCAAAGAGGUGAUGUUUACUUUAGGGACAAUGAGCGAUUCUGACAUCCUGAGUGUUGAAUUUCUCCAUGAUGUGAUCCCUGCUGUUAUGUAUCAUGAGACAUUUGAACUUUUAAUCAAAAAUAUACAAUAAAUCCCCCGAAAUAGUUUUAUUCUCCAUAAAUGAGAGGAGAGGAAUCAGGGAAACAGCAUUCACAGUGAAAACACCUGAGCUUCUGCCUCUCAACACGAUGAGCUCUUUUUGUUCUGAACACUACAAUCUCACAGACACUUCACGCGUGUCAAUUAAUUCUCAAGGUCUAACUAUCAUCUCUCUUUGCUCAGUUAUGAGCUCUUAAUUUGAACACAAAGCUGAAUCCUCUCACAAGAAGAGCGGCUCAGAGAGCUUUCAUCGUAACAAACUUCCAGGAAAGGAUCACAGGUAAUGUGACAUCCAGGUUUAUACAGCAGGGAAAAAAUCUGAGGAUGGUAUUUACCUCUUAGACUGUGUUAAAGACUUGAACACAGCCUCAGGGUCAAGGGGUAAAGCCCGCUAUCUAGUGUUUAAAACCUGCGUUCUUUCAACAGCCAGCAGAGGGCGACUCUGCUGGUCAGAGGAAAGGGAGCUAACGAAUCAAUAGGCGGUGUGAGUUGCGAUGUCCAUUUCUAGGCUUUGAUAAAAACAAAGUCUAGAUGAUAGGGCAGAACCUACUAGAUGUAAAAGCUAGCUGUUGUACCAGAUACCUGAUCACCUCAAUAUUUAACGCAUGAUGCUGAUUUAACCACCGUCUUGAUUUUCUGUACUAUGAAAACAUCAGAUUUUCACACAGUAAGAAGUUAUCAGCUUAUAUUCAGUCAUAAAUCCCAGCACACCAGCAGCAUCUCUCCUGCCGGGCUGCUGACAGCGCCGUCAGCCGCUGCAGUCAAUCACAGUGACACAGUGAGCGUCACAGCAGCCAUGAGACUAGUCACAACCCCGGCCUCACGCUACACGGCCUCAUGCUGCUCUGUGAUUCGGUCUGUCCUCUCUGCUUCCGUCACAGAGCCUCAUACUGACCUCAAACUUCCACACUUAGUCACUUCUGAACUGCUGUGUGAGCAUUGUCAGAACUACAAUAGUGUCCAGACCUGAUAUUAUGAUUCUAGGUAAACCUAUUUGUAGGCGUCACAUGACCCCAGUUUGGCUGUCUGGUGGUCUUGAUCAAGGCCGUUCAGUCUUUGUGGGCAUGGAGGUAAUCCAAAGAGGGGAGGCACCAUGAGACUUGGUCGCAAUGCACAGUUAAAAAAAGCUAGUAUCUGUGAUGGUAUAGGGGUGCAUAUGUACCUGUGGCAUUGGUUGCUUAAGCUGCGUUCCAGUUACCUCGAAAGUUGGAUGUCGGAGCGUGUUUUGCAGGUGUUACAACAGCAUGGCUCUGUAGUAGAGGAGUCCAGGUGCUUAAAUGGCCCAACUUUCAAUCCUAACUGUUCACCAACUGAAGACAAGUACUACAGGGCAACAGUAAACAUCCCAACCUUUUGAGACAUGUUGCUGGUAACAAAUUUUCAUGAGCAUCCAUGGAGAUCUAUGAAGCUGCAGAUACCUCGAGCAGAGGCAGACUCAUUUGUGUAGAACCAUCUGCCGUGACAGAUGGGCUGAGAUUGAAAGACAUCUUAAAAUUUAAAUUCAGCACAGUGCUUGACAAAAUGUACCUUGUACUCUCUAAACUGCUCCGUGAUUUCUUGAGUAUUUUGUGCGAUCUACAUUCCUCGAAUUCUAAUAUUUUUUUCAUGACGUCAAAGUAGCUUCAACGGGUCGUACAUGACUUAUUGAUUUGAAAACACUUUUCAGUUUAAUUCUGGUCUUUGAGAGGCUGAAUUUUUCAUGGUGGUGUUGAAACACGUUUCCUUUAAUUUAAAAAAGCACUUGAUGUUCCCCACAAUGACCAGAGCAGUGACCAGAGAAUGUGCAGCUUCAGACUGAACAGGCUGUAACCUUCAGUUUACACUCCAUUUCAUCUCUAACUGAUUUGCUGCCACAGAGACGUCAGCCUACUAUCAAUUCCUCUGUUUCUAUGUAGAGCAGGACAGAGGGUCUGUUGGCACACUUUUCACUCCCCGCUCCAUUUACCCCGGUAGAAUUUAUGUUGAAAUAUUCAUGCCAGCCGCAAAAUAAAGGUUAACGUUUGAGCUAUAAAUAGACAUAUUUAAUACACAUAAAUGCGCUAAUUUCCAGUUUAAGUCAUGAGGUGGGCUCUUGCCAAAAAAAGACCCAUAAAAAUUGUGUUUUUGUCCCCAUGAUUUUGCUGUCAAAGCAAAACCUCGGGCUCCUUCUUUUUGUGGCUGAGGCUGUUUUGAUUUGCUGAAAAACGUCGUCCCACUUUCUGUUGUCUCAAGGCUAAAUGAUUGUGUAAUCUUUCAACAUUUAUAGGUAAUAUUCCUUAAAAGCAUCAGAAUUAAGUGUUGAUCAGAGAUAAUGUGGCUCCUUUUAUCCUGUCCAUCCUGACUAACUCAUAAAAAUGAACAUUUUAAUGACAAGGUGCGCAGGUUUGGCCGAACAAUAACAAUAAAUUAAUAUAAAAUAUCUUAUUUUGUUACAUGUAUUUUAUUGUAUAAAAUUCAGCGAAAAUACAUACUCUGAUUUAACUGCUGCUGCCAAAUGUAAUGCUGCUAUGAGUCAAUUAUUUACUUUUACUAAUUGUUUUUAUCAUAAAGCCCUUUGUAAUACUGUUUUGAAAGACUGUGUUAUUUAGAGGACCAACUUAACAGUAAAAAGUAACACUGCUGACAUCUCUAUUGUGCAAAAAAUAAACUCUAAGACAUCUUUAUAAAGUAAAACAAUAAAAACAAUAAACAAAUAAUCAGCGUUUUAUAAUAUAUAUUUGAUUUUCUGUGUAUGUAUCAAAAACGGACACAAAAGUGACAAAUUUCAGCUUUGAAAAUUCUGUGCUGCAGAAAGCUGCAGUUCCUCGAGUGUCCACUAGAGGCUAGUUCCAAAAGCCAAGUACCCUCAUUAGAAACAAUGUUAAUUUGCUUAUUUCUAAUUUCUUAAUUUAACAUGUUUGAAGCUGAAACCAAAGAACAGUUUUGGUCUUUGUCGUCAAUUUCUGAAUUUGUGACAAUUGUAUGAGGGAUGGAUUUUUUAUAAAUUGAGAUUUGAUCAUAUUUAGGCUAAGGCUUGUGCAUAAAGCUACAAAUUACUUUAAGUGUCCUCAAAUUUACCAUCCCCAAUCAUCAAGGGGCUUUAUUGUGCUUUAUUAUGAUAUCUAAUGGACAAAUAAGGAUAAGGACACAAUUAGCACAUAUCCCAGAGAUAGAAAUAGCUGCAACAUAGAAAUAGAAUAAGUAGAGGUCAUUAACUGCAGCUUCACCCUACGACAAACAAGGUCUCAGGCCUGAUCCCAAUUAAGUCCAACUUGGCAGCGGGAGCUGAGGUGAAGCAUUGUUAGUGCUGCCAGGACAAUGAUUAGUGGCUUUAGGUGGGAACAGGGACACAUAAAUGAGCCUAUCGUCUGAGUGGACUUGUUUUCUGUCCUCACAAACAGAGCAAGACGACUGCUGAAGUCUUCCUCCCAGUUUGUCAGAGUUGUUGGUGCAGAAAGAAGCUGAAUUUCUGAGUCGUAUUUCAGUUGCAGAUCAACUCACAAUCCAACGACAAAUCCAUGAAAUUCAUUACAGACAAGGAGGAGGAUCUGAAAUUGGAUUCUGAAAUUCUUGCCUCUGCUCCAGUUACAGAUAACGUAAAGGGUUGUGAACUGGAACCAGAACUUAAAAUAUAAAAUCUGAAGAGCAAAAGACCCCGUUCUCAUCCUGACCCGUCUGUUCAGCACUUUAUUUCUCACAGCAGGCAGAUUGAAGGGAGAACCCUGUAACAGCCGAGUGGAUGGUAUUCAGAUCCUGAACAAAAUCUCCAAAUAUCCGACAAUCAAAACACUCAAAAGAAGAAAUCCUUCAGUCAGAGCCUGUAAAUAAAACAGCAGCUGUAAAACUUGAACUAAACAACUUUGUUUGGAAAGAAAACAGCCUUCUCGUCUCAUGAAGUGUCCUCAGUGUACAAAGACACUAACAAAGUGAUAGCUCCUGCUGAAAGUGAUGGAUGUCAGACCUUGGAGAGAAGAAAUAAUGCCUGUUAGGAGUAUGCAAGGUCACGGUGUUUGUCCACAUUUAGAAUAAAGCAUCUCUGUGCAGUAAAGGUACAUUUAUGUGGCGACACAACAGCAAACAGCCAAGGUGAUGUGCUUUAUUAUAUGUUCUUUUAUUUCUGUCAGCUCAAUGUAAAAGAAAACAUAGAAGUUUACCAUCAUCUGGCACAAGAAUAUUAUAUUAUCCUAAUAACUCAACAAUGCCUGAUUUAGAAACUCCAUCUUUAUGACGAUAUUCUCUCUUUCCAAUGUCAUCAGGUCUUAAAAAGAUGUACAGACUACCAUCAUCUCAUCAUCAUGUCAUAUCUCUUCCAAUAACUAAAUCUGUUCAGUAGGAACCAACUAUAGUGGCAGAAACCAUGUUCGAGAGAAAUUAUUUGAUAAAUAUAAUAAUUAUAUUGUUUGACCCAUGUUCCAUUGGUUUACAUGGAGGAUUCAGGCUUUAAUUUCCCAUAUAAAGAUAUCAUCAUCCAGUCCCACCAUGUCCUGGUUGUCAUGAAGCGGUGCUUUGGAUUCAGUUGGGGAAAAACCAUCACUUAUUCAGCCUCCAUGGAGAAUCUGCAGCUUCUCAGUUUCUCUGCUUCUCAGGCGGUACAACUCCACAGCAAAAAGCCGCCACACCUUAAAAAUGUUCUUUAUUUUAUGUGAAAACAAAUUAAAGUAAUAAAUUGCAUCAUUGUUAGUGUUUCCCAUACAUUCAUACAGUCCCCAAUGUCUUCUGAAUGCACCUCAGAUACUGGUUUUACCCUCAGUUUUAGCAAACAGUCAAAUACCCGAUGUCUGACUACUUUUAGCAUAUAAAAUACUACAUUUAUGAGGCUAUAUCUACGACAUCCAGGAUAAUUUUAGUGUUUACAUGCUUGUCUUUAUUGCAACCCUUGUCUGCACUCUCUAACUGACAUGGUUUACAUUGUAGUUAUUCUUUUAAACGUUUUUAUUGAUUCAAUAUCGUAAGUACCCUGUAAAAAUAAACCCUUUGAUUUAUUUUGGCAUAUUUACAGUAAUGUCAAUAAUAUUCACUCCUUGAGAAUUGGAAUUUUGCCAUAUUUGUAGCUGUAAAUAAAAGGGUGUGGUUAAAUCUACUAUGUAGCUGUCAGCGAUUUAAAAUGUCCCCAAAGACUCCUUGUUUUUCAGAUGUGUUCGGUAGAUUAACAUCAUAGGGGACCUAUUGUGCUGAUACAAACAUAUAAUGUUACAGUGUGAAGGAAAGUCCCAGAGACAAAGAGCAGACAAUGAUAUGAUAGCUAACGUACGCUAAAGCAAGAGUGGCGAAGUGGGGCGAACAGCUAGCCUUCGAAGUUUUCUGUGAAGGCGUAACUUUAAUGACGACAAAGCUGUGUAAAAAGUAACACCCAUGAGCUGUGUCUCAAAGAUCCCAGUUUCAGAUAAAUGAAGAUAAAGGAGGAGUUUUUAGGAUUGCAAAUCACGCAGAGCUUCUUCAAAGGGAUUCCAGCUAAUAAGUAAAAUGGGUCUUUAAAAACUCCCCUUCAAUUGAGCUUUUUUAAUUCAUUUGACAGCUAUUGUUCAAAGAAAAGUACUGUUCACCUUUAAAUUAUUGUAAAGAGUAACUUCAAAGUGUCCCUUUAAAAGAGGUCCAGAUACGGUGCCUGCUCUUUUAUAUUCCAGCAGCAGCAGCAGACUGAACAUUUGAGAGUGACGAAGUUGCAGCCAGCACAUUGUAUAAAAAUAGACUCUGUUGCUAAAAAUGCUAAACAGGAGUAAACCCUUUGCCUGUGAAUGUGUCCCUGCUGUACUUGGAAACAGCUCGCCCAUGAACCCAGCUGGAUUUCCAAAAUUAGAUUGUGACAAGUCCUCCGCUUAUCUCGCUGAGCCUGUGAAGUGUUUUUGUUCAAUUCUGCAUCUCGCCAUCACGUCUGAAUUAAACUGAACAACCAGGAGGAACACAGCCGACAUCUUCACCUCACCAGACUCAGAGUUUUAUCUUUCUAUGAGACACGUGUGACUUUCUGAUCCCAGCUGUAUUCUCUUGAUAUUCAGUGUUCAGGACAUUUCUGACGGUCAGCUAUAGCCAGUGGGUGUGCAGCCCCCCUGCUAACAACAACGGCAGGCUGCAAUCAAAUCCUACUUAAUCUAUUAUUGAAACCAGUGACAUUAUGGCCUUUAAGUGAGGCAGGAAAAGUUCGCAGCAAACUAAGACACAAACAGAUCAUAGAGUGAGUGAUAAGAUUUUUUUCGUCAAUUUGUCAAACUUUUGACUUCAAUAUGAUACUUUUCCUUUUUCCUAGUUAACCACUUGCUCAUUUUACCUUUAUAUUAGCCAGUCCAAGUUAUAGAAGUGUCAAACAGUAAUCUAAAUCUGUGCAAGAUACAAAAUACUGCUCUUUAAAGGGAUAGUCUGGCAUAAAAAUAAUUUAGGUUCAAAUACACCAUAACACCUAGUUAGACACCCCCUCGAGAGAUGAAUGUUGCUGACGGUUUGCUUCUUUAGUUAUACCAAAUUUAGUAACGACCACACAAUAGCAAUACACAGCGGUCUGAGGAGCCAUAAACAAACCUCAACCAAACCACCACUCUAUAGCUACAAAUAAUGCUCAGAACAGCACCUAACUUCAUCAACAGGACAUAUAGGGUCCCAGCCAAAGUACUAGCCACCAAACAUCUUUUUAACUUUGCCUGAUUUCUUUAGCAAAGAGACUAAACACAACUCACCUACUCUCUUCCAGCAGCUGCUUGUUUGUAGUGAGACCUCAGGCCAAUCCAUUACAGACUACAGUGGGGUGACGCAGCUAAAGGAAGAACAUCAGUGGUCAGGGGCAACAUUCAUCUCUCAACGGGGUGUCUAACUCUGUGUUGCGUUGUGUUUGACCCUAAAUUAACUUUAUGUUGGAAUAUUCCUUUGAAAUACUCAAAAUUCAAAUACCUUGGCCCCCCUUUUGAAGGAUAGAAAAUACACACACACACACACACACACACACACACACACACACACACACCACACACACACACUCACUUUACAAAAUGAAGACAGAAAGAGCAACAUAAAACUUAUUCAAACACCAACAAGGUCAUUAAGAGUAAUUUCCUCCCCUUUCAGUCAUUUCAAUUAUGCAAACAGAAAAAGCAUCUCUUAUCUCAUCACCAUUUAUCAAGCCAAUUUUUAGUGACAUUUACCGUCUAAUUACUGCACCAUGUAAAAUUCUGCAUGUUUUUUUAAUAACAGAGAAAAUCACUUUCCAAUAAAACAUUUUCCAGUUUGAAUUCAAAAAACACUUUGUGACAUUUGGCACUCAACUCACUCAAAAAUACAUCUGAACACUUUCGACGAGAUUGCCAUAAAAGAAAUCUCCAAAUUUAAAGAGAACAAAACACUUUUUUGUGACAUUUGAUUGUAAAUGUUUAUGACAUUUGCAAUUACAAUAGUAGAGAAAAAAAACAUUUUAGUUUGAACAAACCCUGCAGACUUUUGUUCAUGUCACAAAACCUAAAUAUAACUCUGACAGAAAGGCUGUGAGGUUUCUUGUACCCUCCAUGUUUCACUGAUGCAGCUUUCUCAAAACAGUGAAAUCAGCAUGAUUGGGAUGUAAUGUGUUUAAGUGUCAUUUUAAUUUGAUGGGUCUCACACUGCAUACAGUGAAUACCGAUCUGUCCUCAUCUCCUACUGUAAACCCAAGAGCGACACAAGCUUCCUCCUGUUUUUAGUUGAUUUCUCACACCUGUCUAGUUUGUUUCCAGAGAUUUGGCCGUUUCUUUUCCCUGUUCCUGUCAGCUCUGGGUUUAAUUGAAAACCACCGUUAGCAUGCACGUCUAACUUGUUUAUCAAUCUGCUGUGAAAAUCAGUCUGACAUAAAUGCGAUGGUUCUGCAAUACAGGCCAAACGCGGCUGAGGUACAACCCUCUGCUUUAGAGGAAGUCAUCCCUCUGCUUCCUGGGAAACCCUCCUCAGUGUUUGUUUCUGAGCUGUAGUUUCUCCAAACAGCCCCCAGAUCGAGGCCCCCUGGAUUUUCACAUACAUGUUUGUGCAUCUGCGCUUGUGAAUACACUUUGUUUAGAUGGAUGCACAUAAAGAAUUCAGCUGUUUUCCACGGGGGUCUCCUCCCUAAGUAUUGUGAGUGUAGUCACCCAGCUUUUUGUUUUAUCUUAUUCAUUUUGUGCUCAAUGAAAACUGCUUAAACACAUUUCAGGAAAUACAGUUUUUAACUUACAGUUCCUGUGAGGAACUUUUCGUUGUUAAACGAUGGCGCCCCCUGUGGAUAAAGUAGUACCAUUGUUUUUAACCUCAAAUAAUCCCAACCAACUCUAUUUGUAGAGAUAUUCUGGCGUAAAAUUAAUUUAGGGUCAACCACACCGCUACACUGAGUUCAAAACCCCGUUGAGUGAUGAAUGUUGCCGCUUGCUUCUCUAGUUAUACCAACUUCAGUAACGACCGCACGAUAGCAAUACACAGCGGUCUGAGGAGCCAUAAACAAACCUCAACCAAAACACCACUCUAUAGCCACAAAUGAUUCUCAGAACAGCACCUAACUUCAUCGACAGUACAUAUAGGGUCCUAGUUAUAGCACUUGCCACCAAACAUCUUUUUAACUUUGCCUGAUUUCUUUAGCAAUGAGACUAAACACAACUCACCUACUCUCUUCCAGCAGCUGCUUGUUUGUAGCAAGACCUAGGGCCAGUCCAUUAUGGACUACAGCGGGGUGAUGCAGCUCAAGGAAGAACAUUUAUGAUCAUUUCUUCAUAGAAAUGCAAUCAGACCGAGACGCUAAGGCAGAAGAACUACCGCGUCUGCAGUGCAAAAAGAUUAAUAUGGUGAAUAUUACUUCAAGGAAAUGAUAAAGAAAUGAUCAUAAAUGUUCUUCCUUGAGCUGUGACACCCUACUGUAGUCCGUGAUGGACUGGCCUGAAGUCUCACUACAAACAAGCAGCUGCAACACUUGUUUCAGACACAUAGAACAGCGAUAUAGAAACAGUCACUCUCUAUGCUGAUGAUCUCAUUGUCUCUUGUUGGACCUGAACAGAUAUUUUUAUUGAUUUCAGUGAGUUUCAAAACCUCGUCACAGGAGCUUUAUGACAAUUUUUGUAUCUCCACAGAAGCUAGAGGGAUUUUUUUAUGAUGCAAACUCAAUUUUAAACAUACUUCUCUGUGAGUUAAGUGAGGACCACCUCAUAAAUCAUCACUAUAUGACAAGAUGUCCUUCACUGUCUUACUUGAGCUUGGAACAUUUGUCGAAGUAAAUGAGCUUUUGAGAUUAUUCUGCCCAUUUAGGAGAAACCUAAUGAGAGCUCUGAAUUCUCCAGUGACGGUCUGAGGAGAGAGACUGAACUUGAUGUAACCUUCAUGCUCAGACACGGAAGAUGCAUAAUUGAAGUGAUCUCAUGCUAAUCAUGCAAAUCAUAAGCAGUUCUUCUGUAGCUUUGCUGGAUUCUGACACAGUUGUUUCUUGCCGUCAAACAUAUGCAGGGAGGGGCCCGCAAACCUCCAGGGGUCGCUGUCCAGACUGCUCAGCCAUGACGGCGGCCUGCAGCGCUGCGCGGCCUGCUCCGGGUUCGUGACUCAGUCUAGCGUUGCUAUCUUUGUUGAUGCUCGCCUCGCUCUUCCCGGGCAACUCGCCUCACUGUUUGUAUCCGAGCUCUAGUUUCUCCAAACAGCCCCCAGUGAAAGGCCCCCCGGACUUUUCACAUGUACGUCUGCGCAUCUGCGCUUGUGAAUGCACUUUGUUUACAUGGAUGCACAUAAAGAAUUCAGAGGCCGGUUGAAAGUUGUUUGGUGGAAGAGGCCAAAGAAGAAGAAGAGGAUCAGGAGUGCAGCUUUAUUUAGAGCAGCGCUCGCAGUCAGCCGGUGGCAGAGAUCAUCACCCGGGCUCACCCUCCUGCUCACUCAUGGGGAAUAUCUUUUUAUUGAAUGAGAGGCGCUCAGCAGAGCAUUGCUUUGUUAUUAAUUCAUGAAUGGACGCGGGUGUGCAGACUGGUGAAACCAAAAAUAGAAAAAUACAAAAGAGAGAGAGAGAGUUUAAAAGUCUGUUCCUGUUUGUCACUUGUAGACAUAAAAAAGCAGAUGUAACGAUUAGAGAUGAUUGUUGUUGAAUACAGGAAAACAGUUUGUAUGGAGAGCAAAAACAGGCUGAAGAUGAGUGUGUUUACCUAGACUUGAAUAUUACGGCUUUGACUAAGUCUUUACAGUAUCUAGUUUAUGAAGAUCUUGAUCUCAGAACGGGGGAGAAGUCCUUAUCCUGGUUUUGAGAGACCAGAUUUUGCUACCUGGGGUAAUUACGGUACCGGGCAGUUUCUGACAGUGGCUGUCUGCCUGCGCAGGUCUGGACUCAUGAUGCAUCAGCAAUGAGAAUGUUGCAGAAACUUUAUUCAGCCUUUCUGCAACACCAUGUCAGCAUGUAACAGUACUAAUCCAGCAGUAAGCCACUCUUUUGUCUCCUUUUGAUGCUCCUCCAGCGUAAAAGAUGCACAUGAAGUGUCCUCUUUGAUUCCCGUCCAGUGGAUAAAAUGUAAACAAAGUGCUCCCUGGAUUCCUUCCCACUUGUCAGAUGUGAUAAAGGACCUUGUUUAUAAUUAAAACCUCUUCAUGUGUGUGGAGUUGGUGCCCUUAAGGCUUUUUAGCACCAGUUGUUCUCUGCACUCAGUGGCAGUUUAACUCCCAUUUUCAGUAAUCUAAAGAUGACUUAUUAAUCUCUAUGAAAUAUAAUAAUGAACUGUGCUAUUUGUUUUACUGAAGCCCUGUUAUUUAUAAGCAAAUCACAAGUUGUUUCACAAGCUCAUAUUGCUGAAGUAAACCAGAGUGACGCCUAGGGCUGAGCGAUAAACCGGAAUUUACCGAUACUGACAUUUACGACAAUAAACAACAUCAUUUUGCCCAUACCGAUAUCUUCAGUGUCAAAUAAAUAAAUAAAUAAAAGUUUGUUUUGGAUGUGUGUAGUUAGGCUAUGGUCUCAUGUCCCUUUAAGACGCUGUCCUACGUCAGAGACGUGACUCCACCCCAUCCAGUCUGUGACAAAGAGGGAAAGACAGGUGAGGAGAUGGAGGACAGUUCAGAAAUUGUAGCGGCUGAAGUAGACGAAGUUAAUGUGGGAGGGGGUGAGCAGCUUAUGGAGUAGUUAUCGUCCAUUUAUAGUUACCCAGUCGAACUGCUCAAUAUAUCGUGAUAUUGAUUUGAGGCUAGGGAUGCACGAUAUUUAUCGGACCGAUAAAAUAUCGGCCGAUUUGGGGGGAAAUUACGUCAUUUUUUAUCGGUCCGAUAGGUGCAUUUUUCCGAUAGAAAGAUCCGAUAUAUUAAUGAAAUUACGAGUAACGUUUGCAGGUGGAGUAGCCGCCCGUCCGAGACGCGCUGGUUACGUCAUCUAUCGCGCCUUACUCGCAGGUCCCAAGCCUGACCCCGUCACUACCUGACAGAUAAUAAAAUGUCUUCACCAGCAUGGUCGUUUCUCUCAGUGGCAGAAGAUGACAACAGCUGCUAUAUGCAAAACCUGUUCAGCGAGGAUUCCAAGAGGAGGAAAGAAGACGUCAAGUUUUAACACAACGAAUCUGAUAGCUCAUCUGAAAAGUCGCCAUCGCGGCAAAGCGGUAGUAAAAGAAUAUGAGACAGCCGCCGAAGCUGCUAGCGGUACUAAAGCUAAGACAACAACACUACGGAGGAUCGAUGUCCCCAUUCAGCAGGCGUUUAAAAACUGCAAAAGCUUCUCAAGAGACAGCGAAAAGGCUAAAGCCAUUAACGACAAAGUGAUGGAGUUCAUAGCGGUCGACGACCAGCCUUUUUCCGUCGUUGAGAACCCGGGUUUUCGUAAGUUCAUAGCACACUUGGAGCCACGUUACACUCUUCCAAGCCGCCGCUUCUUCUCGGAUGUGUCUCUUCCUGCACUCUAUGAUAUUGUCGCCACAUACAUUCACAACCUGGUCGACAAGAACGGACUACACGUGAGUUUUACCACAGACAUAUGGACGUCAGAUGUUAGUCCGGUCAGCAUGCUAAGCCUAACGUCUCAUAAUGGCUCCUUUACAGUUUACAGUUCUGUUGAACAGUUCAGGGGAUCAAAUGAAGUUCUGCUUUUUGCUCUGUUAUUGUUAUUUAUAGCAAAUGACCACAUUUGAAGAGCCAAAAACUUUUGUUUGUUGUUCUAGAUAGGCCAGAGCAACAAAAACAUCAGUUUUCAAUCGCUGCAUCCUGCACAAACUGCAGAUUAUAUGAAGAUUAUAAUAAAUGUAAAAAUAUGAAUUUAUCGGUUAUCGGUAUCGGUAUCGGCCAUGAGAAGAAGAAAAUUAUCGGUUAUCGGUAUCGGUUGAAAUUUUUCAUAUCGUGCAUCACUAUUUGAGGCCAUAUCGCCCAGCCCUAGUGAAGCCUUUAUGUAACUUAAAACUGACAGUGAAACUGAGACUCACCAGAAACAGAAGAAUGGGCGCUAAUUUGAGGAUAUAAUGAACCAAGUAUGAUACUCUUUAUUUUGCAGAGAUAUCUGAAACUGGUCUAGAAACAAGACAGUCAUUCCUCGCUAGUCGCAUGCUACAUCAAAAUGACUGAAAAGUGGCAGCAAAGUUAGCCUUUGCUCCCUCAGACAUGCACUGUGUCUUAGCAUGUUUGAUGAUUGGCUCUCUUUUAGCUUUAGCGGAGCACCUCAGCUGAAAUAGCAUCUUUAUACAAAAUACAAACAAUGACAAGUUUGGCAAAGCAUUUAAUUACUCACCACUCAGCCUGAGAUGAGAUCAUAACAGCAAAAUAAGUUGUUGUUUUAAUAGUUUAUUUCACUUGGACUUCUAAAGAGACAGCUUUGAUUUCUCCUCUUUUAAUGUUUACAGCCAAGUAACUGAAGCUUUGACACAUUCCCCCAACAAGUAAGACACAGAGGGUAAAUUAUUCCUCCAAAACAAACCCUGCAGUCCUCUGCAGACCCUCGCAGAAGCGAGCCAGAACACACACACUCGGCGUGAAAACUGGCACAGGCUCCCUCCAGUGCAGACGCCUACAGUUUCUCAGGAGUUGCUCCAGUUUCCAGUUUUUCUUUAAAUGAUAAUGAGGUGGCUGCAAACUUUUUCCAUGAACAGUGGGGAUGCGUGUUUUCACAUCAGGUAGAAAUGCUCCCUUGAAUAAUUUCUCAGUGGAAAGUGGCAGUUAAGUAGCCGCUGUCUGGUUUGUUUCAGAGGCAGUUUUAUGGCAAUAAAUACGAGGAGUUGGUGAAUGGGUCUGUUUGAGGAGGAGAGCUCUAAUACUUGUGUUACCAGUAAACAAGGACGCUUACAAAUCCUCAGAAAUAUGUGGGAAUAAGCAGGAUAAAGUCAGGUUCAAGUGACGAGCGCGAGCUUUUAUUUUACCCACUUCUUCUUUCUGUGUCUCUGCAUCUCAAAGGAAAUAUUGUGCUGCUGUUCCUCUUUAUACAUCAUCUCUUUUACCAGUUAUUGUGCGUAUUUGUUAAGUGUUUUUGGUGCAUAUUCAUUCUGCUAUCAGCUCUUUCAGGACCCAGUCACGUCCUUGAAGUUUUAAAAAAAGCGGAGUUAUGAAGAUCUCAACCUCUUUUGAAUGCAAAUCAACUUUUGUGAAGAACUUAAGCCUGAAUUUUCUAUGACUCCAACACUGCUUCAUGCUUUAUUCUUUCUAGAUUCAGAAGAAAACAGGCAACGAAGAGAGAGGGGUGGGGGGUGAAUCUGUCGUUUUUAAAUCUGCAAAAUGAAUAGUUAUCGGGCCAGUGAAGGAAUCUGCUCGGACAGUCUGGGGAGUAUUUAAAGCCUUUUCUUUCGUUGUGUAAACCUCUGUUAGCUGAGAUGAUGUGUGUUUGAAAUGAGACCAGAGCAGAAAGAUCCUCUGAGAUCCUCUAUAAGGGGCCAUUUCAGAUCCUCUUUGAGCAAUCUGAGAACCCAGCAGCGGAUGUCUGACAAGCUCCAGUGAGUAAAUGUUUCACAGCUCAGAGUGGGGCCGGUCUGUGGGAGGACUGAGUCCUUACCUCGAGUGAAGGAGUUUGAGUAUCUCAGGGUUUUGUUCACAACUGUGGGUAAAUGUGAGCUCAGCAGGAAUGAGAGUGAUACGAGCAUGGAGGGAGCGAAGCCUGAAGAAUAAACUUUGGAUAGAAUUAUUUACUUGCUCGAUUUGCAAAUAUUUGAACAUCUGAAAUUAACUCGCCGGUGUCGCCUAAUAAAAACUCAUGUCCAGCCUCGCUUUACAUGAAAUUCACAGUCAGUAUGAACGCGACAAUUCUGACUGUAACCCCAGCUCAGACAUCUGAGUCGGUGUAGAGUAGAGCUGCUCCUGUGCUGCCUGUCUGGUUUAAACUGAUGUGAGAAAUGUGCAGAGAGGAAGAUGUGACACACGCUGUGAUUUAAUCCGAACACCAGCUGGAUCACGAUUAUCUGCCUUUGUUUUCUGCGUGUGUUCUGAUCAGACACACAUUUUAGAUUCACGCGUCUGAACGCCUUCUUUACAUGUUCACUGCAGUAAAUUCAAUUAAUGGCUUAAAAAUAACCAUACUGUCACAUUUGUUCAUUUUCCUUUUGUCUUUAAACUCAGAUUUUUUUAUCAGCAUUAUUUUUUUUUUCGUGUGUCUUCGGCGAAAGACUCUGUCAAGCUGUUUUGUAUGAGAGGAGCUGCUGCAGCUUUAGUUUUUGGUGCAGCAGGUGUGCCACAUGUCUUCUGGCUCCCAUAAUAGAGCUUGGCGUGUUUCAUCUUUAGGUGGUGGAAGAGGUUGCUGAUGUUUCCUCCUCCAGCAACAACAGCGACAUGAUGCUCUUUACCUAGUAUUGGUUUUUUUUAAUCAUUGUCGGAUUUUCUAAAUCUGAAGAAUCUCCAGACAGUUAAUGUCGCGACUUGCGCCCUUUUUCGGAACGAGUUCCUCCUCGUCUUCCUCAUGUUGGGUUGGUCGGGCUGCCUCCGUUUGCUUGGUACUGCAAUUAAUCUGUGUUUCCGCCAUGACCACCACCAGUAGAGCUGUUUCUUCUUUGUCAAAACUAUGCCAAGCAGUCUGCUGGAUAUGUUGGUGAUUAUAGGGAGUGCACCCAAACCUGACCAAUCAACCGAAGUGAACAAACUCCACACGACACACUGGUGAAUAUACGGAAGCGCACCCAAACAAUUGAGCUACGGCUUUCCUGUUAGCGAGCGCAGACAACUACACACUGACUCAAAGAGACGCAGCAGACAUCUGCUCUCUCUCUCUGGUAUAAACGGUAUAGCAAAAUUCCUACCGGUAGACACUUCUAAACCGUUACAUGGUUUAUACCGUCGUACUGCCCAACAUAAGUGCAGACAGUUGCAUUAAGCCUCCAUUAGCCCCCACUUUGAGAAAAACAACCAAAGUCAACAUCUAACAAGAUGACAGCCAGGAGGUUAGCGGUUAAAUGCUUGGAUUAACCUUCUAUUGACAAAACAACUUCAUUUCAGACACCUCAGCAAAAAUGUCGACCUCCCUGCCGCAGCAGUGGUGGGUCUGUUUAUGAACAUCUAUGAUGAUUUAAAUGAAGUAUUAAAGGAAACCAAACUCAGCUUUCUGCCUCUAAACCGCUAAAUAAAUUCAAGCACAGAUGUAGAAAAUGUGUGUUUUGAUUUUUAAUUGAGUAAGAAGGUCAAUUAGUCAUUUCCAGACAUAACUUGAUAAGACGCUUUGAGACGUGACAUUCAAAAAAAGCAGCGGUGUGAUUAUUUCUCAUCAAGUCGGAAGAAGGAAGACACUACAGCCGCUUAACUCGAUGUCCAUUUAGUCCCAGAUUAAACUGGUAAUUUUAGGUCUUAAUCUAAUCCGUGUUAACACUGACAGCCUUAAAUUAGGGACUGAACAUGAUGAUCAUUAUAUGAAGUGCCAUCAUGAAAAACUGCAGCUCCCUACAUAAUUUUAUACAUAUUCCACCUGCACAAACAUCAAAAGCACCAUGUUACACCUCAGAUUGGAGUUUUUUUUUUCUUUUACACUCGUGCAGAAAUCCCCGGACUAAUUAUUGCAAAAAUCUGUUAUUUCCUCCCCGCUAAAGCUUUCCUUUAAUUGGACUCAGCUCAAAAUGCACAGAGGGGGAAGAUGCUUCGAAGCACUUGAACACAUAGGAUCAAUGGCUGCAGCUAAGCAAGUGUGACUAAAUUUGGGUCAGCAUAUUUGCUCAUGUAGGGCCUCCAAUUACAGCAACAUUUCUGCUCUGUUGUGCAUUUUGAGCCGCUGAGAGGAUCCUCUCCACAGCCGCCUUUUGUCUCUGAGCGGCGCGCUCUCCUGGCCGGCCUGUAGUGUGUUUGGAAAUGAAUGAAAAGAGGAUCGCUCAGCCCCCCCCGGCUUGGAGGGGAGCCUCUGUUCCAUCCACAUGUACCUAGAGCUUCUGUUUCCAGAGAGAGGAUUUAGCACCUGGCACAGAGUGGAGGCUGUUUUUAACACCCAUUCAACCACAACAAAGACCGGCCAGUAAGUAAAGAUUUAGACUGAUAGGUCUCACAUACCCCACAUCCCUGCAAACCAUUAAAUCCACUGUAGGAUGCCGCAGACAGACCCUAUCAGAUGAUGAUAGAAAUCCUGGAGAAUCACCAAACUGGCAGCAGAUACUGAAUGAUAUCAGCAGUUAUUUUAGGGACCUUGAGCUUGUGACCUAUUCAAACGAUGGUUUUUAUGACGCUUUCAGCCGCUCGUCUCCCUGAAACCUCAGAGGACGACGACAGGAGAAUAACAAUCAAGUGGAGUCACUGCAGCACAACAGAAAUGUACAGUAUGAAUGUCAUCUCAUCCUUACACGGUUUAUACAGCUGUUGUAGACCGUGACUGCGAGAACAGGCUGGAACUUUUAAUGAAGUGACAAUGAGACAAAUGUUUGCCAGAAACCUCAGGAGCUGGUCUCCUUCCCAAAGUAACCACACACAGGCUCAGAUAUUUCCUCCUUUACGUGAGAAAUUCAGAGAGGAUUGAAAUCUAUCUGGUGUCUGUACGUAAAACAAACCUGGAGUUAGGGAGUGAUCAGCAUAGUUUAGCAUGAACACACCUGUAUGUACUUCUACAGGUCACAGCUCGGCCUUUCACGUGAUUUUAGAGGUAAAUAUAAUCUCAAACUAAGGCUGCACGAUAUUGGAAAAAAAUAAUAUUGCGAUUUUUUCAACCCUGCGAUAUAUAUUGCGAUAUUAAAAAUACAGUAUUUUCACCAGAUGACCUGAAUAGCUCUUAAUGUUAUGCUGCACUGCUGAAAUCUUGAGGACAGUUAAUCUGCUCUGAUCUUACCUCUUUUUGUGAAUGUUAGUAGAACGGCUUCUGUCUGUCUCAGAGAUAUUUUUAGCUUUUAUUGUGCUGGGACGUUAUUGUGGCAACAGGUGAACACAGGAGACGUGUUUUGGUCGACAUCAUCCUUCUUUUAACCGAAAUAAUUCCAGAUAACUGACUUUCCUUUUCUUUUUGGCAACAAAUCUUCAUUUUCGGUGGUUUUCGCUUGUUCGUUGUUCAUUUUGCGAUCGUUGUUGUUGUUGUUAGCGGUGUCGUGCUGAGAAACGCAUGUCCUCCGAGAAUUGCAUGCACCUCGCAAAACGCGCACUGCUUAUAGUAGAGUGGUCCACGGAAAUGUACAAUUUAAAACCCAUACAGUUCUUAUUUGUUGGGCUUAACAGUCAUGAGUAAAGUUCCGAAAGUAAUUCUCAGCGGACACACGUCUCCCUCCAUGUGCAGAACAUGUGCAGGGGUGGGUUUUCUCCGCCCUGAUUUUGAUUGACAGCUGGCAGGGUAGUCUGAUUGGCAACUGAGAAGUGAGUCUGAUUUGCAACUGAGUUAAGGACGAAGGCGAUUGGUGGAUCGCUGCACAGCACAUGCAGAGUCACAUGGAGUGUAUCUCAGUCGGUUACCCUUGAAAUUAAAUGAGUUCAUUCACCUCCAAUAUCGCAGGCUCUGCGAUGUGACUAUCGCACACACGUACAUCGCGAUGACGAUGUUCAAACGAUAUAUCGUUCAGGCCUAUCUCAAAGUAUUUUCAGGUAACGACAAUUCAUUCACACUCGGGUGAAAGUGUUUCAAUCCAUCUGUUUUUGGAUGCAUUUUAGAUUAAGUGCAUCAGAAAGAAGUGGAGUGAAUAAAUCAUGAGGUGUGAGGCUUGUGGGAUGCAAACAUCAGGUCUGUGAGGAGCCAUAAAGAGACCUUAUUUCCUCUUUCACGAACAGAAACAUCUUAAUUUAGUUGCACUUGCCACGCGCUUCUUUCAAAUUUGAUUAGAGGCUUUUUUUUAUGUUGUGCUUUGGGCAGUUUUUGUCGGUGUCGGUGAUGUAGGGAGAGGAGAGCACAGCUAAGGGUUGAGUUAAACCAGCAACUCUUCAAUCGCUGAUACAGUCUUGAGUAAAAGUGUCUAAAUGUGUCCUAACAUCGACCAUAUUGUUCAUUUUUACAUUCCUCCUGCCCUUUGACAAAGCAGGAAGGUCAAUGAAAGAAUAUCUUAAGUAUUUUCCUUUGCAGUUUUCAGGUCAUUUUUUAGUCUUUUCUCUGACAAGUAUCUCAUAUUUCAAAUAAGGACAUCUAACUUUAUGGCAUCUCUCUCAUAAUUCCCAUGAUGCUGAUGACGUUUGAUGGUGAAACGGGGCCCAAAACUGCUCUCCCAUUUCAGCUCUUCCUCUUGCAGCUCUGCCCUGAGGAGCAAAGUGGCCCUCGAAAAAAUAAUGGGUGGGGAUAGAAAUAGUAAUGAAAAUGAGAAAUGGGACAGAGCCUGAACCUCUCAUGUCACCCUUGGAAACAAAAAUAAACCUAAAACGUGGAACUGGCCCUUUUUAUGAAGUGUGGGAUAUUUGACACAUUUGUUCCCCUCCUUCAAACAGGCUUUUAUUCUGCAGCUCUGUGUCAAAUGAAACAACACUAAUCCCAUCACCAACAGCACAGCUACUGUAAUUAACAGAUAAUUAAAAGGUGCCGGGGCAGAGAAUCAAUCCACCUUCAGAUGCUGCAGCUGUAAAACUCUUUUCACCUCCUGUCAGGCAGAUGAGGACAGAACAAACCCAAAAUAUGAACAUGAUUGAACGUUUAUCCGUCGAAACACUUGAAAGGAUUAUCAGCAGGAGACUUGAUUGUCCUCUCACAUAAAAAAAAACCUCUUUAGAGACAUUAAUUAAAUGUUAUUUAUGUUUAAUUACAUACUGUCUAUUUUCUAUCAAGAGCUUUAAGAGCUAUAAAUCACGGUGAUCCAGAUAGGAUUAAUCCAAGGUCACAGGGCUUAAUUUAAAAGCUCAGACCUUUUAUACCUCUAAUCUUUUGGCUCUGCGUGACGACUUCAGCCGUGACAUCCCAGUGAGGUAAACCCGUUUUAAAAAACUGUGCCACACUUCGCUUAAUAAUGUGUGUUUCUAAAUAAAGACGAUAAUCUAUGCAAAUGGUUUGCCACGGUGAGCCCAGAGGGACCAAUCAUGCAGCGUUGUGUAAAUUUGAUUUAAAUGGAAGGAGAGAAGUUUGGGAGGAAAUCUGCGUCUUUGGUCAACUUUAAUUUAGUCAGGGACAAGUCAGGCGGUCUGAUGCAGCGGGAAUCCAAAUGGACCAAAUAUUGAUUUUGCACUGCUGUGUAUAGACUUAAAUGGAGAAGGAGCGCUCCUGAAACUCCAAUUAUUUAUUCAUCACGGUACCAGAACUUUGUCCAUCUGAACUUCCUGACUUUGACAAAAUUCCCCACAGACAGAUUCCUCUCUAGGUUUUUGCAUUAGGGGUUUAGGGAAUAUCUCAAACUAGGUAAUCUUGAUUGAGAAUGACAGUCCCAGUACACUGUCAACAUGCUAUUUUUACAGCGCUCAUUGCACACGAUUGCCCUCAGGCAACCCAUUCCAGUUUCAUCCCUUAUCCCCCGGAAAAUUCCCCUUUAUUCAAACAAGCCUCUCUGUGUGUAUCAGCCUGAACUGAAGAUGGUUUACACCCUGAUAUAUCUGCUGUUUGUCCCUGUCCUCCUGCUGUUCAUUUAGGCUCAUAUCAGUAAACACAGAGAUGAAUUAACAGUGGACGUAUUUAACCCUUGAAGACCCACUCCAAUGAAAAUCCUGUUUUUCUUGUUUUUUUACGUUCAUAUGACAUUUUUCUGAUGCUACAGGUGAUAUCAUGAGAAAAAUAGGUGUGAAAUUGCAUUUCUGAGUAUUUCUGCAUUCAAAUCGCUGUGAAUCUCUGACAGACCCAAACAGCAGGUUCAGACACAGUGAGAUUUCCUACGUAGCAAAUCCAAGCUCCGCCCCCGGAGCCCCACUAUUCAGGCCAGACUCGGAGAAAUAGAGAAAUGCUCGUAAGAAAGCUAAUCAUGAUAUUCACUUUCAUCAUGUCCCCAAAAACAUUUGUGUCCGAGAACUGAAUAUCUCUCAUAUUACCUUCUACUUCUACUACACCAGCAAUGUUAGGCUGCAAGCUAGCGUGGAGAGGAGUGUGCAGAACAGCGCUGUCUCCGCCCACGACUCAGAGGCAAAAUGCUAAUGAGCUACAGGAGCUCUGCAGAAAAAAAGCCCUUAAAAAUGUGAUUUUUGGUAAAAACCUGAUAAUCACAAUUUAAAGACCACUGAGAACACUUUAAGUAGUAAAAUUAAAAAAAGGUUCGGAGUGGGACUUAGAUACACUGCAACAGGAUUGGUCGGUCAGUUUUAAAAGGAUGUUGCAGAUUAUGUCAAGGUCAUGGUUUUUGGAGUAUUAAUUAAGCUGGAAUAGAAGUUUGAUAAAUAUAAAAUAUUUAUAUAUUUAUAAAAACAAAUCUCUGUGACCUUGAUUCUAGGGCCCGACCGAUAUGGAUUUUUUGUGGCCGAUGCCAAUUAUUGGGGGGAAGGGUCAGAUUACCGAUAAAUUGGCCGAUUUUUAGAAAAUUUCAUGCGCCAUCUACUGGAUAAGUCGGGGGAGUUUUGGCUGAUUGCCGAUAAGUCUGAAACUGGCUAAAAUUGGCCGAUUUAAUCAGCUCGCCGAUAAAUCAGUCGGGCCCUAGUUGUUUCUGCAGGUUUUGAUCUAACACAUUUGUCCGACUUCGCUGUAGCUGAAUCUGUGUUGUGCCUCAAGUUUAGUAGCUCAUUAGAAACAUGCGAAACAGCUCUCUGUAAUUUCCCCUCAGUAUAAAACAUUAUUAGGACUUUCUAAAAGAUGAGGAGGACUGCAGUUCUCCCUGUCUUGGUGUUCCCGGGGGUUGUGCCCCAUUUUUACCCCUGGUUGUCUGGAUAAAUAAUUAACAAUGAAAAAAAAAAAAGGUCACACACCAGCUAAUAUCUGCAAACCAUAUACUGUAUGGCCUUUUAAUUUUCCAUAUCAUAAUCACUCAGUUCAUUUAGUUUGCGUGAGCCUUUGCUUGCUCUGCUCCUCCUGCCACUAUUUACUUAAACAGACACACACAUACACAUACUGUGAUAACAGUGUGUGAACACAGUAUGUGCUUCUGUCUGUAGGCUGCUCUGUAAUCUGACCAUGUUGGUUUUCGUUGUUUAAAUACGUCAUGUAGCUCAGGUGUGGGAAAAUAAAUGUAAAGUUGUGUUUAGAUGGGAUUGAAUUAAACACACAAGCGUUCACGAGUGUUGGCAGUGCACCAGUGUCUACCCGUUAACUUUAAGCAGCUAAUCUGUCCUGUGGGGUCAGCCGAGAUCAUGUGUGUUUAAAACGAGACCAGGGCUAAAGGAUGCUGCUUCUUUGGUCUGAGAGCUCCACUCUGAUCCAGAGAUAUCUCGUCUUUAUUUCAGGAGGGCUGCUGUACAUAUUAUUGCUAACAGCAGCGACGAUUCCUUCAGACUUGGAGCAGACUUUUUCUGUCAGCUCUCUGUAAAAGGUCAGCAUGAAGUGGAGCUGAUGUGUGAAUGAAGCAGGUAGAAGUGUGGAACAUUCGCAGUGAGCAGAAGAGACGAGUGGUGAUAUUGUUCACACCGAGCAGAGCUUCUGUACUUUUACACUCCUUACCAGUGACGUAGUUAAGCCACCGAACCUCGAGUCCUCCUCCCCUUCCAUGUAAACCUCAGAGUUACCGAGUGUGCCAGCGUGUGUUUCACCUGAUGAUCCCACAGAGCUUUCAUUAUUUGGGAGAACCGCCUUCGUAAGUCGGCGCGCUCCUUGGUCAUAUCCUCCUAAAUUGAAAGAGUGCAGUUCUCCCACCGUAUCUCUCUUUUUCUUCGCGGCUGUCAAAACUUUCUGCCGAGCUGUGAAGCGUAGAAAUUUCACCAGAAUCACCCGCAGUGGUUGGUUGUCUCUCGAUCUCAUAUUCAUGCUCCUGUAGCCCCAAUCCUUCAUUCAGUUUUUUCUUUAUCUCAUCAUUUAUUGCACUCCCCGCUUCUUUUCCUUCUUCCAGUCCAACCAGUUAAAUGUUUUUACAUCUUCCUCAGUUUUCUUGGUCUUCGACACAGCUCCAAAGUUCCUCCACUCUCUGUUUCAGCAUUUUACUUUCAUCCAUCAUGCUAGCGUUGUUAUCCUCCACAUCAGCAAUACGACUUCACUGUGUUUUUGAGUUCUGUUGUGUCCGACUUCAUUGUCGAUACAUCGCUCACCACUUUAUUCAGAGUUGAGCUCAUCUUUGAGAUGAUGUUGUUCCGCCUUGUUGUUCCUUUGGCUAGCUUCGCUGCAAGUGGGGCCAGCAGGGUUAGCUUGUGUGGUAGCUGAAGUCGAGCGUUUUCUAUGGUUCAUUGUGCGAUUCAGACUUUGACUGUAUAGGAGUACCGGGACGGGAGCUUAUCUAAGACGCGGCCAUCUCCCAGGUCUUCAACACGUGACUCUCCUCCCUCUUCAUGAAUAUUAUUUAAGGAGGAGGACCUUUUGACUCCAAACAUGGACUGCAUGAACCUGAACUUAGACCUUUUGGGAGGUUGAUACCACCAUAUAGCUUCUUGCAUAUGGAUAAUAGUUGUCGAGUGUCUGAAGCGGCCCUGACUUAAAUCUGGUUGAGACUCUUUGCUCUCUCAGCUGUAGGAAAGAACCAUUAAUGAGCACUGAAACAUCUGGGCCCAAACGAACUACCUGCUGAGUGGACUGUCGCUGUUUGGCUGAAUCCAGUCUGAGAGAAAAACACAAUCUGUCUCCUAAAAUAGAUGCAAAUAAGCUCCGUCUCUUUCUCUCUUUUUUUUUUAUUGAUGUUUUGUUUGCAGUUGAUGACAGCUUUCAAAAACAGCUUCUCUCUCGAACAGAAAAUCACAGCAGCCUGAGCCGAGUCUCAGGCCGCUUCACUUCCAUUAAAACCAUCCGCCUGUCACUGGGAAAGGUGCGUAAUGACCCGAGGAAACCCGCCCCAGGCUCAGGGUCAGAGCUGUCCACAUCAGUCAGUGAGAAACUUUUUUUUUUAUUUUUAUUCCUGUCGGGGAGGAGCGAUUAAACGUCUGACACAUCGGUACGUGCUCUCACUGCUGAUUGUUAAAACCUUUCCCCCGCUGACAGACAAUCUUUUUCCUGAAGAUCAGACGGCAGACUCUCAGCGUUUCCGAUGUCUGCCUCAUCACCUCAACGUGUUUACACAACCACAUGACAGCCAGCUAACUUUCAGUCAUUCAAGCUUAUCAUUAAAUAAACCGAACAUGAAACUGGAACGUUUUAUUUACCGGCUCCAGGACUUUUAUUGACCGACUUCAAAGCCGUCUCAAGCACCUGCAUUCUGGCGUCUUGAAGAGUGUUUGCUCACGCUACAAGAGGAUAGAUCCUCAUCAAUGCAAAAGCCUCUGUGAUGGUUUUUUAGCCGGUUAUGAAACAACUAGAAUAAUACUGACGCCUCGUUUAUGAGCUUCAAAAGCAAACAAGCCCAUAAACGAGGAGAUUAUUCUUUAUAGAUAUUUCUAAUGCCUGUAAACGCCGCUGUAAUUACAUGUGAGAUGAAGUGAGUAAUAGCACUCUGCGGGAGCAGCUUUUGGUGACAUUUUCUACAGCAUGAGUCACAGUGAGGGACACAUUUGACUGUCGAGAGAAAGCGGGUAAAUAUUUUUCAGCAGUACUGGAAAAAGGUAGGCCUGCAGGAUGACGGUGUAAUUAUUUUGAUAGCUAUUGAGGUCGUGAUCAUUAAAUAUAUUUUUACUCAUGAUUGAACAUCGAAAAAGCUCGUGUAAAGCAGUGAAAGGAACAUUGCUUCAACUCUUUACUUCAGUAUUGAAGCUUUUACAUUAUUUUAAAAACAACGUUCAGUAAAUUCAACCCCACGUUUGACUUGUAGUUGAGUGUUUGUAAACUGUGGUGUUUAAAAACUGAAAAAUCAAGGCUUAUAUUUUAUCACAGGCUGCAGAUCCAACAUCUAACUCAGGCUUUUAUAACCUCAAUACUUAUGUAGUUGUUUAUCCUGGCAGUCUUUAGCAUUUGUGCAUGCUUGUCAUAUCUUCAGAUCUAAAGCCUUUCUCUUGUUUUACUCCGUCCCUAAGCUUUUCAGGCACACAUCUGCCUCUACCUGCUUCUUACUCUGCUCUCCUCUUUCGUCUUUGUCUACUAGUCCAUGUCUGCUUUCCCUUUAGUUUUUAUGCAUUUAUAUCUCAGCUUUUACGCAUCCUUGUGAUUGCCUCUCUGUGGAUUAUUUCUAAAAGCCUAACCACAGAAAAGGAGUGCAAACUAACCAUGGCUACUACUUUAAUUAGACAUAACAAUGCGCAUAUGUGUUGUCCCUGUUAAAUAAUCUCAUGAAUAAAUGAACACAUCAUCUACAAACACAAUGUCUUAUUUUACAAACUAUGACUGCUUUCCACUGUGAACCAAUUAGUUACCGUAUUUUCUGGACUAUAUGUCGCUCCGGAGUAAAAGUCGCACCAGCCAAAUAAUGCAUAAUGAAGAAGAAAAAACAUAACGAUAUAAGUCGCAUUUUUGGGGGGUAAUUUAUUUUACAAAAUCCAAGACUAAAAACAGACGUUUCAUCUUGAAAGGCAAGUUUUAAUAAUAAUAAUAGAAUAGAGAACAACAGGUUGAUUAGGUGUACGGUAUGCUAACGUAACAUGUUGAUGGUUAUUUAGCUACAUGAAGCAUAAACAUCAAACUCAAUAGGUGUCCGGUAUAUUAAUGUAACAUAUUAACAGUUAUUCAGAUAACUAUAGUAUGAAAAAAAAAUUAUAAAACAAGUUUACCAAACUCUCGAUCUCGCUCCAAAUCACUAAAUCUUUCGAAUUCUUCAUCCUUUGUGUCACUUCUGAACAACUCCACCAACUCCGAGGGUGGACGAAACGCAGCUUCUUCUUCUGCGUGACUGUCGUCAGACUAUAUGUGAAAUUACAUAUUUUAAUAUAUAUAAGACACACCUGAGUAUAAGUCACAAACCCAGCUAAACUAUGAAAAAAAGUAUGACUUAUAGUCCAGAAAAUACGGUAUAUGGUAUUACUGUACUUAUUUUAAGCUUACAGUACCUUUAAACACACACUGUACCUUUUAAGUGACAUAUUUGGACAUGUCUGCCCACAUGCACUAAAAGUGUUGUCCCAUUUCUGACACAACAGUCCGAGAAAAAAAAAAACAGUUUAGGUGUCUAUUUAUUCAACUAUUUUUAAAAAAGUAUUUUAUAUUGAUCAAAUUUGAUCCCCUCUCCUCAAACAUCCCUGCAUGGACUGCAGCAUCCAGUCGUCUCACCUCCUCCUCUGCAGACGUCAAUUGACGUUUGAAAAAAAUACAAAAUCAUCCUUUAUAAAAUGUCCGACAGUUCUCCUUUCAAGUUUAAAUUGCCUCAUUUAGAGUUUUUUUACUCCGCAGCGUCAAAGCUCCCCGCCAAAAUAAGUGUCCUUAUUUGACGAUUUGAUUUCCUUGAUCUCGAAUGUGAAAUGACAAAUGUGAAAUUUGUUCCAGAUUAUGUAACUUCAUUCCUGUGAAUGCAGACAGAAAUGUGUGCGGUGAUGGAAAAAUUUAAUUUCACUCAUCACUUGUCAGAGCUUUGCUGCAUUUUCCCUCAGUGUGCAGAAAUGAUACUUUCUCAGACAGGAAAAUAAACCCGGUUACACUCGCUCGCUCCAUCUCUGCUGCAGACUUGUUCUUCGCUCUGAAGGUGGACAGGCAGGGGAUUGGAUAUUUAAAAAUACACCUGUAAAUGUGUCACAGCUUGAUGCAGACCUGCUGAACGAUUCCUUUUUAUGAGGAAACACUCUCGUCUUUCUCACAUCUUCGUGUGAACAGCUGGACACAUGUUAAAUAUAGAUGAACAGGCUUUAUAGCGAAUGUUAAAAGAGAGCAGGACUGUGCAGGUCAGCGCUGUUUUAUGUAAAAAAUGAAAGCAGUGUUCUGGCAGAGAGUAGGGGACUGUCCUCCUGACAGAAAACGUGUGAAAUAUCACAGCUUCAGAGUCCGCCUCGAAUGAAAUCCCUCCCUGUUACACUCAACAGCAGAGAGUGUCGCAGUGCCGUCACAUAUGACCCGUAUUUAACUUUAAAGAACACCAAUCAGAUAUUGAUAUCUAAGAUUUCAAAAUAGUAAACACAGAAAAUAAGAUUUCCCGACUGAUUACAUAAAUUUGUAUUAGAUUAGUAUCAUUGCUGGGUAUAAAAAGGGAGUCAGAGAGACCGAGUCCCUCAAAAGUAAAGAUGAGAAGAAGAGAGACAGUGUGAGCGAAAAGUUCAUCAGUUGUCAUCAUUAAAGAUACUAAGAGUCUGGAGAAAUCUCUGUAAGAUGAUAACAAACCAAAACACAAGACAAUCAGUCAAAAAGAGUCAUGACUCUGUAGUGGAACUCACCGCAUGGACUCAAAGUCACCUCCAAAAACCAUUAUAUCUGAAUACAAAUGCAGAUUAAAACUGGACCUUAGGAGGAGGAAACCAUAUAAACAUGACUCUGAAAUGCUGCGACUUCUCCGGGAUCGAGUUUGUUUAAGAUGGACUGGGAACUGACAGAUCUGAAUCUGAACUUCCUUUUGGAAAUCCUGGAUGCUUAAAGGGAUAUUCUGUCGUAAAAUUAAUUUAGGGUCAAACACACGUUAACACCGAGUUAGACACCAAACAUCUUUAUAGCUUUGCCUAAUUUCUUUAACAAAGUGACUAAACACAACUCACCUACUCUCUUCCAGCAGCUGCUUGUUUGUACAGAGCCCUCCGAGUCUAUCGACUGCAGCGGGGGGAUGCGGCUCAAGGAAGAACAUUUAUGAUCAUUACUUCAUGGAAAUGCAAUCAGACCGAGACGCCAAGGCAGAAGAACUACCACGUCUGCAGUGCAAAUUGAUAAAUAUGAUGAUUAUUACUUCAAGGAAAUGAUAAAGAAAUGAUCAUAAAUGUUCUUCCUUGAGCUGUGUCACCCCGCUGCAGUCAAUGGACUCGCCCAGAGGUCUCUGAAGUUGCUUUAACUAGAGAAGCAAGCGGUCCGCAAUUCAUCUCUCGAGGGGGUGUCUAACUUGGUGUUAUGGUGUGUUUGACCCUAACUUAAUUUUACGUCAGAAUAUCCCUUUAAUCCUUGAUUUUAAAGAAGGGAGGGACGGCCUGGUUUGUUUAAGUGCCAACAGCAUGGACUCAGGGUGCUGAACUGGUCCACCUGCAGUCCCAGCUUGUCACCUUUUAGACAGAUUUGACGCACCAUGAAACACAAAAUAUGAGACAGGAGACGCUGAACGGUUCAGCGGCUGAAAUCCUCUAUCAGGCAAGAAUAUGACGACUUUUCAAAACCUCUGAAACUCCUGAAACUGGUCUCCUUGACUACAGAUAUUUACAGAAUGGAGUUAUAAGAAGAGACGAUGCAGAACAAUGGUAAACAUCCCUGCUGUGUUGAAAUAUGUUGCUAGUAUAUAAUUUAAAAUAGGAGCAUUUACUUUUCAUUAAACCAUCAAAUCUUCUGUCUUACAGAAUCAGGGUUAUAGACUCAGAAAAACAGGUACAAAAAUCCGAUAUUUCAAUGAAAAACUAGAGAAAAGUGUGUGAGAAUGUCUCUAAUAACCUCCUUCUGUGUCUGUCUUCUUCUUCUGUCUCUGCAGACAAUGUUUACAGGAAAUGUCUUGCAAAUGGGACAUGGGCGCUGAAGGGGAAUUACUCCAUGUGUAAGGCCAUACUUCAUGAGGAGGUAAGACGUCAUCGCAAGGAGUCUGUGCACAUUACCCUGAAUGAUGAAGCCUCUUAUGGAGACACCCUCAAAGCUUGAAACAUGCAUUAACCAGGACUAACAAUGUCUGCAAGGUUUGUUGUGCAGCAGGUUGGCUGGAGGCAGGUUUUAUUGUGAGUAUGAAUGCUGGGCUCGGUUGCUUGGAGCCUGCAGCCUUAAGGGGCAUCACAAUGAAGCUAAAGAUACUGUGAAUGAAAAACAAAACACCCCAGGAGCAUCACUUGAAGGACUCUGAGUCAAAAGCACGGUGACUGGUACGAAUUUGCAUGAAAACUGCGGCUUUAAUGUCAUCUUGCUCCAGGUUUUUAGGGCUUGGCGUGCCUUUCUUCUGAAGGUGUUAGUCUGAAAUCUACAGAUGAACCUGCGGCUAUUUCUCUUCUGAUUGCACUUUAAGUGUUUCAUUUGGAAAAUUCCUUAAAAGAAAGCCGCGACAGGCAGCAUUGUCCUCCGGCGACACGAAUGAGUUGUGAAAGCAGAGAGAGGAAAACGCAGUCGGCGGGGUUUUGGUUAAAAGGCAGCCGUUAGGAUCCUCGCUCUGCUCCAGAUUUUUAUCCUCUCACAUGCUGCUGUUUUUCUCUUGUCUCCACCUGGGUGCUGCUUUGUGAUUUGCAGAUGUGGUGGUGAUUGGCGCCUGUUUCUGAACAGGGUCUGAACAAAGCGUGCAGAGAGAACACUCUGACCUACAUGGAAUAAGCAGACAUUUGAUGUAUUGUAUUUAAAAAGACAGAAAUUACAAGAGGGGAAAAACACACGUAACACAGCUUGUUUGUUUCCCUGACCUGACCAUCUGCCAGAGCUGAAUAUUGAACAGACAAGUUAACAUGAACACUGUAACCUCCUUCCGGUUUAAUAAGCUGUCUCUAGGCUUUCUUCUCUGUUUUAAAUAUGGCAUCCUUGCCCUUCAUGUGAGCAUAAAAGCUGGCUUUAUGCUCCAUUUUUCCUAUUUAACACAAAUCCCAUGUAAAGACACAAAACAACUAAGUGUCCAUGCGUCUUAAAGCACUUGAACCUCUGCAUGAGUCUUUUUCAUGCAUGUCCUGCGCCUUUGUUUGCAUUUCUACCGUCAGCUCAUUGAUGCCUUUUACAGCAAUGAUUAACCUUACUGAUGUCCUCAUGGCAUCUCCAUUAGUGUUAUGCUCCGGUUCAUUUGAGUCAUUUUUCACUCACCAAUCUGUACAGAGUCAAAGGUUGUACAAGACUCGGUGUUGGAAGUUGAGUCAGAUUCAAUAAAAGGAUUUCCUUUACAUCUCUAUUCUUCCACUUUAGACACACUAAACACUCACACCACUCAAAGGACCUACAUAUCAGAGUUUUCCAAGAGGUUACCAAUAGGGCUGGGCGAUAUGGCCUCAAAUCAAUAUCACAAUAUAUUGAGCAGUUCACCUCGGUAACGAUAAAUGGACGAUAACUACUCCACAAGCUGCUCACCCCCUCCUACAUUAACUUCGUCUACUUCAGCCGCUACAUCUCUUGAACCGUCCUCCGUCAGUUAUUGUCGGUACCAGUAAAUUUUCGGUUCAUCGUCCAGCCCUAAUUACCAAUAUAUUUGUGGUUCCAUUCCUCUUGUAUUGUGUUUACAUGUUCAAAAAAUGAUUUAUUGAGUUAGUUUGACUAAAACUGACCUUUAAAAAAUUCCUAUGAACACGUUUGUUUGAUUUCUCAAACUUCUCCCUGGAGCUUUAACUGAGAAUGUUAAUGUGAAUCAGGGAAACUGAGCGUGGAAAUGGACUUUUCAGCUUGGCAGGCGGGUCAGGUGGGCUCUCCCCUGAACUUUGUCUUAACCCAACAUCAGACAGGAAACAUGCCUGGGUGUUGCACCAAUAUCUGUCUUCUGUUAGGAAACUCUGCAUGGGUUAUGUAAGGACAUCCAACACUGUAAUAUUAUACGUCCGUAUCAAAAUGCAGAUCUGGACAUAAAGGGAGCUCCUCCUCACCGCUGUUCUGCUGAGCUCUCAGAUGCAUGGUUGAUACCACUCUCAGACUGUACGCCCAGCUGCAGCAGGAGGUGAUUAAUCAAACAUUAAGGCUGUAAGCAGGCUGAAAUAGCUCACCAGGCCCCAUCCUAAAAUAAAGACACACACACACACCACUUGAGUUCACUAUUAACACGUUGUCACGUUGUUAUGCAAUUGUAUUGUCUGCACACAAAUAGCCGUGUAAAACCGCCAAACUGCGAUUUAAAACAGCUCCCACUGCAGCGUCCUCUGCCCUGAGCUCCUGAUGCAAUCUCCUAAACACCCAAACGUGAGCGUGGCUUCAUGCUGAGAUCCAGAUUCCUGCAGGAAAAGCGUUCUGGUAUUCCAGCCAAAACUCUGAGCUUCUCCAGUAAAUGUUAUCUCCAUUAUGAGACUUACAAAAAAAAUCUGUCUGCAGAACUUUUGUUUCUGUUUCUGGCUUUGCCUCAGAAAAAUCUGUGUUCCUAAUCCUCACUUCAAAGCCCAGAUUGGCUCCGUUUGUUUUAGAGUUUUAUCAGGACUUAGAAACACACUUGGUGCUUGUUAGCAGGAUAAGACUGUCGUUGGUUUGGCUCUUUUUGUUUGAUUUUUUAAGAGUAAGAAAAAUGUUAAAAAUCCCCUUAUCCCUUCAAGAAUUAUGUGUGACCUGUGAGGCAUGUUGACGUUGUUCCUCGCACAUUAAUGCUUUAUAUAGAGCUGCCAGCACCAGGAAAGAGCUGCAGACUGAGAGCCGUCCUUCAGUGUUUACCCAGAGUCUGAUAUCCAAUCGAUCCCUGCAGAAGAUGGAUAUAGAGUGUCUGACCUUUUAAAAAUGUGUGUUUGAUUUUUUUGUCCUUUUGUAGCCAUAAAAUAAAUCACUGGAUGGUGUGAUUGACAUCAGGGAAAAGGUAGAGGAGUACCAGCAGCCUCUCUUUAAAGUUCAGUUUGUGUUGGACUGGAUUUCCAGCUGUCCCACCGGGAGGAGAAAGUGUGCGGAUCACAGGCUUAUUGGAAAGUUUGUUUGAGGAGAAAGAAAUCCUCUUUUCCUUCUGGGACUCGCUUGAGGUUAUUUUCUCAAAUAAGAUAAGAGUCUUUGUUUUUUCUUGGAAGCAAAGUGAGUCAGGUUUGGUUCUGGCUCUCCUGGCCCACACAUUUUGUAGACCUGAAGCUAGUGGUGGGUUGGAGGGUCUUAUAUUAUCCUCCUGUUGUCCUCCCCCUCCUCUCAAAUCUGCAAUCCAUCUGAAACCAUCCUGUCCACUUGAUUUAUGCCCUGAUGUGUCAGCCAGUCCGGCACCAGUCACUGUGUAUUAAUUUCUUCCCUUUUUCAGGUCUAUAUUACCGCUCACAUACUCACAUUGAGAAAGCAAUCCUUCAUUGUGUAAUCACAACCCAUUGUAAUCAUUCCUCCUGUCAUAGCACCUUUAAAAGCAUCCUUUUUUUAGCAUCACCCUGCUAUUGAGCUGAGUGACAGAAUCUGCAGUCCUUGUUUGGUGAAAAAUGCUUUUUUUUUCACAGCAGCAGAGAAAAUAUCCCGUUAGUUACAUUAAGGUUUCUGCUACAGGAACAAAAACAAGCAAAAUGCGCACACAGUCGUCUGGAUGAUGAUUCCCAGGAGGCGUCUCCUACUCAGGCGGCUGGAGCCUCGUGUUUGUUUUGGGUUUUAAAAAUGUGACUGUGGCUCAGGACGCAUGGAAAAGAACCCGUUUGUCAGUUUUACCAGAUUGUGCUGAGACCAAUUUUUGUUCGAUUGCACCUCCUGUCCACAAAAUAUGAUCAUGCUGUGACCUUGGACAGCAUUGCAGUUCCUCUUUCAAUUAGGGAAAACUCUCACAGCAAUCUCAGUGUUUCCAGAACAUAGGAGGAACACUUGGUCGGAUGCCCAGGUAUAUUUUUGGACGCCCAAGUGUAUUUGCAGUCUGGUGCUCUGUUUAAAAUUGGCACCACCUCUGGGCAAAUUGGUAACCUACACUGUGUUUUAAUAAUUCAGUCGCCUUAGAUCAGCUGCAGUUCUCUAUUGUUUGUAAAGUGAGUACUUUAGGUGCCUUAUCUGAGCUAAAUUUAGUCUUUUUCCUCCUUGUCUGUCUUUGUUUAAAUGGAACUGUUGUGGUGUUCAGUCUAGAUGAAUGAAAUCUAUAAGGCUGCUGCUGCUGCCCACCUGAACAGGAAGACAGUCGUUAUUUGAGCAAUGUGACAGUUCCCGUCCAGCUUCUUUCUUCCUGUUUACAGUGGACCGGUGCUCAGGCUGUAAAAAAAGGUCAAGUGUUCUGCGUUUUCUGGCGUGUAAAUAUGGAAGGAAGUAAUUACAGGACAAGGCGAGGGUGAAAUUUUGUUAAGGGGUUGUCUGUAAAUGACAAAAGAAAACAAUAAACUAAAAAAUAAAAUCGGUGCUAAAAAUGAAAGCUGCACAGCAAGUGGAGACAGUGUAAACCUUCUUAUCUACCAAUACUGAUACUGAUACCAGUACUGCCAAUACUAAUAAUACCAAUACUGCCAAUACUAAUACUGAUACCAAUACUGCAAAUACUUAUAAUACCAAUACUGCCAAUACCAACAAUCCCAAUAACAAUACUACCAAUACUAAUACUGAUACCAAGACUUCAAAUACCAAUAAUGCCAAUACCAAUACUGAUACUAAUACUGCCAAUACUGAUAAAAACCAAUACUGCCAAUACUGAAAACAAUACUGCCAAUACCAAUAAUCCCAAUACCAGUGCUACCAAUACUAAUACCAAUACGGCCAAUACUGAUAAUACCAAUAAUGCCAAUACCUAUGAUGCCAAUACCAAUAGUACCAAUACUAAUACUGAUACCAAUAAUGCUAAUACCAAUACUGAUACUAGUACUGCCAAUACUAUUACUGAUACCAAUAAUACUAAUACCAGUAAUGCCAAUACCAAUACUGCUUAAACUUAUACUGAUAUCAAUACUACUAAUAUAAAUACUGAUACCAAAACUGCCAAUAGUAAUACUGCCAAUUAUGAUACUAAUACCAAUACUACCAGUAUAAAUACUCAUACCACUGCUACCAAUACUAACACUGAUACCAAUACUGCCAAUAUCGAUACUGCCAAUAUCAACCUUGCUAAAACUAAUACUGAUACUAAUGCUACCAAAACUAACACUGAUACCUAUACUGCCAAUACUAAAACUGAUACCUAUACUGCCAGUACUAAUAAUGCCAAUACUAUUUCUGCCGAUACCAAUAUCAAUCAUGCCAAUACUAAGAUAAGAUAAAAGAAACCUUAAUUCAUCCUACGAUGGAUUAAGGUUUAUAUUCAUACUGCUAAUACCGAUACCGAUACCUAAACUGAUAUUUAUAUUGAUAAUGAUAUAGAUUCCAGUUGGGAUAUUGUGGUUGUGAUACUGAUAGUGGUAUUGAUUCUGUGUGUAAGAUAAAAGUCAUCUGUACUACAAACCUGAGUCAGAUUCAUAACUCCUACAGAAAACUCUUAUUCGGUCACAUUUGAUGGCACAUGUCAAAGUACAUGAAUGCAGAUCAUUAAGUGACAUCCCUUCCACCAAUCAGCAUAAAUCUCCGCCCAUAAAUUGCUAAAGAUGACCAUAUAAGGAAGUAUGGCUAUGAGCUUCCCGUGGACUGGCAAGCAUGGCUGACUGUGUGCUCAGUGACAGCCUGAGCCCUUGUUGGGGGUCUUUAUGAGCCUGCUGCCCUGGUAUGUGGUGGGUCAGCAGAGCCAAAAGCCACCGCUUCAGUGAGUGACCCUUGUCUUCUGAUCUUCAAGGUUGUUAGGUAAAGAAAAAUUAACAGUCAGCCACGUGUAAAUCCUGACAGUCUGUGCCUGGGGAUGAAAAUGCAGAUGGUUUUCUUUCUUGAUCUGGCACCUGCCGGGCUCUGUUAACAUGCAAUUAGACCCAAGUUGUACUGAUAAUCCAGCCGUCUUUCACUGCUCUAGUCUCCAAUCAAAAUAGUGAUUUCUGAUGAUUAAAAGCAAUAUCUAUGUGUGUUCUUCACCUACACAAAUACAAAGAACCAUCAGGAGUAGAUGUAGCUUUUCUUGGUAGCUACAAAAAAAUCAGAGCUACUGAAAUAUUGAUGAAUGUCCUCCUGCGAUCUGUUUUCACACAUACUCGUUCUGCUCACGUUUCCUGAAUGAGACCAAAACUUCUGAUGGGAAAUGUGACUCAAACAGACUUUGUGAAUCAACCGCGGUAGAAAAACUCCGUCCUUGGCAAGUUUGAAGGUGAAGUUUGUGGAGUUUGAAUCAAACCGUGAGCCGCUGCCUGGAAGUGCUGCUCGGAAACUCUCUGUACCUUUUGUGAAUGGUGAAAGUGAGAGCGGGGAUGAAAAGGCUGCUGUCAUCACCUCCUGGCUGCAUCACGCCUCCUCCACAAUCUCUUUAAGACGCCACUCUCUUUUGUUUAUUUGGCUUUGUCUUUUAAAGUCUCUCCUUGAAGGCGUACUCCGUGUUUUAUCCAUGCACAAAAAACAACAGGAGUGAUGAUGUGAGAGAGGAAAAAAGAGCUUUUCAAUCCUUUCAGUCUCUUCUGAAUCAGCUGUGAUUACAGCAUUAAUUGCAGCUUUUUAUAGACAAGAGUUUUGUUUUGGAAUAGACUUUAAAAAACUCUUUUAGUCUAAACUGAAGGCAUGAUGUGCAGUCAGAUAUCGGAGGAGAGACGGUUGAUUUGAUGGUAUUUGUCAGAGACGAUGAAAACAUGUGUAGACUCAGAGGUUUGAGAAUAAAGUGAAUGAGAGAGAAACGCUGUUUCAGGAGGGCGGGGCUGGGAUUAAACAUGUGCACGAUUAAUCUGGACGUAGACACCAGUAGUUACAUAAAUCCACUUACAGCAGAGAUUACUGUUGGUAGUGUGGGCGGAAAUCCGAUCACAAUGAAGAUGUGAGGCGCAGACGGUGGAUAGAGAACGACUCAGAGGGAGAGUUUUUAUUUCAUGUUUGGUGUCACAGGAGGUCCACAAAGGUGCUGCAUACCUUUGAGCAAACAAAGAAAUAUAAUGACACAACAGGUGCAAAGAGGCCACAAAGAAAAUGCAGAAACGCCACGCGAAGCAGUAAGAGCACCACCAGACAAAAUAACACCUCCUGCAGAAUGAGCAGAAAUCAACACAAAACUUCAUGUAAAAUCUCUCCUAAGAGGAACAAAAGCAAAACGCUACAAAAAGAUGAGAAAUAACAAGAAAUCUUAACAACUUACCACAAAAAGUUGCAGAAAAAACUUUGAUUUAACACUUCUGAAUAACAACGAGGCGCAGUCAGAUAGGAAACAGCGUUUCUCAGAGACCACAAAGGGACGCGGAGAGGUGCAAAAUCAUCACCGAGACUGUUCAAGUCAUCACAAAAGUGAAUAGAAUAAGCAAUGUAAGGUGUGAAAUCAUAACAAAACACUUAAAUAUUCAUGCUUAACUGCAACACAAAGCAACAUGAUGACACAUGACAGACGAAAUAAAAACAGAGACACAAAAAAAGUGAAAUUGAACACAGACAAUCAGCCAUAUCAUAUUCAUUUAAGACAGAAGGUUUGGAGCCGAUGUCCCUCUAAAGGUCUAAACCUAAUUAAUCACAGUCCUUUAUGAAAGAUGGCAGAACAGGUGUGCUGCUUUAGUCUAUUUAAAACUACCAAGGUGUCCGUUUCUGUGCCGACUGUUUCAAACAAACCAGACGAUGUAUUUUAAAGAAAAAACAAAACCAAAGACCUGCACAUGCGGCCUUCAUUAGUGAGAAAAGUCUGUUUCUUUCCCCCUGCAUGCCUCGGCCUGUUUACAUUUCUGUUGCUAUGCGCUUUGUCCCAUGCUGCAUUGAUCUGAAUGGUUGCAGACCUUUACAAUCACUUUUGUAUGCGACUGUUGCUAAUGGUUUGAAUCGAGCGCCGUUAAUUGGUCCGGUGACGAGACAAAAGUCCUUGAUCCUGCAAAAGAAAUGAGUAUAAGAUUCAGAAAGAACAACAUAAGAACACGACUGAAAGAAACACCAAAUAAUAUCAAAAGAAAAACACACAAAUAGAAAAACUGAAGAGCUUCACUAAAAUACCACAGAGGAGCUGCAGAAUAAAAACACAGACUGAGCUCAAAAAGGGCAAAAACCAAGAAAGAAAAGAUAAAAAAAUAAACCUCAAAGACAUUUCCAGAAUAAGAGGCGAAACACCGGGUGGAAACAGGAAUACAACACGAAUGAUAAAAAGCAGCCGAAGAAGAACUAGCGAGGAACAAAGUGCUGCUUACGAGUCAAACACAGAAACACUGAGGGGGAAAAAAAGGCCCUCAGCUGUGACUUCAAACAUCACAGAGAGUCCGCUCAUCUGAAUCCCGGUGGAGGACUUUUCCAGAGCCUGAAACCCAGAUCAGCAAACCCACAAUCAAACAGCUAGCAGUUCUGGUUUGGAGGACCUGAGGGGGGGAAGCAGCAGCAGUGUGCAGCGUUAUUGGUAGACUGAUGUACUUAGAACCGUUCAAAUGUAAAUUUAACAUGAAAGAGAUAUCUAUGAAGAGACCUCACUGUAAUAAAGAUGUCAAAGAGGCAAAAAAAAACCUUUUAUAUCUAGAUUAGUAAGUAGUUAUAUGAAACGUAGCUGCCAAAGAACAUUUUUGGCUAAUUUUUUGACCAUUAAUAAAUGAAAACAGAAUCAAGCUUUUAUCAAAUAUUAAAAAUAAUGUUUUAUUAAAUUACUAGUAUCAAUCAGCUUGACAUCUGGCAUAUUCUGAAAAUACACACUUCAAGGAUUAAAAACAAAACAGGUGGCAUAAAACACAUACAUCUAGACUAAAAGAAAUGUGAAAUAUGGAGGAAAUGAUGUGAACUGAUCAUCAAAAACAAAGACAAAGAUCAGUCCGUGUUUGUGCGCUGGUCUGAUCUGGAAAGAGCAGCAACUUUUUUAAGAGUAUUUGACUUGAAAAUAUUCAAAGUUGUUUGUCUGGCCUUCAUUUAAUUCAUGAAUAAACUCAGUAACCAGCGAGAAUGUUCAGUUUUUUUAUCACUUCUUAAAAACUCUGCCAAGUUCUGCCUGUUCUCAAAGUUUUUAAAUCAGCCUCUUGUAAAAAAAGAAGAAGCGAGUCGGAGCCAAGAGAGGGAAAAUAAACUAAAGAGGAUUUUCAGCCUCUUUUCUUAUCCUGAGAAUAUUGUUCCUGUAAAUCACAAACACCCUCAGGACUCAUCCUCUUUCUUCUUCUUCUUCUUCUCUCCUCGCAGAAAAAAGGCAAGAUGCACUACCAGAUCGCUGUGAUCAUAAACUUCCUCGGUCACUGCAUCUCCAUGGUGGCUCUGCUCAUCGCCUUCUUCCUCUUCCUGUGUUUGAGGUGAGUGUCGCCGUCCUCGCCGCCGCCACCACCAGGCCGCCUUUAAUCCUCGAUGCAUGAUGUGACAGGAACGUCAGUGUUCCUCAGAUCCGGCGUUCAAAGCAUCUCUCUCGCUCUUAUUUGAAAACCGUUUGGUCAUGGGAUGAAACAUUUCCUAUCUCCAUCCCGCAGAUGUAAAGGGGUUUAGACGCCCGCAAAAAAAAAAAAAAAAAAAAAAAGGGAAACUAGGGCACAUUCCCGCCUCUAAUGGGAAUAAUAUACCCAUCUCAGGGAGCAGCAGGAAAAAAAAAAAACGCCAAAGCAGUCCUGCUGGGACGAGAAGUGGAGGUGGAGUGGAUUUCUGUGACAAACCGCCAAGCUAACGCCACAUUAACUAGAGAAAGGUCUUAGCACCCUCAACAGCCGGGGUCGUUAUCGAUCCUCGCGACACUGUGGGGAGUGAGAAAAGCGUGAAAGGGCAGAGGGAGAAAUAAUAAAUACAGUUUUUACAUGACAGCAUUUAUGCACAACCCGUGUCAAGAGAGCCGCUGUGGGUCAGGCGGGGGAGGGGGCAAAUGUCGGCCGGCUAAAAAUGGCGUUAGUCGAGUGGAGGAGUUUGGCAUUUACUACUUAGUUUUCGCACUUGAUAAUGAGAUGGAGCUCUAUUUAAGGGAAGGUAGCGGCUGCCAGGGGAGUGACGAGAAAGGUUACCACCGGAUGAGUUUCAGAGUGCAGCUGGAAGAGGGAGAGAGAGAGAGACACACAGAAACCCUCGGAGAGGCCAGGAGAGACGAGUGAAUCCUGGAAAGACUUACUAAUGAACUGAAGUCGGGUAGAGGGAGUCAUGCUGUGUCUGAUCUCGCUGAAAAACGAGAGUGUAAGGGUGCGACACGGACACGACCAACUCUUUAUUAGAUGUGAUGGUUUUCCAUUCUUCCCUCAUGUUGGAUUUCACCUGCCUGACUCAUUUUUGUUUCAUGAUAAAAAGAAUUGUUGAUUUACAUUUAUCACCAAAAUCAAAGCUCAUACCAUCAUGUAUGCUGAUAACAGGUUACAUGGUCCCUCUCUUGUGAGAUGAUUAGAAGAUGCAGCAUCCGUGAUUUCCACUUUGCCUCACUCCACCUUCCACAGGCUCAGAAGACUCACGUUAGUCAUGCAGACAGUUUUCUCUUUACCUUGUUCCUGUAUUUGUGGAUGCAGCAGUUUCUGCAUCCAAAGACAUGGAGUUUUGAGCCUAUGCAGUGAUUUCCUCUACAGAGGUGUGUCUGUUUUUACUGCGGUGACGGUUGAGACCCCAAAGAUCCCAGCCGUCCAGGAUUAGAUUUCAGCUUUUCCGCUUAUUGUGUAGGAAGGAUGGUUAAUUCAGCUAUUUCUGAAACCAAGUGUUUUACUGUUUUGCACCAUCAGUGCCUACAUGAACCAGGAUGCAUUGCACAUAUUUGUAUUUUGUAUUUAUUUAUUUAAGACAGUUUAAAAACAGUGAAAGGAGGGAACGAAGCUAGUAGGCUUAUACAGAGUUCCACUCCAGUCAGGGCAGUGAAGGCAUAGAGUGCAAACAACAAAGUGAUUAGAACACAGACAGGUUAUAAUAUACAAUGAGUUGGGAAAGGUCAAAUCAUAUUCAAAUUGUUGUAAAUAUAACAUAGAAUAAUUAUCAACCAGCCCAGCCAGAGAUAGAGAAAUUAAAGUAUACAUAAAAAGAAAAGAAACAUGAACAUAACAGAUAAUGACGUGUGUAAGACAUGAUUAGAUGUGAUUUCAAUGAUAUUUUUAAGGAUUUGAAGGAUAAUAUUGAUUUUGGAGAUACAUUCAGAUCAUUCCAUAGUGGAGGAGCGUCUCAGUCUGUAACCACUGCAGCUCUUUGGCGUGUUUCCAACACUCUUUAUAUUUCACUCCUUCUUGAUGCUCCGUUGUGUAACUUUUAUUUUCUCUGUAAUUGGAGCAGCUUUUACUAAAUCUCCUAUUAUUCUGAAAAAAUAUGUUUAGAUUAAUCAAAAUGUCAAACGUAUUAUUGUCUGUAACUUCCACUUCAUUAAUUUUAAAACGCCGUCACAGUUUUUUGGCGACUUCAAAGCGCGGUUUUCAUCUCAGGCUGAGGCAGAGACAACAAAUCCGAGCUGAAAUAGUCUGUUUUCUUCUCUGCCACCAAGUACGUCAACUGUCUGCGCCGAUGACGCAAGUACAGAAGAUUUUACAACCACUCAUAUCUGUUCCCCGGAGACACAGCACAUCAGCACUAAAUUAAGCCUUUAUUUUCACAAUAUAUAAAGCUGACUGGGAAAAUCAGGAGGAAAAUCAGCCAUCCACUCCAGUCUUUAAGAGCAGCUGGGUCUGCUCUCUCUCUCUCUCUCUCUCUCUCUCUCGCUCUCUCUCUCUCUCUAGUGUCAGUGAUCAGGUGUUUUCACUGGAGAUUAAAAGCCAAGCUGUUACAGACAGAUUGCUGCUUCCACAUAAAAAUCAUACUGAAGCUCCGGUGAGAAGGCGGACACGGUCUCACUGUCUUUGGCUCUGUGGUUUCAAUGAAAAUAUAGAGCUGACACUCGCCACUCUGCUGGUCGAUCGGCUCUCAUCAGUCAGAAACCUCAUUGGUCAGACAGUCGCGUUACCUGUUACUUUCAUAGAUGAGAAAGCUUACCUUGAAUGGCUCCGAUCCAGAGGAGGAAAUCCACCUCUACACUUCUAAAGUCAGAAUCUCCUCAUCCAUGGUGUCAACGGGGAGAAAUGAUGUCCAUAAACUUUUCACUUGUUCGUCCCCGCUAGUUUGUAUGUUUGUUUUGUUGUUUUAUUUUGAAAAGAAGCAGGAUGUUUUAUUUUGUGUCUGUACCCGACUUCCUUUCCAGCACGGGUUAAUCUGUGCUGAAUUUAUCCGGCAAAAAAUAGAAAUCUUGCGAUCAGCUGCGGAGUCCGGCGAUCCGCAGUGGAACGGAAAGAAGCCGGUGGAAACUGACACAUUAACUUGAAUGGUUACGAUCUGCAGAUACGGCCUUCUCGUAGCCGUUCCGGAUGCGGUGAAAAUUGAGGGUUAGGGGUUGAGACCUGAUGUAAUUUAUUUGGAGUGAUAUUUAGUUAGUAAACUCUGCUGCACAUCUGCACUUCUGUUCACAUUCGACUCUUAUUAGUUUUCCAUAUUUUCUGUCUGCCUCCCUCUCUCCUUCCACCCCCCUCUAGCAUAAUUGUGUAACACAGUGCGUGUAAAUGUUACUUUAAUUAAUGCUGAGCGCCCUCACGUCUUGGUUAUUGCGUGUUAGCAUGAGAGUAAAAAGCUUUGACAAGCACAAGUGUUGUAGAGAAAUAAGUAUUUAUGACAAACGGAUAAAACAAAUGAUAUUUUCACAAGUGAUCACUAAGGCAGCGAUGAUAUUAGUGUGAGGCUACAAUCUGAUCAUGCAAACAUCUCCACAUGAGAGGGUACGGCUGAUGCACAAAAAAUCAAGAAGUGAAGUGUUAGAUGCUCUGAAUUUCCUGGAAGAGCAGCCCCACAUGUUCAUCAGUAAAUAUGUUGAUGCAAGAAGUCGACCAAAAGAUUACAAAGCCCACGGCGUCAAGCAUGGGCACGCUUCUGAGCUGUAAAUAAAGCCUUAAAACUGUGGACUUAAACUGCUAAACUCAGGACAGUGUGAAUCAGUGUGUUGCUGAUAUAAACGCUCACUAACGUGGAUUCACUGAGCUUUAAAAUGCUGAGAAAAGACAGAGCAGUGAGUGCAGUAGGCGUCAACAAUUCGUGGUUAUAAUUUUCAUUUAUUUUCCUGUUCAUGUUUUUUUUGCCCCAGCACAAGACUGUCCUCUUGAAUGUGCAAAAAGGUGCUAAAGUGCCCUCUGCUGUGGCCCAAUGUGCAAGAAAAUAUGACUCAGUGCCACACAGGCUGCUCUCAAAGCCAGAAAAGGGUUUGGAAAUGUUUCAGAAUAAAUGCAACACGACUGUGUGUGCACAGAUGUCCCGCUGCAUACAGCUGGUGGCUCUCAGACAGCCUGAAUCCUCCGCUGCUUUACCUCUGACUUUUAAUCAACAAACCAGAUAUUUUCCUCACAGCUGCGCAGCUUUCUGUGCUGAUUAUUCAACCGGGAGAGUUUGUGUAGUCUAUCCAAGGAGAGCUCCAACUGUCCAGAAAUCUUCCACUUCAUAAGCAGGAGAAUAAACGAGACAUCCACUCCAGCUUAAAUUGUUUCAAGUGUCCUGCUCUCAGCCGCAGAUGCCGUCUAAGAAUAAUUUAAUCAGGAUAAAUCUGAUCAGGAGUCCAAAGUGUACAUUUUCACCCUUACUAACACCUCCUGUACCCGCCCGGAUAGGAAGAGGAGGACAUUAACACUCUGGAAAUUGGAUUUGAAAUGUUAACAAGGAUUUCACCGACGGAUCUUCAAACAUAAACCUCUGACCCCCUGCUGUGGCCGCACGGGCUACCGAACCAAACACACAGGGAGGUGGAAUGAAUCACUUUUACUCAACUCAGAAAUAGUGUUUUUUAGGGAGGGGAGAGAAACUCACAAUAAUCUCAAAAGUGUUUUCUCUCUCCUGAUAUUCAACAUAUGAUUUAUGAAUGGCGUGACGGUUAUUGCUACCCGAGGGUAAAAUUCAGAGUCAGGACGGUGAGGUCAGAAAACACAUCAAGAAUGAAUGAAAUAAAUAUCACCUGAAAUCAGACUCCUAAAAAAAAUUAGAGAGGUGACAUUUAAAAUGAAUUAUACACAAAACACACAAAAACCUGUACACGACAGCAUGUUAGAGGAACGUAUUUCUAUUGCUCACACUGUACUUCAUGUUUUAUUACAUCACUACAGUUCACAAAUCAUUGCUGAGACAGCUGCAAACACCGUCACUGUUUACUCAUAAAUACAUCAUAAGAGUUUCAGUAUUUAUUUUCUCACGCUUCCUCUUUCAUUUAAUUUUAAUUCUUCAUUUAAAUGUUUGUUUACGUGUUUUUCUCUCACCAAUCAGCCUGUCUCUGCGCCGCUGUGUGACAUGCUCACGUUGAUUUCCCCUCGGGGAUCAUUGGAGUCUCAUCUCAUCUCAUCAUCUGAGAAACACAGUAUAAAUAAACCAUGUUAAAGCGGUGUGCCCCAAAGGUGCAGUUUGUGUUGUAGAUGCUCAUCGUACAGUUAUGAGACAUACAGUAAACACAGAGGUGUGGAAAAUCGGAUCAUCAUGUAAAGAUUUGAACAGAAAUAAGCAUGGAAAUAGUUGGUAUGGUUUAGGUAUGCUAGUCCAAUGGCGAGAAAUAUGACUCGGCACAUUUCAGUCGGUUUAACGUGUUUACAUGUAUUUUAAAAGUUAGGUUAAACAUUUCUAAUAGCCGUCCUCCAUUGAUAAGUGUCAGUAGAGGCACAGAUAAUCUGAAUAAAGGCCUGAUCGGUCUAUAAAAAUGCGUCAUGUAAACAUGUCGAUCGUAAGAUUCGGAUCCAAUUCGGCUCAUUCUGAAAGAAAUUGUAUUCCGAUCCAGAGGGGUGGUUUAUGCCGAUCGUUGUUCCGAAACGCGUCCAUGUAAACACUUACUCCGAUCGUGACUCUCUUACCUAACUCGGUCUUCACUCUUUAUUUCUACUUCUAAUCUGGAUAAAGUUUGGUGUAUGUAUGCGCACGUCAUGAUUGGAUAAUUCAGUUUUGCACCUAUUAGGGGUGGGAGAAAAUAUCGAUACAGCAUAGUAUCACAAUAUUUUAUCUGGUGAUGUAUCGUAUUGUCUCAUUUAUCAAGUAUCGAUUUUUCAAAUCAAUUGCAUAUGUGAAUUUAAAUCUAUGAUGAUGAAAAAAUAAAAUCAGCAGUUUGUCCAGUGAGGUUGGCAGAGGUGACAUCAUAGAGCGGGAGAAAGUUAGUACAACAAAUAUAAAUAUAUAAUGUUUGAAAAUAAAAUACAGUGUAAAUAAGACAAACAAUAAAGAAAGCCAAAUGCUAAAUUAGCUAAACAGUUGAAAAAAUUAUAUAAAUCGCAAUAUAUUGUAUCGCAAUAUUCACUCUAUUGCAAAAUGUUAAAAUCGCAAUAAUGCCGUAUCGUGAUAAUGUCCUAUUAUGGGACCAUUAGUGAUUCCCACCCCUAGCGCCUGUAUAAACAGUGGAUUCAGAUUUUCCAAUCCCUCAAAUUUUAAUCAGAUCAAGAAAUUUUGCUCAUGUUAACGUGGCAAGUGUUUCAUGUAAUCACCAAUAAAUCCCACAAACAAGUCCUUUCAAAUCAUGAUCUAAGGUAUGAUCAACAAACAACAUAAACAGAAGCGGUCCAAACACACUGACUGCAUUUAGAGGAGGAGUACAGUAACAGAGCUCCUCUGCCCACUGUCUGUCAGUGUGAAUUUAGAACAGGAGGAACAGAGCGGGCCCUCAACCCUCAGACAACCCUCCACAGUUAAUCAGUGUGACUCUCAGGUAAAGUCGAGGUAUGACAAACACCGGAUGUUAUGCAAAUACAAGACAGCAGAAAAAAAACAAAAACAUCUGCAUACCGGUCCAGGGUUGGGUAACACCUCUGCAGACCCCUCAAACCCUGGACUCAGACCGGUCAGCCUCCUGUCAGGUAGACGACUCAAAGCUCUGUCCGUCAGACACAAAGACGGGCUGUUCCUGUGAUGAACUCUUUACAGACAGAGCUCGGAACAAACACUCGGCAAUAACAUGCGAAACAAACACUGACUGUGACUAUAAUAACUUUCUCUAUAAUCUCAUAAUUACCAUAAUUGAUUAUAAUCCUCGAUCACACACUUUAAUCAUGUGAAUAUCAUCCUCUCAUCUACACAUGCAUCUGUACACUGUUAUUAAGAGGAGGAAGAUAUCCUUUACUAAUCCCCUCAGGGAAAAGUCAUGCUGCACACACACACACACACUCACACACACACACUCACACACAUGUGCCCAAACAGGAUCCUAUGGAGUGAAAUUCCCAGUAUGUUCACACCUUCCCGGCCAAUAAAGCUCAUGCUGUUAGUAAGACCGUAUGCACAGCGUGGUCUGCGUGUAUGGAGCGAGGGACGGCACCGUGCAGCUUUAAUGCAUGAGAAGCAGUUAAUGCACAGCUCUGAUUUGAUAAGGAACAGAAAAAAAGAUUCAUUAACAAACUCAAUUAGGAGAGAUUUACAUUCAUAUCAUUAAGCAUCAGCGGGCGACUCUGAAGCUAUUAAACCCAUGACUUAUCCUCCUCUGUUUUGAGCGCGGGCUGCUUUAUUCCUCUCUGCUGCAGUUCUUCUUAAACGUUCCCCUGCCGUCGGGUUCGAUUUAAAGUAGUUUUGUGUUUUUUCCUGAUAACGGCGUACCUUCAUCCUCCAUGCUGUCGUGUCAUGUUAAACUCCUGCUGUUUCAUUUCAGAUAUGCUAAUACCACGAUGACUGAUCAGUGUCGCUUCGCUGUUUGGAAGUGGUAUGCAUCACCAUGAAGAAGAGGAAGGAGGAGACUGCUAACUAGCUGGCUGUAGCAGUUUAAGAUAAAUUAUAAACACAGAAACGACGUCAGAGCUUGCACCUCUUUAGGUUAACAGACUGGAAGCAGGGCCAGGCUGACUGCUUGAGGCCUAACUUUUUGUGUUGUGUCGUUCGCAAACGAUUCGUUUAAAAGAACCGAAUCCUUUAAGUCAACGUACUGAACUGAAUCACUUCCUCUAGAGAUUCAUUUGUUUCUCACUUCAGUUGACGAACGAGGGACCACGUACACCGACGCCUGAAUCACUUGGUGAACCAAUCACACAUUGAACUACACUCUCUGGAAUCAUUUCUGUCAGACAAAACUACCUUCUUUUUUCACUAAUAAAUUGCCACCACAACAACUUGUGUACAAUAGGACACAGCAUGUAACAAGUAGUGCAUUAAACCUGCAGCAUCCUAUCAUUGCAGCGGUUUGUGAGGGACAUGAUGAGGAUGAAGGUUAAUAUAAUAAUUAGCCUCUUUAGGAGCAUUGCAAUCCACUACCGGAAACGCUUGUUCCACGAUCGUCCUCUCUGUUUCUCCAAGCCUGGCCUGCAUAGUGGAGCUGCGGGGGCGGAGCUUGGAUUUGUUACAUAGGAAAUCUCCCUGUAUCUGAUCCUACCUUUCAUUCAAAUCGCUCAUUCAUAACGAUUUGAAUGCAGAAAUACUCAGAAAUGCAAUUUUGCACUUAUCUUUUCUCAUGAUACGUCCUGUAGAAUCAGAAAAAUGAACAUGUAAAAACAAUAGAAACAUGAUUUUCAUCGGAGUGGGUCUUUAAGACAAAACAUCAAAAUUAAAGCAGGUAAAGGCCUGAAGUAGUCCACUUUAUGUGUCACAAACUAAGUUGACCUUUUUGAGUUUUUGUGUUUUUUUCCUCACCAAAGCCUUUAUCUGGAUUCCUCCGGGACGUGACAGAAGCAAAUUAAUUCACAGCCGUCGCAGUUGCACCUCCCAACCAACACAUUCUGGUUAGAGGGACACAGUUUCACACCAGGUGAAAUUAGAGAUGAAAGCAGCAGCACAGAUAAAUCACCUGAGCUGUUAGACCAAGUGUUGGAUUGAAAUGAUAACAGCAGUUUGGAAAAACAUGUCCGGUGAUAAAAGUGCGUCCACACAGGUGCUUGUUUGUGCGUGUGACCCUGUUACAUCAACAGACUUCUAAAGCGAAUGUCUCCCAAUCAGAGCGAACACGUGCUUCGAGUCAUUCACGCAGCUAAUGAUGGCGUCAAACCAGGCUGUCACUCCUCUGACACAGCCUGGUUUGUCAUGUCCGUCUGGUCGUGUGCAGCUAUUUUCAUCGCUCACCCGCUCGCUCCGAGGCAGUUAAAGCAGAUCUUAAUUGUGUCCUCGAGUCGUUUUUAUUUUUUUUACAGCGUUAAAGAAACAUCAGAGAUUCAGGCGGUGACACAAACAAGAGCGAAGAGAGGGAAUAAAAUGUUACCUCAUGUUAUAUUAAGCAGGACGCUGGUGGGAAACGCUACUCUGAGGCGAAAUCUCUUCAUUAUUCAUGUUCAUCAUCUUUAUUUCCUGUUUCUGCUCGACUUCUUCAUCAAGGAUGAUCUCACAGUUGAGUGAUGUUUUACUACAGUGACGUUCAAACGCGGCAGACAGAGCUGUUUGACUCACACACGUCAGAAACCAGAAGUUAGGUCACAUGUUUUCAUCAUACUAUCAUCCUCAUCUUCCUCCUCCCAGCAGCACAGAGGAAAGGUGAAUAAAAGUCUGACACGUGUGGGUUUUGUUCCCCCUUCUGCUCGUCUCACAGGAGCAUUCGCUGCUUGAGGAACAUCAUCCACUGGAACCUCAUCACCGCCUUCAUCCUGAGGAACGCCACCUGGUUCAUCGUCCAGCUGACCAUGAGUCCAAAGGUGCAUGAAAGUAACGUGGUACGUAGACCUGCAUUUAUGUGAUUAUUGGUCUGCAGUAUUACACUUUUCUUUUUCUAAACAACUUUGUGACCAAUUUUUUGAGUUUUCUCUGGCUUUUCCACCCAAAUUUAAAAAAACAACAUAAACCCAAAUGGUAAAAAAAGACACCAAUAUGAGCCGCGGUGUUGCUGUAAAUGACUUUAUUGCAAUUUGAAGUCUUUAUUUCUUUUAUUCAAAAGUUUAACUCAACUCAAAGACCUUUAUUCAUCACUGGAGAGCGAUUCAGUUUUGCGGGCCGCCCGUAAAUCAAGAAAAAAAACAGCAACACGAUAAUCAGCAGUAUUCAAUAACAUAUUCGAGUAAGUCCAAGGUCGGAUCUGCAUGGUACAAUUUUAAUAAUGUGGUGGUAUGAAAGAAACUCACUGGUGAAUCAUCGGUGACGCACAAUCGAAGCUCAUAAUUUACACGCUCACAUCUCACAGUUCGACAGAUUGGCACGGCGAGAAUUCAAGCUGUGCACGUUAAACUGACAGAGCGUUGACGGCUGAUUAAAGUCCAGCAUAUAGAAGUUAAUGUCAGAGACUUGAAUCAGAAGUAUAAGGAGCAAUUAUCAGAUUUUUGACAUGUAGAAGCUCGGGAAAGUUGUUUCAUUCGAUCACACAGGUGGUCGCUGCUCAGUGUGUGUUUGCGUUGUCGGUUUGUUGGUUCUUGGCUCUGCUUUGACUGAACGUGAGGAUCCAGUCAGCCAACCAGAAUUUCUGAAAUUCAUCCGUCCGGUCAGGAGCAGCCGAUGGGCCACGAGGGGCUCUAGUGCCCUCCUGGACACUGUCUGGCAUAUGGAGCAGGAGCCGGCUGUGAUGGUGCCGCUAUCAGACUCAAUCACACACUGUUUUCUUGGCCCAACUCUUCUAGUUCGCGUCAGAUAAUUAUGGCCAUUUUCAAGGAUUUUUUUAUCCGUUUGUCCAUUCUGAUAAUGAGACACACUCUGAUAGACAUUGUGAUGGAAAAUCACCAGUUUAGCCACAUGCUGCAGCAAAAUCUUGUUGUAUUUUUCUGCACUCGCUGCUAGAGCACCAACUAUGGAUUCAUCUGCCACUAAAAGCAGCCCCGAUCGAAACCAUCAUUGUUAGUUAUCAGCGCAUCUACCGACGGAGCGACUUCAAUUUUCUCCUCUUGGCGGUGCAGCAGGAGCAGCAUCGUCUUUUUCGCUCUUUUCUCAGAGCUCCAGAGUUCAAAAAAGUUCUUUCUCUCUUGGGCUCUUCGAAGAUUUUCAGCAAAUUGUUUCCAAGUGCCCUCUGCCCCGUACCUUUGCUGCAGAUAACAGGUGUCAUAUUAAAUCAAAAAGAAAAAAAAGUGCCAUAAUGUGAUUCAGAGAGGUGCUCUCUCUCCAGGAACAAGCCGACCAGGUUGACUUCUCCUUGUUAUCGAUGCUCCUGUGUCUGUUAGCUGUACUGGAGGGAGGAGCAGCAGCGUGUCACACUAAUUUGAAACCAGUCUGACCUGUCCCUUUUUUUCGCAGUGUGUAAGUCUGAACCCAUUAUAAUUCCACGUUCAGGCUGAGAAACUCUCUGGGCUGUUGGUGAUCCUGUAAACCAGUGAUUGUUGUCUCAGUCCAGGACACAGCGACUGCAAAACAGUGUCAGGGGGGAGCUUGUUAGUCGGGGUUAUUUGCAUAAGGGGAGGUAAACAGAGUCAGGUUGCCUUAAGCCCUAUUCAACGCUUCAUCACAUUAUACCAUCUUUAGUCUGCAGAUUUCUAGCGACAGGGAUUUGGAACGAAGUAGCACCCAUCUCAAAAAUGCCUCCAGGUUUCUGGAGAUCUGGCACGGAUUCACACUCAGACUCACGGAUGAACUUGGAAGAGGAUGGUGUUAAAAGGUCAAAUGCACUGAGGCUCGAAUCACUUAUUUUGGCAAUAUCUCAAGGCUAAACUUGUAAAUUAUGACACAGGUUAAACCGAGGGUCUAUCAGGACCAACUGUAACCAUGACCCAUGGUUUGGAGCAAAUGUAUGGAGGAGGAUUAGGACCACAAAACAAAACGAAUAACUGGAUUCAUGUAGAAUUCUGAUUUUUUUUUUCCUACAAAUUCUAAGAGAAGUCUGAAUUCAUGAUUUUUACAUCAGAAUUCUGAGUUUAAAAAAGAUCAUGCACGUUUUCUAGUCAUGUCCUUUUCUCAGGUCUUUCUAAAAAGGGGUAGAGCAUCAAAUUUUAGACAUUUUUUUUUUUUGUAUCUGUCUGUACCUUGAAAAUUUCUUGGCGGCCCCAGUAAAAGGGACAUUUUUUACUUUUGACUUUUAAAAAAACCUGGUUUCCUACAAAAAAUUCUUAGGUAGAAUUAGAAUUUAUUAAUUUUUCCUCUAAAUUUCAGGUUUAAAUUCAGAAUUUUGUCUUUUUUUUCCUUAAAAAUGUGUAAUUAAGGUCCUUUCACACCAGGACCGUUUUUUUCGUGUGAUUAUUUCAGACAUCAAUAUUUUUUUUGAACCCGUAUCCUGUCAAUACGAGCGUUCACAUCGGCGACAUUUUCCCGUCCUGCGAUAUUGCGGCAUUUUUUUUUCGGAUCACGGUUGAAUUUUCUAAAGUUUCGCAUACUGUGUGUACACUUCUGACCAAUCAGAUUGGGUGUUGUUGCGACGUCAGAUUCACCGGUAUAUCCAACAUGGCCGACCGGCUGAUUGUUUACGUGUCGGAGAACAGAGUGAUUUUUGAUAAAAGACACAAAUAUUACAAAGAUAACGACCUGAAGGACAACUUGUGGAGAGUCAUAGGGUCAGAUUUCUCAUAUAACGAUAGACCAGCACCAUUAGGUCUCGGUUGUUACAUUACGUUUAUGGAUUAUAGUUUAAUGUUCUUAUCUGGUACUGGCCCCACCUCAGUACAUGCUAUCAUGACAGACAGACAUCUCAACACUAGAGUCUAAUCAGAACUGAAAACACUCAGUCUGCUGUUGGGUCAGUCUUCUCGCUUCCACCCGGGACACGUCUUUUUUUCCUCCCGGAAAGUUGCAAAAUGGCAUCGGGCUUGAUGUGUAUAGUCAGGCGCGUCAAAAUUCGCCUCUGAAUUUUUCGUAGUUUCGCGUCGUAUAUUUGCGUCGGUCCCGGUGUGUAAGGACCUUUAAAGUCUGACUUUUAGUGGUUUUCUGUAAUUCUUACAAUAAUGCAAAAUGUAUCAGUAUGUUAUAAAAUCUGUCCACUCCUGACAAAUCCCUGUGCAGUCCCAGUGACAAAGACAGGACAGAGUUUUAUUUUAUUUUGAAGGGCGGUUAUUACAGCUGUAAUGUUAUCACUUUCACACAGGACAAAUUGGUGUGAUCUAAUGUUAUAAUGAUGGAGGGAGGACAUCUGCUGUUGUGAGGUCAGAGGUUAACUCAUGACAAUUAUCUUCACAGGUGUGGUGCCGCCUCGUCACCGCCUCCUUCAACUAUUUCCACUCCACCAACUUCUUUUGGAUGUUUGGCGAGGGCUGCUACCUCCACACCGCCAUCGUGCUCACCUACUCCACCGACAAGCUGCGCAAGUGGAUGUUCAUCUGCAUCGGCUGGUGUACGUACACAGGAAUUCUAACCCCACAACUCUCUUUGGUCCACAAGCACUUCCUGUUAGAUGAGGAGAUAAUCACACUUUUAAUGUCACUGCAUAAAAAAAAGAACAAGAGCAGAGAAAUCAGCAAAGUUUAGCGUGAAGUCUAGAAGAAAGUUUUGAAGCCGUGCUCUUGUUCUUCUACUGUGAACAUGGACUUGUGUAUAAAAGGGUGAAUUAUCCCUUUAUGUACUGGAGUGGACACCCUCCACUCACUAUACAGUACACUCCAAGGGGAAUUACACAGUGCUGUACCACUCAUGUCAUUAUGCCCCACACAGUGGACUUAUUGUUAGCGGUCAUGUACUGUGAAGAACAGCAAUUACUGAUGGUUUCAUGAAAAAGCAAUUUGUGAACCAUCACACAUCGCUGUGAGGAGAACAGCAGAACAACAACACAGGGAAGACGGAGGGAAGAUUUUCACCAUUUUCACAAGUAGGAAACAAAAACAACAACAAUGAGAGGGUUUGUCCACAAGGGGCGCCAGAUUCAGCUCAGAAAGUUCCUCAUGGGAGCUUUAAUUGGAAAAACUGCAAAGACGUUACAUCAAAUCUUAAAGCUGAAAACUGUAUUGUUAUUUACAAAGAGUUUGUUUUAAAUUUGAUGUCAGCAACACAUUUCAAUAAUGUUGGGACAGAGAUAAACAACACUGAAACUCCUCACAGGUGCACAAACAUCACAAACGUCCAGAAAACUGAAAAAGUAGAGACAGUUUUUUCCAAAUUUCUUGUACUUUCUCUAUAUAAGGGGUAUUUGACAUUAAGGCUGUCAGUUUCCAUGCCCUUAAAUAAGGUUAAGUCAGCAUCAGUGACCUAAACCUGGUCAGUGUGCCGAAUUGUUUCAGCUUUCUGUUCAACAAAACACUGAAAAGGUAUUUUCUUUUUCUGUGAAGACACCUGGAGGAAAAUCUCCCAGUUAAAGAGGUUAAUUUGCAACAUGACUGGGUGUGAAAAUGCCUAUUCCAGAGAGGCUCAGUCUCAGAGUAAGAAAGAUAAGAGGAGGUUCAUCACACUGUGAGGGACCACCUGAGCGAAUAGUUCAGAAGAAAACUGCAAAGAUCUGCAGGAUUUCAUCAGUUUCAGUACUUAAAAGAUUCUGAGAAUCGGGAGAAACCUCCGAACAAAAGGGGAAAGACUGAAAACCAGCACAGGUUUGCUGUGAUCUUUGGAUCCUCUGGCAUUGUUGCAUUAAAAACAGACAUGACUCUGUAGUGGAAGUCACUGCAUGGGCGCAAAUUCACAUUAAAAAACCCAUUGGUGACUUCCUUGGACCCAAACCAGCUUCUACAUUUGUACUUCAUUUUGGGAAUCAGUUCAAACCACCAGAGAGAAGAGGGGCUUAUUAAGUAAGGUCGAAUUUAUUAACGGUAUCAGAAAUAUCAUGCUCAGCUAAACUCAUCCGCCUUUGUCUUUGGGUGAAUUGCUGACUGUCAGAUGAUCUAAACUUCCUCCAACUUCAGGACAGAAAUGAAAAGGCAAACUCUCCCAAAACUAUCUGAAUAACUUUAGUCGGUUUUGGUUCAGCUCAGCGGAACCAACAGAAGGUCAGGAAUAAAUUCACUCAACAAUAGAGGAACCUGACUUGAUGGAGAUUCAUUGAUUUCAAAUGGCAGCUGGGAAAUAUGUUGUUGUGGGGUUCACUGACACCCUGCUUCACUCUGUCAGACUAAAGUAUGUGCUCCUGAGAUUAGGUGUAUUGUGCCGGCUGGAUUACAUUUCCCUCGGGGCGGCGUGAAGCCUCCGUGUGAAGGGAGGAUGACAGCAUGGCUGUGAAGACAUAAAUAAGAUCAAAUUCGAUUUGCUCCGCUUAGUUUUGACUCAGUCCUAAAGAGCAGGAGUGUUAUAAAGGCGGAGAGGAGUGGGUAAGGGAGGAGAACAACAGAACAAAUGACGAUUUCCAACGCUGUCAGAGGAGACCUUCCUGAGGUGUUGCGUUACACUAAUAACAAUAUUUUGCUAAUGAAGUGGAGCAAUUCCAGACGUGAGAGACUUUCAAGUGUGCCGUAGCAGCUGGUGAGAUCCUUCAGUGUCAUUUAAGAGUGAGUAAUAGGUGUUUAUCUGCAGUAUUAUACUCCUAUUAGUCAGUAACUCAGCCGAUCACUCCACAUUACCGUCAAACAGAGUCCAUCUUUUCUUUUAUUCACAAAGAAAUUCAGAUGGUGACAAGUCCUGGCUUACAUCUGUGGAUCUCGGCACACAAACGAAGAUUGCUUUUGACAGAGCUUGGCAGGGGUUUGGAGCAGGGCUGACAAAAACACACACACACACACACACACACACACACACAAACACACACACACGCACAGAAGAGGAGUUUAUAAGUGCAGUGCAAAAUCCCUGGAGUCAUAUUUUCUGAUCUGAGUAGCCGAGAAAGAUGAAAGACGAGCGUGUCACUUUGUCUGUGUUUUCCUCCACAGGUAUACCCUUCCCCAUUAUUGUGGCGUGGGCCAUUGGGAAGCUGUAUUACGACAAUGAGAAGUAAGCUCUUUGUUGUGACUCGUGAUGAGAGAUGGGUUUUGAUAUUCAAAGAGACGGCUUUUCUUCGGCCGGUUAUAAAAGGACAAGGACAAAGUCAGACUGUAUUGCAUUAAGGAGAUGAAUGUCUAUUAUCAACCUGCUGUAAUCACAUUUGCACUGUGCAUUAUUCUUAAUUACACAUCGUUCCCUUGGCCAUCCUCACUUUGAUUUGGACUGCUUAGUACUGGAAGUGAUAGUAGUCGUCUCAGGUGCAUGAAUCACAUCAGGUGAACAUGGAUUCACUCGAUAAAAACUGAUCAUGAAACUAGCAAAGAUUUUUUUCAACAAAUUAGCCUUUAACCCCCAAUUUUCACUGCAUCCGGAACGGCUACGAAAAGGCUGUAUGCAUCGAUCGCAGCUGAUUGUUUCCAUUCAAGUUAAUGUGUCAGUUUCCAUCGGCUUCUUUCCGUUCUGCUGCGGUUCAGCGGACUCCGUAGUCGAUCGCAAGAGUUCUUCUUUUUUUUUCCAGAUGCUGCAAAGGAAGUCAGCACAGACACGAAAUAAAACACUGUGUUUCAGGUGGAUCGUAUUUCACGCCAUGCAAACUAGUGGCGACGAACAAGUGAAAGGUUUAUAGAGGCCAUUUCACCCCGUUGACACCAUAGAUAAGGAGAUGCUGAUUCUAGAAAUCUAGAAGUAGAUUUCCUCCUCUGGAAGGACACAAUCUACUGCUUUUAUGGUUAGUCUCUGUGGCUGUCUUUAUCAAGACAACGCGUUAUCGCAAGAUUGCACAUAUAUCCACAGGUUCUUGUGAGUUUUCGCGAUUCCUGCUGUCCCAAAUCUGCAACAAAAGUCGCCUCACAAACGCAUACAGUAGGAAUUAGCGGAAAAUUGCCACUGUUCUGUAACGCAGCCGUUCCGGAUGUGGUGGAAAUUAGGGGUGAGACUUCUCCCCAUUCAUAGGUAUCCUGACAGGCGGCCUUUCGUGCAUUUUAUUACAGACAGCCAGUAGAGGGAGCCCUGAAGGUUUUGGCUUCAUCAGUGAAGAGCUGUCAAUUUAAAGUGGCAAAAACCUGCAGUUCCUCCCAUGUCCACUAGAUGCUGGCUGCAAAUGCAAAGAAUACCCAUUUAAUCCCAUAUUAAAAUGCCGAAUUUUAACUCCACAUUAAUCAUGUUUAAAGCUGAAAUCAAACACAGUUUUAGGUUUGAAGCUCAUUAUUGAAUUCUUCUGCACUGUGUGAUGAUGGAUUCUUUCUAAAUAACAUCCAUUUAAAGCUGAAAUUAGACAUUUUAAUAGGUUAAGAAACAGAUUUAAACUGAAUGAUACAGAUACUUCUCUUUGUUCUACAUCCAUCAGGACAUCGCCCCAAAAAAACAACUGUUGUUAUUGUUAUAUUCAGUCUCUUUCUGUGACACCUCCUUGGAGCUUAGAGUCGCAGGAAAUCAGGAGUUGUCCUCCUGUUGAAACAAUCACAAUAACUUCAAAAAUCUUUCUCCCAAAGCCCACUGAGAUUAAUAAACGUGAUCUUUUUAGUUUGUUAUUUCAUGUUUCAUCAAAUAUUGCUGAAAUAAUCCAUUAUUUUUCUGAUUUCUUGGCUAGAAAGCUUCUUAUUUCCACCCAGAGACACUUGAAAAUCACUGAUACAUAUACGCUGAUAUUUAUUUGAAAUGGUCUCAUUACACAGGCAGGUGGUUUCAAUUGCAGUCAGAGAAAUGUGCUUUUAGGAUCUGUGCAUUCUGGGUAAAUUACCGACUGUGAGACAUGUUUUUAAACCCCUGGAGUGAAGAAAUUGAAAUGAAAUCUGACUCAUACAGAGAGCAGAGGUGAAGCGUUUCUGACCGCUGAUGACUGACGUUAUAUUUACAUCUGUCAGUGAGGAGGAGGCGUGACUGAUUGCUUUUGUUGGUGUUGCAGAUGCUGGUUCGGGAAGCGAGCGGGGGUCUACACAGACUACAUCUACCAGGGUCCCAUGAUUCUCGUGUUGGUGGUAAGAGAGUUGGUGUUUUUGUCUUUCGGCUCACAGUCUGGAUAACAGCUCGUGACCUGCUCGAACGAUUAGUCUUCAUUAUGUGGUUAAAAAAGCCUGGCAGGAGAGGAUUGUUGGAAACCUCGGCUCAUUCUUCAUGUGAGCGCUGAUAGAUGUGACGCUCUGACGUGUAACCGAUCAGGAUUUAAAUCUCCGCUGUUGGCAACUUUCAAGAAAUAUGGAGAUCAUUUUGAGGCGAAACAAGACGGAAAUCUGAGGUUGUGUUCAGACUGGUUUCCCUGACAAAGAGUUAUUUCUGAUAUUGGGUCAUUUCCAUCCCUGCAGGGGAAGUUUGUCAUCAUUUUAUUACAAUGCUGUAUCGGGUUUAACUCUCGUGAAAUGUGUGCCAUAAAUUUGACUGAAAAGCGCUCUCAUCUGCAUCCAAAGUGGCAAACAAGGGCGGGAUUAUCAUCAGGAGAAACGUGCUGCAAGUGCAGGAAUGUGAAAAAUGCAAACGGAAAACAACAUGUGCUGGGGCGAGAAAGAGACACACAAACCAGGGCGUUGUACAAAUAACAGCUGAAAUGUGCAGGCCUGCAGGGUUGUAGGUCUUUAGUGCUGUGUAGGGCUGGGUAAUGAAACGAUAAUAAUAUAUGUUGAAUAUCAAUAUGAAACAAGGUCAAUAUCCUUUUCAAUAGUCGGCAUUUUGCCAUGUUUUGGUAGACUAUAGAAAUAGCCAACUUUGUUUUAGACUUUGUUUAGGUUAAUUCAAUAUUAGUUUAUAUUUCUAUUAUCAGCUUUUGACUCUUGCAGAAAACUUGAAACCAACAACAGUACAUACAGUUAUUAAAAUGUAAAAAGAUGUUUAUUUUAACUCACAUUUAUCUCUGCUUACAAACUCCCCUGUGAGUUAAGGUGAAUUAACUUUAAUUAGAUGUUAUUGAACGUGAAUAAGAAUAUUAAAAACUUGAAUUACAGCCUUAUAGAGAUGAAUAAAUCUUAUAUUAUGGAUAUGAUGUUACAGUCAGAGUGGAGAUGAAAAGAGAGGGUAAAGAUGUUUUAGAUUAAAACCCCUCAGAGAGUGAUGGAGAGCUUGGAGGAGAGAUAGUUGAACAUCUUUCAGUGGACAGUAAGCAGCUGCUGUCCUCUUCUCCAGCCUCCAGAGUAUAUCUGUGUUAUUGUGACUCUUCCUCACCCCCCCUCUGACAAGUAGUGCCAGACGCUCGGCCCUGCAGCGAGACUCAUGAAUGAUCCUGCAGAUUCUGGAGAUUGGCUGUAGACUCAGCUCGGCUUCUCCUACAAGCUUGAGUCAUCUCUCGUCAGUGCCGCACCAACUCCCUCCUGGCACAUCCUCCAAAAUACCAUCCUCAGUCAUUAUCCACUUGUCUGCCCUUACACUCCUCCGUCACUGCCGGCUCUGCCCUCUUUUUGGCUUUUUCGUCCGUUUCUCUGCUCGGUUUGGUCUGUUUUCUCCCGUCGGGUCUCCGGUGGUGGAGUGACCUUCCCAUCCUUGUCAGAUAAAGCACAUUCGCUUAUCUUUUCUCUAAAGUUGAGAAAGUCAUCCGUCCAAAAGGCGCUGUGCGUGCAGCCUGACUGUCCCCCUGAGCUCUCAUCUGUCCUUUUCAAUAUCUCCCUGCUUCUUUCAUAAAAUUUUUCCUCAUUCUUUCUUCCAACUUUUUCUCUCAGGCUUUUUUCUCUGCGUCUGGCACUUGAUGGCUCUGGAUCAUUGACAGGUUACCUCCAUUUUUGUGAUGUUUCCUGUGGGUGUGAACCCUCCGUGACUUAGCAGCGGUGGUUUUAAUGUCUGCUAAAACAGCAAGUUUGAGAGGAAGUUUACUGACUUUGGAGAAGACGGCGGAGUCUCCUCAGAGACUGCAGAGCUUCUGUUCAGGCUAAGGCUCGAGUCAGUGUUGUGGAAUAAGGACACAGAAAAGAGGGUUCCUGUGACACUAUGAAGACUUGUAUUUAAGCACUCUUUACUGGUUGCCAUGACAAUGAAUGUAGACUUGCGCUGCAUACAUUGGCACCUUUAUCUGUUUGACGUAAUCCAUAAAGCUUCACUGAACACUGAAAUGUUCACACGGAUGCAAAAUGAGUAUUUGCUCGCUUGAUUCGUACAAAUAACUCGUUCCGUUUCUGAGCCAAACAUGUGAGUCAGUGUGAGAGAAGAGGCGCCCCUUCACGCCAUUUCAGUCUGUCUCCAUCAGACAUGGUUGAGGAUGACAACAUUGUGAGGAUUGUUAUAUUUUCAUCUCACUGACUUCUUUUACUCCAAGAGAACAAGCAGUAUCAUGAACCCACGAACGACAAUUAGUGCCGACUUUUUCAGCCUCCUGUGCGGUCGGACUUAAAGGGAUAUUCCGGUGUAAAAUUAUUUUAGGGUCUAACACCGAGUUAGACACCCCCACCGAGAGAUGAAUUUUGCAGACUGCUUGCUUCUCCAGUUAUACCAACUUUAGUAACGACAACAGGCUGCUGGAAGUGAGUAGGUGAGUUGUGUUUAGUCUCUUUACUCAAGUUGGUAUAACUAGAGAACUAAGCAGUUGGCAGCAUUCAUCUCCAGAGGGGGGUGUCUUACUUGGUGUUUGACACUAAAUUAAUUUUAUGCUGGAAUAUCCCUUUAAAGGUAGAGUUUGUAGAUAAAUGGGAAUAUUUAUCAGUUUCUAGUAUUCACUUCCUGAAUCUAACCCUUGCUUGUCCCUCCUGUUGGUGGGGCGAUUGUGUCCUUCAAGGUCAAGAAGCUCCUGUGUUGCAUGACAAGUUCGAUCAAGAUUUUACCAUCGAAAACCUCUUUUUAUACUAAUUCUUUCACCACAACAAUCUCCUCUUUUGUUUUCUAACUGGUGGCCCCUCACUAAGUGUUACCAGUUAACGAAGACUUUGGAGCAAUGAAUCAUGUCACAUAACUUUGCAGUCUAUUGGAGGAAUCUGGACUUGGAAACAGAGCCCAUUGGAAAGGUUAGACCUCGGCCCGUUCUCUGAAGAAAGUGAACACCCCAGGAGGAUCUGGAAACAAAGGUCACCUGCCAGGCUGCUGCUUUUCUGACCUGGAAAAUGUCUAUAUAUAGAUGUCUGAAUGGAUAUUUUUACCACUGACCGGUUUACCAAACAAGAAGGUGUGCAGCUGACUGGACAGUACUUAGACCUCAAUAUGUCUGUGGGAGCUACAACCAAUUUCUAAACUGUGCAUGUAAAGAAGAAGCUGCUUUUGUUCACUAAUCUGCUUUUUUCCGCUCUUUCAUUGAUUCAACCAUCAUUAUAGUAUCUCUAGACUCUUCUUUUCCCGCCAUCUUGGGUGUCCGGCAAACACUGGCAGAGAAAGUUUCACACUGUGAGAAAUGUGUGAAGAUAAAAUCAGUCCUGAAGUUUUCCAGAAAUGUCCAGGAGUACAUGCUGUAUGUGAAAGGGCUUACGGUACGCCUAAGAAGGAUUGCUGUGUGUGGAUGUCGGUCUACGGUGAUUAAAUAAAUCUUCACUGAGUGGUUUAACAGAUCAGCCUUGGGAUUACAUUACCACGAUACAUUUCACCUCAUUUGAUCUCAUGGGACCGACCGAACAACCCGGAAACUUCCAACCCCGAUAAAGUCCUCGUUCUACCGCAAAUACGGGCUUCAUCUGUUUGUAGAGAUCAGCUCUGCCAAAUCCUGAUACAGCUCGGUUAUGUUUGCCACCGAGCUUCAGUGUUGUCCAAGAAACACUGACGGAGAGUAACAUCCAAACACGCUUAAGUGUAUUUUAAGUCAAACCCACGCUCACACCGUCCUGCUGCCUUCCUCAAAUCAUAAGACCCUGAAAUAUGACGGCUUGGGUGGUUUUUAUUCCAUGUCAUAAAUCUGUCCUGGCACACCUCCAGGAAUAGUUCCCGUCUUCCGGGUCGACUUCCUCAGCAUGCAGCGCUCUGAGUCCGUGCAGAGGUGUUUCCCCCAGCUGGACUCGGCUAUUUCCUCCAUGUCACACACGUUUAGAUUACAUUUCUCAGCUCGGGGGGAAUUUUUCUGAAAUGAAACCUUCACAGAUCAAAAGUUCAGGACAACACAAAGAGUUGUUUUCACACUUCUUUAGUAGACAAAGGACGAGAAGAGUCCUGUCAGCAGCUCUGCAAAUGCAUCUUCAGCUGCAUGAUGUUCGUUUUAUCAUCCCUUUAAAACAGAGUAGCUGUCUCUUCAUACACACGUCUCUGAUAAAUCCCCCCGCCUGUAGCUCAUGAUUCAUCAUUAUUACCGUUUUAUAAAACAAGAAAGGCUGUCAGGGUCAGUGCUUUAAUUGCCUUUUCCUUUUUGGCUCGGAGUCGUUGUGCCACAGCUGGGUCUCCUCACAGCUGUGGCACAUUUCCGUUUUAAAAACUCCCAAAAGGCUCUUUUAACAAUUAAAGAGUCAAAUCCACUGUGUGCCAAACAGAAUUAACGAAUUAUCACCAAAAUACUUUGAGGCAAAAGUUUCAAACAUGCCAAGACCAGUGCGGAACAGAAGGGACUAGGGUUGAAAAGGGGCGGAAAAUUUCUGGUAAAUUUCCAGAAACUUUUCAUGGGAAUUAUUGGAAUUUAUGGGAAUUGACUGGAAAUUGGGGGUGAUUCAAACAAACUAUCAUAUCCAAACAUAAAUGUUGAUAUUUUUGUCACAAGCAGAUAUCCAUGCAAAAUUAUACAGUUAAUGUCAUGAACAGAAAUAAAGUUGGCUAAACAACUGGAAUGGUCUUCAGAAUAUUUGACAGUUGAUGUAUAAAUUAUUGUUUGGUUACAGAAAACCGUCUUGCAGGAGUCUGAAGAAACAGCAUCACAUUUGAGGUCGCUACCACCACCAUAAUAAGUUAUCUUAUUAGGCUAUAAGCUAUUUUAUUUUUGCAAGUUAAAUAUUAAUACUGUUAUAGAUCAAAUAUAUUUACCCCAUAAUAUUAUCAAAACUUACUUGACUUUAUAUAGUUCGUGGGCUCAAAUGUCUUGUGCUUUGGGCUCCAGGGUUAAAGAAAUCAUCUGUGCGUGUGAUGGUGGAAUGCACAUGCAUGUAGGGGGUGUGGCCUCAAUGGUCCUGCAGUAAGCAGUGUGCUGUGUGGAUGUGAUUGAGGACUGUACUUUCAUUAAAUCUGGUUGUUUUAGCCAAGAUUACGCUACAAUAUAUUUUCUCCAACUAUAUUUAAGUUCUCUGUUGAGCGCCAACCUUCAAUUUUGUAAAUUUCAGAUUUAUUCUCAUUAAUUCUCAUGGAAAGUUUCCAACUUUGAAAAUCCCCAGAUUUUUGCAACCCUAGAAGGGAUCAUUUACUUCCUUGAUGAAAAGGUUCCUGGAACUUUUGGUCCAAAGAAACAAAUUUGAACUCCUGAAAAGUGCAAACCUUGUCACAUUAACAUCAGACCAACUUCUCCUCGGUGUUUGAAACUUUCCUCGAAGCCCUCUCGGAGUUGUUCGUCCCUCUCCGCUUGUUUGUGUGAAAAUUGAAAAUGUGUCUUUAAUGAAGGUGGACGGAUCCCCAGCUUACAGCGUGUUUGAAACCGAUAACAGCCCCAUAAAACAGCCUUCCUCCGACUUUAAUACGGGCUGUAAUGUGUUUUGAAGAGACUCUCAUUGCCGUUUGAUUUUCCCGCAGAUCAAUUUCAUUUUUCUCUUCAACAUCGUGAGAAUCCUGAUGACCAAACUGCGAGCCUCCACCACAUCAGAGACAAUCCAGUACAGGUGAGAGUAAUGAAUACAUGAAGUGAUCCGGCUGUGCGCGCAGAGAGCGACCUUACAGGCUCUGCUGUGUUUUCACACCCUGAAUAAUUCACACGCUGUCAGCGGGGGUGUUGACUCGGUCUGAUACACAAUAGCACCCGCAGACAGAAUCUCCCCGUCAUGCUUGUCUGAUCCCCCCGUCUGCUUAUCUGCAGGAAAGCUGUGAAGGCGACGCUGGUCCUCCUUCCUCUCCUGGGGAUCACUUAUAUGCUUUUCUUUGUCAACCCGGGCGAAGAUGAGAUCUCUCAAAUCGUCUUCAUCUACUUCAACUCUUUUUUGGAGUCCUUUCAGGUACGAUUGAGCUCAGAAAUAUUAAAAAUGACAGCUGUGUUGGUCUGGGUGUUUGUUUUCAUUGAUAAAGUUUUACGUGUUGACAGAAAAAUGAAGAAGUGUAGCGUGUGUGUGCGAUUAAACAGGAUCAGGGUGUUCCUCAUUUCGUUGUUGUUUGUUCCUCUCUUUAUCUCCCUCCUCCUUCUCCUCCUCUUCCUCCUCUCUCACAGGGGUUCUUUGUGUCCGUGUUUUACUGCUUCCUAAACAGUGAGGUAAGCACAUUUGCAUCUGCUUAUUGAUCCAGUGUUUCCUCCCUGCUUCACAUUAUUAUUUAUCCUCCUCCUCCUCCUCUUCCUCCACUUUCGGUUGCUGCUGCUGCUCUGUGAUUUUGCAGAGUGAUGACGCUCACGGCUCUUUUAUUUAGGGCACAAUUAAGCCUUGUCAUGUAGCAACAUAAGUGACAUCACUUUGGACACUUUAUGACAGUGUCAGGCUUCAUUUGGCUCCACCGUGAAUCAUGGGGUAAAAAAACCCUCCCAGUAAAGCAGAGAAAUAUUCAGAUGCAUGUGCAGAUUUAUCACCACAGUUCAGAAUUUAUCUACAAGUCCGACAAAUAAUACGGCUUAUUAAAAUGAUCAAUCUGGCAGCUAAUAAAGUGUAGGGCUGCACCAUAAAUCAGAUUUUUAUCAUUACGGCGGAAUGAGCGUCCGCAAAAAAACACAUCCCUAAAGUCUGGAUCGAUCUCAGUGAACAUGAGAAAUGAUUUUAUGUAAAUAAGCAGCUUUUUCUCACCCUGUAUCCUCGUGUAUUUUACUCAUGGAGUCACACGGAGCUCAGGCUUUCAGCGACCCUCAGACUGAUCGAAUGGUGCUAAUUUAACCAGGCCCACGCUGAUAAACUUACAGAAUCAAAACAGACGUGAAGGAAGUAUUUUAUUAUGAAGCUAGUUAAGAACAAAAGUUCAAAUUUGGAGGAUAAAUUAAAAGACGAGUUCUGGUUCAAGCUCAAAUGUUUGAAAAUAGGAAGAAACGUGACGAGUCUUGUGUGAAUUACUGUUUGUCAACGACAAUGACAAACUGAAAAUGUACAACUGAUGAUAAAAAAUCUGAUUUUAUUACCUGUCAGAUCUUCAAAUCGAUUAUAUUCUCCCUAGUGUGUCUUGAGGACAUGAGGGGCUGAGUCUGGACCUCCCACCCCCAAUCCCAAAAUAAGAGGAAGUCGGUGAAAACAAAGAUAUCACUAGAUGACAGAGAUAGUGUUUUGUUUUGUUCUUGGCUUGGAGUAAAAAUCUUUCUUCUGUAUUACCUCAGUCGAUCUGCAGCAUCAAUGUUUUGGUGGGAGAAUCUAAACUGAAAACAUCUUUCCAGAGUGAGGGGUGCGAAUGUUACAGGAGGGUGAAAAAUAACAGAUUUAAAGACUUGGUACAAAGCUGAUUUCAGUUUCUGAUCAGCUAACUGGCUGAAAGUAAAGUAUUUAACUAGUGUUAUUAUUUUACUAGUGAAGUACAAGUUUUUAAGUAUUUUUUUACAAGUGUAUUCUGUCUAUUUUAAAAAUAUUAUGGGCAUCAUGUCAUUUUAUUUCAUAUUUCAAUGAUUUUAAUAUUGUAUCUGUUUCACUUUACCUGCCCAGGAAAUACAGGUAGAAAUUGGCAAUUAUUGCUAUAACCUGGCUCAAAGCAUCUCUUCUUGUCUUACAAAAUUAAUAUUUUUUGCGUGUUGUCCCUGUUAUAAAUAAAUCAAUUCAAUUCAAUUCAAUUCAAUAAAGAGUCAAAAGUCAAAAGUAAUAGCUAAGUAUUUAGUCACAAGGGUAAAAUGAUGAUGGCUGCACAUUGACAAAUGGAAGAUUUUAGAUUUGUUCUCCGACUGAAGAGAACGAAUAAAAACAGCAAAACAAACACUAAAACUCAUUCACAACCAGAGCCUAAACUCUCAUAUAUAUAUAUUAAACAUGGCCACAGUCCACAGAGCGUGUCCUCAGCUGUCCUCAGAGCUCCGCCCACACACCAUGACACCUGAUUGGAUUAUAUGUAGGAUAUUUACAAUAUCAUGUAAGCAGAUCAGAGGGAAGUGAAAUCCCUCCUAAUGUACCUCACAGGGAAAUCUAUAACCAUAAAAGCAGAAGUGGAAGUUUCACUGUUGCUUUGUGUAGGUCUCCUGAAGAGUGACGGACGUGUAAACACUCGACUCGCCCAGAUUACACGAUCUACAGAGGAACAGACAAACAUGAUUACAUAUGGAGCAGUCAGAGCGUUUGCAUUACCUCGGUUAGAUAUCAUGUUUCUCCUUCUUCUGUACAAAUACGGCUCUAAUACUCCUCUUAUCUUUAACUAACCCCCUCCCCUCUUUGCACAAUCUCCACAGAUGUUUCCCAGCUGCAGAGACUCGCUAUUGCAAACACUUAUUUCAUAGUUUAUGUUAUUUUUUUUAUUAUAAACACUAAACAGUACAAACCAUGCCACAGAAGCGAAACAGAUGGUACAGAAGAGUUUGUUCUAAACUUGGAGCUCAAACAGGGAGUCUCCUCGACGCUAAAUCAAACACAGAGCUCACAGUUCAGCCAGCAGCAGCAGCAGGAGGAGCGAGGCUGAACUCAGAGUCAGCGGGACACGCAGAUGGGGAAUUAAUUAGUUUUUCAGGUGUUUAAUCUUAUUCCAGAUUCAGAUUUAACCCGAUGACGGCAUUAAGCAAAAUGUUAAGUGUUCACAAAAGAUCUUAAAAUCAUCCUGAGGGGGCGAAAUGCCUGAAUAAAAUGAAACGAUUAUCUUCUAAUGAAUGUCAAGAUGUUUCAUUCAAGACCACAAAUGUCAGCUCCAUGACGGCCCAAGAGAGAGGAGUCAGACAAUCACAGAUAUUUCAAGAGUUUUGGGAGGUUUUUUUUGGGGAAGAGUGACGAACAUCUGAAGAUAUUUCUGUCCUUAUACAACCCAAGAUCCACGCAAAGUUUGGAGGCUUCAUGAUCCAGCGAUGCCAGUGACUCCUCAAGGCCUGAGACCAUUUAAGACGGACCCAGGCAGAGUGGAAAAACUGCCCUUUGGUCUGAACGAAUUAAAGUUUGACAUCCUGUUCGGAAAUCAUGAACAAUGAGUUAACAGGCCACCUGGUUUGGUAUCAGCACGCAACUCAAAACCAGCAUCCAUGAUCGUAUAGGGACCCAAGACACGAGAAACCAGAUUCUGCACGACAACAAGGCUCAACAGUAGACGGGUUCAGGUGCUAAACUGACCCGACUCGUCACAUGCCUCCUUUCUCUGUGAAAUCAAAUUCUAUUUUUAUGAACAUUUCCCAACUUUUGUAUGAGAACAGUAAUAAUAAACAUAAUAGGAAUCCUUUCAUUUCCCCAAAAUUGUGCUAUGAAGUGCUUGACAGGGAUAUAAAUAGCAAACCAGAGGAAACGAAGUGAGCGCAAUCAAGGAGAAAAUGAUGAAAUCAAAGAGUCUCCAACAAUUCUGGUCCAAGUAUGUUUAAAGAGAGACGAGCUUUCAGAGCGGUCGGAGAGUCUGCUAACCUGAUCUCCUCGGGCAGCUUGUUCCAGAGCUGCUGUGAUUAAAGGCUCCGUCACCCGGAGUUUUCAGCCCAGCCUCAGGAACACGCUCAGCACAUCCACUGAGGAUCUGAGGCUGCACGCUGGCUCAUGGGUGACCAAGAGGUCAGAUAUGUAAGAUGAAGAGAGGCUAUAAAAAGCCAUAAAGGUCAGCAAUGAUGAGAAUUUAACUUUGACUUCAGAACAUCUUCAUCUUCUAGAAAGUGAUGUAAAUAAUUUCACAUGUUUGGAUCACAAACACUAAAAGCAGGUUUUUCAUAUUCUGAGUUAAAUCAUGAGACUUGAAUCAAAGUGAUGGUGUGGUUUAGUGGUCCAGUUGAGCAAACAUACUGGGAACGAUACAUUAGGACACGAUAUGAUACUAUACAAUAUGAUACGAUUGGACACACUCCCUCCAUCUAGGAGUUUCACUUUAUGCAAAUCAAGCAGCUUCAGUUUACGACACCAAUCCUUAGAUUUCUCUGCGGAGGAGGAUGGAGAAGUUGUUGCUGUUUUAAGGCUGUUAGGAGAUGAGGGCGUGUGAAAAGGUCUCUGUGUCUUAAAAGGAUCAAAUAGACCCGAUUGGGCAUUGCUUCUUAGAUAUUAAAACAAGACUGCGCUGGUUUUGUUGUGAGAUACUCAAAGUUUUGGUUCAAAGGGGGCAGAAGAGGUAAGAGCGAGUCUGAUGAGAGGAGGAAAGAAGAAGAGAGAGGGAAUGACGAUCUCUGGUGUGACGUCGCUCCUGUGAAUGUUCGUAGUGGUGUGACCUUUCCUGACCCACUUAUUCUAUUUUGGCGAAAUGUAAUGAUCUAAUAAUCUCACAUCAACCGUACCUCCCUCCCUCCCUCACUUUCUGGGAAACACUGAAGCAGGUAAACUAAGUCUUAAACUCUGAUUUGACCUUUUUGGCUUCAGAUUUUGAAGUUAUUAUGAUUAGAGGAGGCGGUGCUGUUUAGCGUGUACAUCCACCUGCCUCCGCUCUGAAGCCUCAUAAGACCAACCACGUGGUUGAUGUGCCAUGUUCUCUCUAAACCCGGCUCAGUCUCAGCAGAUGACUGUCUAACAUCAGUCUGGUUCUGCUCGAGGUUUCUGCCUGUUAAAGAAAGUUUUUCCUCUCCACUUGAACUUGCUAAGCGCUUCACUCAGGUGAAACACUUUGCAGCAGUUGAGCCAUAAGUGUGAAACAGAAUAAAGAAUAAUGUGACAGGAUAAUUGGACAGGCGCCACAGAGUUAUACGAUUUCAGAAGUAUGUUUUUAAAGCACAUUGAAGAAAGACAAAGAGUCGAGUCUGACUGUAAAAAAUAGAUUUUUCAUCCCUGGAAAGGUUUGGUCGGAGAAAGGAGAGCUUUGUUCGAAAAGGCAUAAAUUACCCCCCGUCACUUCUUCCCUCGUGGUUUCCUCCAGAGACUCGAACAAUACCUAUUUGGCAUCGGCAACAGCUCCUGAAAUACGGCCUAAUGUUUCCUCAGCGGGGUUUUACAGCCACCAGAAAGAAGACGCACCAAUUAUAUUAUGUCUUGACCUUUUCGCUGUGAUUAUCUGUGUUAUCUAACGUGAUGUUUCAGUCGGCGUGAGCCAGUGUGUCAUCUCAGAAUAAUCGCUAUCACACCGGUGAUUCCUGGAGACGCAUGUGGAUGUGAUAUCAGCUGACUGCUGCCGAGCGUGGAAACCGGCUGAAAGAUGAAUGAAUAUCUCAUCAUGGGAUAUUCGUGUUGCAGCUCCGAUCAGGGAUUAUCCGGUGUGUGGAUCUCAGAGAAGAUAUUGAUCGAGUGUUAGGUUUGGGGCCGAGAGAAUCAGGGGGAUAAAAUGAGACAAAUCAACAUAAGAGACGCAGAGUCACACUCAGCAGAAUUUCAAAAAACGGUUCGGACUGAAGCAUCUGCGGGAGAUUAAAUGAAACUGGUCGAAACAGAGAAAAGACUAAAAAAUCAAAGUGUGUUAGGACGACGUUUUAGCCGUCUCAGCUUUAAGGUUCAACAUUCUCCUUUUCAAAGUGCUGGGGCAGCUGGGAAAAAUGCAGAGGUGGGGGACAUGGGACGAUUGAUUCUAGUGCGAGGGAGGGGGAAAAGCUUUUUCAUCAUCAUUAAAGUGAUUUAUAGCAUGUUGUUGUAUGGAUUCUGUUUAACAUAUAACAUAGGAGGAACAUGAAAGCGAGGUGUAAAUUCAGUCCGGCUUUGGAGACACUAAUUAUGUAAAAGCCCACAGGGGAAAAAAAACACUGAACACAGAGAAAGUCAGAGGAAAUAAAACCAGAAGUCUUCAGAGUAAUUCAAAUAAUUAGAAAAGAGGAGCUGCAGGGAAAUUCAAUGAGUCAAAUUAUGAGAUGUAAGAUCAGUUUAAAAAUCAUGAUUCUGACGGACUUAUUCUUAAUUCCUGUAGAUCUAAUUAUGUACAUUUGUUUUUAGAGCCAUGACAGCCGCUUCAUUACAAGCUUUCAGUUUUUAAAAAGUUUGAGUAUAUUUUGGAGUCACAGAAGGCCAGUUUUUACUUUUGUUGUUACAUUUUUAAUCUUUGCAUAAAAAAAAACCUGCCACAAUCUUUAAAAUGUUUUGUUAUCCACUUUUUAGACCUAGAGUUUUUAUUUACUAACUUUAUUAGAAUGUAUGUAAACAUGUUUCAUCUAAAAAAUGUUAUGCUUUUUUUAAAAUGGUUUUACCAAACACACAUCCUGUCAAUACAAUCUGAUACGAUAGGAUACGACACGACGAGAUAUGACAUGAUGCUAUGCAACACCAUACAAUACAAUACAACACGACAAGAUACGAUAGGACACGACACAUUACGAUACGAUAUGACACAAUACGACACGAUACAAUACAACAUGAUAUGAUACCAUACAAUACAAUAGUAUACAAUAUGAUACGACACGACAAGAUACAAUACGGCACGACACAUUACGAUACGAUACAAUAUGACACGAUAUGAUACGACAUAUUACGAUACCGUACAAUACGAUAGGACACAAUACGGUAUGAUACAAAAUUACAUGAUAUGAUACAAUAGGACAAGAUACGAUAGGACACAAUACGAUAUGAAAUGAUACAACAUGAUACAACACCAAAAGACACAAUACGAUAGGACACAAGAUAUUAUAUGUCACGAUAUGAUUUGAUACGUCACGAUACGAUAUAACGAUACGAUUGGACACACUUUCCUUCAUCAGGGAGUUCAUCUUAAUUUACGUUAAGCUGCCUCAUGUUGAUUCAAAUAAAUCAGUCAAUCUGAGUGUGAACAGAGCGGCUCAAAGAAACAACAACCAGCAGCUCUUUUCUCAAAACGGUCCCUCUUCACUCCCUCUUUGCUUCAGAUGGUUCUUUAUCUAAACUCACACCCACAACUGUAAACUUAAGGACAAACCCACCUCACUCACAUCAACAGGAUCAAUUUGUUUCCACGGUUACACUUCCCUAAAAUAAUAUACAGUUUACGUAGAUAAGUCGAUCUAUCUUCUGAAUCUUCCUGGUUUUCCUCUCUCAGGUGCGCUCAGCUGUGAGGAAGCGUUUCCACCGCUGGCAGGAGCAGCACUCGAUCCGAGCCCGGAUGACCCAGGCCAUGUCCAUCCCCACGUCACCUUCACGGGUCAGCUUUCACAGCAUCAAGCAGUCUACGUCGCUAUGA